GCCUCCUGCGGGCGCGCCACUUGCUGCCUCGGGCUCGGGAGAUUCCUCGGGCCGCCGCUGUUUGUAUUUGUCCCGCGCAGUCACAUGGAAACGCGCCUCCCCCCGCCGCUCGCCUGAACUUCCAGGCUGGGCCGGCGCAGGCUGCCGGGCGGGCGGGCAUCGCGGCGCGGCGGCGGCGGCGGCGGCGGCUCUGUCCGGCGGCAGAAGGUGCGGCGGGGAGCCGCGAGGUAAGCAGCUUGGCAGCAAUGGCGCUGGCCGGCGUCGCGCAGCUUAGUUUCCUGCGGCUCCAACCUCCUUUUCGAAAUCCCGGGGUCCCAGCCAGGCGCCUGCUCCGCUGACCAGUCUGGCUCGGUGCGCGCUUGUGGAGAAGGUAAGCCUCCCCGAGCGGACGAGGCGCCAGGCCCGUCUGCAGAGAGCCCCGAGCGGCUGGCAGAAGGCAUUUCGGCUCUCCGCUUCUGGCUCUUGCGCCGGCUCGUGUUUUCCGGGCUAACCACUCGCCGCGCGCGUUUCUGUUGCACCUUCGCGAGCGAGUUGCGCUUUUGCUCCAGCUCGUUCCACCUUGUUGCUGAAGGCCGAGCCGGUGUGUGCUCGGCCUGGGAAAGAAAAUACCUGUUGGGCAGACGCAUGCAUAUUGCAUGGCUCUCCGCCCCCGCCCGCCCGCCCGCCUGCCCAGCGCCUGACGGCGGAGGCGUCGUCCAAGGCUUAAGGUGCCGCGGGAGCAAAGCGGGCGGGCGGGCGGGAGGGAGCUGCGGGUCCCUGGACGGGCUUUCGCGGGCUGCCCGGCGGCCGCCAGCCUGAACUUUUCUCCUUCCCUUUCUCCGCCUCCCCUUUAGGCGCCUUGCUGGAGACGGAGGGCACCAUGUGAGCAGGGAGGGCAGCGCGGGCGACGAAGAAAGCGGCUCGGCGGAGUCCCUGGCCCUUUUCUUUCACUUGUAACCCCCUCCCUGUAGCCAAGAACCGGCAUCCCACCCAGCUCGGUCCCGAAGGCAGCAGAGGAGGAGGAGGCGCCCCCCAUGGAGACGGCGGCGGCGGCGGCGGCGGCGGCGCUGCAGCCGGGGAACUGCAAGCCCCCCAGCGGGUAAGGAGCCGGGCAGCCGCGAGCGGGACUGUUGGGUCGGGGGGCGGCGGAGCAGCUGCCACUUGCGCCUGCUGCUCCGUCGGCUGCGCGCCGCGCGGAAGGUUGAGCACCGGCCAAGAUUUCGCGCCGGCUUCUCCCAGCUGCUGCUUUGCGCGCCCGAGGCGGCCAGCGAGCGAGCGAGGCGCCGCGGACCCCGAGAGCGUCGUCGGGGGAUUCGGCUGCGCCCGCCCGCCCGCCCGCUGGCUUCCCCCAUUCAGCUGCCCAGAGCGCGGGGAGGAGCCGAGCCUGGCAGGCAGCGGGGAACAGGGCGGCCGGGUGGGAAAGACGAGCCGCGAAAGGGCAGGCUCCGGGACGCGGCUGCUUGCCAAGAGGAGGCUCCGGCCGGAGGGGAGAGAGGCCGCUCUGCAAGGGGGAUGGAGGCUGCUCCCGAGGGAAAGCCGCGCUGGAAACGGCGGCUCCGCGGAAAUGGGAGCGAGGCGGCAACAGUUUGAUUCGCGAGGAGCAUCCUCUGUGCCAUCGCAACGGAGGGGGGAGCAGCCUGGGGGAGGCAUUCUGGGGAUCCCUCGGCCAGGGGGUCCCCCGUUGUGGCCGAAGGGGGGCUGCAAUUGCAAAGAGAGGAGAAAGUCUACGGUGGGAUGUGGGCAAUUAGCUGCUCAACACCAUUAAGACUCCUAAAGGUAUUUUAAACGGCGCAAUAAAUGUAUAGCAGUGGAUUUGGAAAACUGGGUUGUUUUCACAUGAAACUGGCAAGCGAGUUGGGAUAAUAGCAGAGCUGGCUAUACCUUUAGGCAGGGUGAGGUGGUUGCCUCAGACAGCUGGUUCUGCAUGUCAUGAAAGGGGCAGCAAUUGGUUAAUGAUUUUAAUUAAUCAUUAGGGUGUUUUUAUGCGCAAGGAGCAGAGGAGGUGUUUUUUGGAUUUCCUCCCUCUGGUGCUAGAAGAAAGUGGCUGGAUUUGGCUACUUAUGUACCUUGAUUUGGAGUAUGCGAUCAAACCAAGGCUCUAGAUCAGGGGUCAGCAAACUUUUUCAGCAGGGGGCCGGUCCACUGUCCCUCAGACCUUGUGGGGGGCCGGACUAUUUUUUUUGGGGGGGGAAUGAACGAAUUCCUAUGCCCCACAAAUAACCCAGAGAUGCAUUUUAAAUAAAAGGACACAUUCGUAUGUAAAAACACGCUGAUUCCCAGACCAUCCACAGGCCCACUUUAGAAGGAGAUUGGGCUGGAUCCGGCCCCCGGGCCUUAGUUUGCCUGCCCAUGCUCUAGAUAACUGGGUGAGAAUACAUUGUUUGCAUAUCUGUGGGCCUUAAAGGCUCAGGUUCAGAGGUUCCCAUAGUUUGGUUUGCAGCAUUAUAGGAAAAGUCAGAAGGGGAAAAUGUGGUUUGGGUAAGGGUUUGUGAGGUGGAUAUGUGGUAAAGAAGCCAUAGAUCCAAUUCCUGUCAAAUCUCAUAUAUUUAGAAGAGAAACGUGAUUUCAUAAAGUGGAUAUUCAUCAAGUUGGUGCUUGUUCAGACUAAUUAACUGGGGGGAAAGUUGUGUGGCCCUCACCUAUUCUGAAUUUCUCCACCUUUGCAAAGAAACAGUGGGCACUUAAAUCUUGCAGUUUUGUUCAUUCUUAGAAUUUAAGUGCCUUCCCUUGAUUCAGAAGGGGUCGCUGCUUCACAAUUGCUAGUGUGGGUUCAUACCAAAGAAAUGGUACUCAGAAGUAGGCUCCCCUGAAUUCCAUGGGGAUUACUCCCUGUAUAGGAGUGGAGUUAAUGGGUUAAUCUUAAAUGUGUCACACAGGAGUGUUAGCAAGGGACGCCAUAAAUUUUCAGACCAAUGGGGAAAGAUUAUUCCCCUUUCCUGGCUUAUUAACUUGUACACCUUUUUUACAGAAUAUGGAGUGAGGUGGAGGGAUAUUAAAUAGACUAGGACCUGGGAGACCAAGGUUAAAAUCAACCAUGAAACUCACUUGGGCCAGUCCUUGUCUCUCGGCCUGUCCUACCUCACAGGGUGGUUAUGAGGGUAACAUUGGGGAAAAGGAACUAAUGAAUGCCGCCUUGAACUCCUUGAAGGAAUGGUGGAGUGGAUAUGAACAUUAUACCAAUGAAUGAGGAAUAAUAAAAAUAAGCCCGCUUCCAGUUUUUAAUUGGGGGAGGGGGAAGGAUUGGACUCAUAAGAAAGCUUAACCCAAAAAUCAAAGAAAAAAGAAUCUUUGUGAGACAACCAAGACAUUCUGGCCUACAAACACUGGACUUUACAUGUAGGUCCUUGGCAAAUCCUGCGUGUGGCUGUCUUUUAAGACUAGCUUGCUUGGGUGGGCUGUGCAGGCAGUUUACAAUUUUUGAUCCCAAAAUACAUAAAGGUUUUGCCCAUUGAGUUCUCACCUGAAUCAUCCUCUGCAGCAUCCUACUAUUGUAAAAGCACUUAAUGUUUGUCAAAGUGUUUUUAUCCCCACAACAACCCUGUAAAGUAUAUUAUAGUGCAAUUUUAGCAAAGUACUAGUACCUUAAAAUAAGAACAUCUGUUAUGGCCUAAGUCCACUUCAUCAGAUGUAUCAUUCCUGGUAAUCUACUUUGCUAGCUUCUAAAGCUAGUUUGACAAUUGCUUUUAUUUCAGCUAUGAGCCCUGGCUCACUGGCUACCCCUUUGAUUGAAAUGAUACCACAGAGGAGGGUUUUUAAAGUCAGUCUCCUGAUCCUCUGGUGUGUUUAUUUUUAAAAAUACAAGGAGGCUCUUGCCAAUUGGCUUACCAAUAAGGAAAAUGUCAGGCAAUAUUCUACCCAAAGUGUGAUGCAGCCUCAGGGGUUUAACUGUUCACACCACCAACUCCUCACAACCUGCAACCUCCUCCCAUAGGCUUGGUCCAGGGAGGCACAAUUAGGAACUAUAAGCCUCAGAAAUAAAUGGCAUGAGCAUGCACUGAGUACACCUGUUUCACCAUUGGGGAUGCUUCACCCACACAGAUGCCAUCCACCAUUUCUCUUCCCAAGACUCCUCCUCUAUUCACAAAAUUAAUGUAGAUUAUUAAGCAAAAUAAAAUAUUGAUGCACAUUUUGUUUACCAUUGUUGUUAUUAACAAAGCUGGAGCUAUUAAAAUUAGUGACCGCACCCUUCUCCUGGCCAGCUAUGAAGAAUUUGCUUUGAGGCAUGACUUGUGAAGAAAAGAGAUCUGAGCCAUAGCUGUCAACCAUCCCCUUUUUUGCGGGAAAUUCCCAUAUUCCAGCGCCGUUUCCUGCUGCUUCCUGCUGCUAUCCCGGAUUGUUAGAUACCCUGUAGACUGUCCCAUGGACAGGUGAGGCUGCUGAUCCCUUAUUUUCAAAUCUGAAAGUUGACAGCUAUGAUCUGAGCAUUCUCAGACUGUCUUAGCCCAUUACGGUAUUGAGAACACUGGUCAGCCCUCAGAACAACAGAUGGAGUAGGAGCCCCCUGUCAGUCACGUGUCUUCUGCCCAGCAACACAUGGGAGGGACCUCUUUGCCAUAGCUAUAUUUUUGGAUUAGGAUUGGCCGAGUACUGCAGAGACACGAGUGACAGAAACGUUUUCAGACUUCCUCCAAGUUCAACUAGAAGUAUAACGUGUAUAGGACAGGAAAGUGUGUGGAGGGUGGAAUUAACAAAUGAGCAGGCAGGGCAUUAUUGGUUGAUUGGAUAAGUCGCCACCCACAGGUGUGGACAUGGAAGUCCAAAUUCGAACCGAAGCAUUCAACUUCAAAUGUGCACGAAUGUGAGCUGCCGAUUUCAAAUUGGAAAACAGUGGUUUUUCAGAUCAAGUUGUUAUGUGGACAAACCUAGGGACUCCAGAGCAAAUCUCUGUACUUAGCUUUGGGAAAGCUGAGCUUCGGAACUCCUUGCCACAAUGAAAUGCUGCGACGAAGAAUUUAGCAAAUUCCAAAGAUGGAGAAAGUGAUGUCCAUCAUUGCCAGCUGAUUGCGCCAGCUUUACCUGCGUCUACCACCAUUGGGAGGGGGAGAGGGGAUAUAAACAAAAUGCCAACCCAUAGAUUUUCUUGACUUAAUCUGGAUUUUUCCGUUCCACAGAAUAUCAAUUUAUAUAUACUUCUGCUGUCAGCGGUAGUAUUGAAGUUCACCAGCACUUUUUAUCACUCUUGUGCAGUCUUGGGCAUAUCACAGUCUUUAAAAUGUAGACAACACAAAUGGAAUUGCCUCUCCCGCGAGUACAAGCCUCCAUUUUGCCCACUGUGAAACAGGAUAACCGAUGCUGAUAGCAGCUACUGUGCAACAGCACAAAAGCAAACGUUAAUUUUUUAUAGGCGUGCAUGCACAGGUACUGAAAUAGCUGCAUGCAGGACCAGAAUGGGGAAAACGUGUUCAGAGGAGGAGGAGUUGAAGGGAGGGACAGAAACUUGCAGCUGAUUCAUUUUUGUCAGGCUCCACCACUGCUGCGUAUGGUAGGCAGCAAUAUAGCUGUCCAUGUUGUGACUGAAGAAACAAGAAUGUGUAGAUACUCAUGUGCCAAUUGUGCACACGAAAAAAUUUGAACAAGAUAGUGCUUCCUCUUUUGAGAAUAUCAUGUGACUGCUGAUUAGUAAAAAGAGUUUUGAAGAUGGCUUCCAGACACUUAGCUAUGUAGUCAAAAUUCACUUUUAAAGAAAUGAAUCAAAAGGUAUACUUUUUAGUGUAUUUAAAACUGUAACAGGUGCAUAGGCCACCCUCUCUCGUGGGAAUACUAAGAGGCGCCACAGAUUUUCAUGGGGAACUUGUGAUCUGUGGUGUGGUCUCGUCUCUUCACUCCCCCCUCAGUCCUAAUUGAGCCAGUAUUGAAUUUCUAAUUUUAACAUCAGAUACUGGUGGGAAUUUGUUGUUUUUUUUUACUACUAAAUCUAGACAGUGGAUGAAGGGGAGACCUUUUGGAUUUUUUUUACUGGCAUGUAUCUUGCAUUUAAAUGGUAGUAUUUUGAUACACAAAUUAUUACUAUGUCUUUCAGAAUAUUGGUCUUUCAAAGAGGCAAGAGCUAGACCAAAAUAAAAUUAAGCAGGAUUACUCUACAUAUAAUAGCACUUGCUUAUAAGACAUAUAAGCAAGAUUCAGGGUCCUUUCAUUCUGCACUUUUCCACAGAAGUGGAAUGCAAACUUAUGUUUCUAGCUAAAUCAUUAAUAGUAUUAUCAUUUGCUGGCUGUGUAAGAUGUCUUGCCUGGUAUAUUGAAAACCUUUACAUCAUGCAUUAGUGCAGAUAAUGUUGCUCUCUUGUCAAUCUGGUGACCUACAGAUGGGUAUUGUAGUCCAAAACAGAACACCAGUCCCUCCCAGCAGGCUAUGCUGAUGGGAAUUGUAGUCCAAAGCUGCUCUAGAUUGCUGAAGGCUGUUGUAAAGCGUUGCAUGGUGUGCUGCAACUGAAAUUCGAAGCCAGUCUUUAUUUUAAAACGAGUCAGAGACACAGCCAUUUGGAAUCUUGCCAUCUUUGUCAGAUGUUUAGAAUGUGUGACUUGCUACUGCCAGUUACAUAGAGGAGUUAACCUUUAAUCAUGUAUUGUUUGUGCUCACUUUGUUCUAAAUCAAUCUUGCUGUUUUACAGUAUUUAUUGGUUUUAUUAACUGCUGUUUUCCUGACUUCCUGUUCAGGUAAAUGAUUUAUUCGCUCACCACUUGCAUUUAUCAGUGCAAAAAAACCAAAGUCAAGGUACUCAGUAAACACAAUAUAGAAGGCUAAAAAAACUUCAAUGAGAGAUACAAUUAUAAACAAUAAUGUUAACAAACGCUAUAGAGCUUCACAUAAAUAAGAUACAUUGAAUGUGUAUAAUUGCACAGAUCAGUUUUAUCCAGAAGGUGAUAUCAGAUGUGUUCUGAAGUUUAUGAUUGCAGCAAACACGUUUUGACUUACACAGUCUUCUUCUGUGACAUACAAGAAUAUCAUUCCCUUGUGCAAGGUCCCAUUGGGGCAUCAUCUGAAUAUAUGUUUACCAACAUUUUUUCAUUGAAUAAAACUGUGGCUCACCUUACUUGUGAGAUGCAACAACUAGGUGCUUUAGUAGAUGGAAAACAUGCUCUUAGAAAGUGCAGUUUCUAGACCCAUCUUAAAUACAAAUCUUAAAAGCAGUAGAACAGACUAAAAAAGCUUUCUUCAAAAAACAAAUAUCAAAAAUAUUUACUCCUCACCAACUACAAUUUCCCCUCAAAUAAUAUAUAGUAUAUUGCUGCUUCGGAUCCAUGUUUAAGGGAAGUCAUUCUGAUGCUUACAACUGAGUACACAAAAGGCGUUUUGGAAUCCCACCAUGCGGGAAUUUGCAAUAUUACAACUGGGCUUUAUUCUGUAAAUGCUUAAUAUUUUUCGUACAAUUCUAUAUUAAAGCUCCAAAGCACCACAAUCUUCAGAAACUUAUGAAUAAAAUGUACACAGUUCAGUAUAAACAGUUACAAAAAGAAUACUCUCUUUAACAACAAUGACAAGGAAUGUAAGUGCAGUUAACAGUAAGGCUUAGAUUUCCAUAUCCUAAAUAAUGGACAGCUAAUCUAUAUUUUCAUUAAGUCUGAUUCAUGAUAACGCUCCCUUGGGUACAGUACAGAUCCUUCUUUCUGUUUAUACAAUUCUGUGCAUUAGGAAGCUUGCAUUGUUUCUACAUGCCAAAACUGCAUAGACAUAUCUUCAUGAUGAUAUUCAAGGAAUAUCUAAUAAAGGAAAAUCAUGGAGAUGGAUGGGAUAGAACAUUUCUCCUUAAUGUGGCAGAUUUUCAUUUUGCAUAAAGCUUUUAUGUGUCUUGUAUCUGCCUUCUAAAAUAGUGCAUUGUAACAUCUGGAAUACUUCAUUGAUUCUGCUUCAUGUACAUACCACUUCUGAGUUACUCAUCUGAGAGGAACUACAGUGGUACCUCGGGUUACAUAUGCUUCAGGUUACAAACUCCACAAACCCAGAAAUAUUACCUCGGGUUAAGAACUUUGCUUCAGGAUGAGAACAGAAAUCGUGCUCUAGCGGCGCAGCGGCAGCAGGAGGCCCCAUUAGCUAAAGUGGUGCUUCAGGUUAAGAAUAGUUUCAGGUUAAGAACGGACCUCCGGAACGAAUUAAGUACUUAACCCAAGGUACCACUGUAUUCUUGUUGAAAUAGGUUUUCAUGGAUUCUGAUAUUUUGAGAGGAUCAAAAGUUGGGCUCUUUUGAGUUCAUUUGCAUUUACAUUGUUUUUUAUAGGAACAAACUGAGUUCUAAUCCAAAGCCAUUUCACGGAUUUUGUGUGUGUGGGAAAAACAUGCAUUCAAAUUGGACUAAAAAUGUUGUACAGUAUGCCUGUUCCUGAAUACAAUCUUUAAAAAAUAUAAUUAUUGCAGAAAUCCACAUGAAGUGCAUACCACAUACAUAUUGUAUAACGCCUUUAAAAAUGUUUCUAGGUUGUGUGUUUACCAAAGCCAGUGCUGGAGUCUGUUCUGGGGUCUCCUCCUUUGCCUCCUUAGACAGGUACCGUAUUUUUCGCUCUAUAAGACGCACCAGACCAUAAGACGCACCUAGUUUUUGGAGAAGGAAAACAAGAAAAAAAAUAUUCUGAAUCCCAGAAGCCAGAACAGCAAGAGGGAUCGCUGCGCAGCGAAAGCAGCGAUCCCUCUUUCUGUUCUGGCUUCUGGGAUAGCUGCGCAGCCUGCACUCGCUCCAUAAGAUGCACACACAUUUCCCCUUACUUUUUAGGAGGGAAAAAGUGAGUCUUAUAGAGCAAAAAAUACGGUACUUAGACCUUGGGUCUGGUCACUGACACCUUGAACUUUCUGAUACUCUGACUUUCUUUCUGUUAACCUGAUUCUGGCGCCUCUUGAUAAUGCCACCUCUGAUUUUGCUGGGCUCUGGUGACAUGACGAGAUUGUUGUGUUUCAAAUGAGGCACCUUCUUCUUCCUACCCCAUAAGAACUGAGUGAGUUGGACAUUCUGCAACCUUUUCAGCUCCAGAAGGCUAGACAUGCAUUAUGGGACCAAUUCCUUAUUAUUACUGGGGUUUUUUUUUUAGAAAACACCAUGCUUGGACUCAGUUAUGGGUCUUGGCAAUGUAGAAUAUAUGUAAGGUAAAAAUUGCUGUUUAUAAAUGCACAUGUUUGCUGUUAUUACUUUUUUAAAAAACAGCUGUUGGAUAGUUUUGCAGGGUUUUUGUGGCCCUUGGACAAACAAUUAUCAGUGGACCGUCCUUAGUGCAGCCCCUUGAUGGUCUAACGUCCUGAACCAAAACAUAGGCAAAAAUUUUAUUUUUUCCCUUCUGUCGAUUGUGCUGUGCUGCCUUUUUGUUCAUGGUGUUUAUACUCUUAAAGCUAUCCAAAUUAAAUCACGGAACCUCCCAAACAUGCUUCCUAGGGAGCAAGCCUCACACACUGAACAUAAAAGGUAAAGGGACCCCUGACCAUUAAGUCCAGUCGCGGACGACUCUGGGGUUGCGGUGCUCAUCUCGCUUUACUGGCCGAGGGAGCCGGCGUACAGCUUCCGGGUCAUGUGGCCAGCAUGACUAAGCCGCUUCUGGCGAACCAGAGCAGCACACGGAAAUGCUGUUUACCUUCCCACCGGAGCGGUACCUAUUUAUCUAUUUGCAUCUUGACGUGCUUUCGAACUGCUAGGUUGGCAGGAGGAGGGACCAAGCAACGGGAGCUCACCCAUCACGGGGAUUUGAACCGCCGUUCUUCUGAUCGGCAAACAUAGUGGGACUUAAUUCUGAGUAAACAUAUAGAGAAUUGCAUGGUGCAGAUCUGAUAAAGUAGAUAAGAAAUUACAAGUUGUAGUUUAGAUAUUUUUAACAAGCACUGCUUUGUUUGCCUGGUACUCAUAGGUUUUCAUCAUUGCUGUAAAACUAGAACUUGAGAUCCCUCUGUGGAUUUGAAAUGUAGCAGAAGAUAACUGACUUUUCCACACAACACAUCAUAUGGUUGGCCACUGGCUUGGAGAACUUUAAAAUAUCAAUUGGCUAAAUAUCAUUUGAUGGACAUAUUUCAUCCUGCUGGUUCAGAGGUUGUCUACCCCUGAAUUUGCUGAAGGAGGGGAGACAAGCAACCGAAAAAGGGUUAUUGGCCUCAAACGGUGCUUGUGCAUUUCCUGAAGCACCUGGCUGGACUAGAUGGAUCUCUGGAUGGAUCCAGCACAAUAGCUCUUCUAUUCAAAGGGAUUCCCACCCCCUUUAAAGACAAUAUUGUUUGUUUCUGGUUUGUCGACUGCUUGGCUCUCUGCUCUGUUUCAUUUGCAAAAGGAGAUACUAUUGUCAGGGCUGGUGUUGGGAGCAGGCCAGCAAUAACUUAUAAGGUGUCCGUGAAGUUAACUCUUUAUUCAAAGAAACAAAACAGCUCAGGCCUCAUGAGCACAACAGCUAUUCCCAGUAGACCUUGCCCCAAUGAGGCAGUUGAAGGUCCCCACUUUCCCACAGCUCUCUAAGUCUCCUCCUCCACAGGCUCCUUCCCAAGCAGUUGGAGACACUGGCACCUUGUCCAGCUCUGCCCUCCAUACCUCUGCUGGUUCUGAGAGACAUGGGGGGGGGGUGUUGGUCACAGUAGGAGGAAGAGACCCCCUGGCUUCUUCAGCAUAUCUCAUCACCUGUUGCCCGCCCUCCAGCCUCUGCUUCUGCCUCUGCUUCUGGACUGUUCUCUGCUCCAGCCUCUUCCAGCUCACUAAACCCUGUUGCCUCUUCAGCUUAUGACGGGGAUCAGCAAAUUUUUUCAGCAGGGGCCCGGUCCACUGUCCCUCAGACCUUUUGGGGGGCCAGACUAUAUUUUGGAAAAAUAAUAAUAAAAGAACGAAUUUCUAUGCCCCAGAAAUAACCCAGAGAUGCAUUUUAAAUAAAAGCACACAUACUACUCAUGUAAAAACACCAGGCAGGCUCCACAAAUAACCCGGAGAUGCAUUUUAAAGAAAAGGACACAUUCUACUCAUGUAAAAGCAUGUGGGCCAGAUUUAGAAGGCGAUUGGGCCGGAUCCAACCCCCAGGCCUUAGUUUGCCUACCCAUGGCUUAUGACACCUCCUCCCUGUCUGCUGUCCCUUUGACCACUCAUUGUCGUCCUACCACCAAUCGCUGGGCUCUGAGUCUUCUUCCCCUGGGGGUUCCUUUCGGCGUUCCCUAGCAGGUGCCUCUCACCCCUCUUUAGCACCCAGCCAGUCCAUGACAGCUGUUUACUGCUUAUGAAUCAUUCCUCAUCAUUUCUCUCUCACACUCGCUUCAGCCAUCCCUACCGUGCUCCACAGAAGAGGCAGCUGGCCCCUUCAAGGUUUUGUUUUAUUCUUAUUUUAUUGCCGGGGGAGCAAAGAAAGCAUGCCCUCUGCUGUUUUCGUUGGUGCAAAACGGUGGUAGUGCCAAAUCAUGAGGCAUUACAUUACCCUAUUAAGAGAGGGACGCCUGAUCAUAUGUUCUCCCCCCCCCAGCACAAAAUUAGGCAGCGCCACACCCACUGCUGUCUCUCUUCCUUAGUAGCACUGCUGUGGACAUUUGUGCCUGCUAUCAAGUUACCCAGUGUGCAAUGCCUGGGAAGCACGCAUGACCACAGCACAGAGGAACUGAGCGACUCCGAAUCGAAAGCCCAGGUAUUGUGCUACCCACCCAGAGCAUCCAAGGCAGGGAGGAGGGGGACCGGGUGCAGGAGUGCCUGGCGCAUAAGGGUCCGUCUCAGGCCAGUGUGGGGCCCCUUGCAUCAUGAUUUGUUUGACUGCUGCCACCAGCGUGUACUUGGGACAGAUAGUACAAAUCCUGUUUUGAAAAGCUCUGAGUCGUAAGUACUGCUGGGUUUUGCCUUCCCAACCAUCAUGUAAACUUCAUCCAGUUCAGUCUCUGUUUAUUAAAAAAUGUUCUCAAGUUAGCUGUGGUAGUUUUCAAAAAGCAGUGUCACUCCGUAUCUUCCAAUAGUUGAGGGCUGAGUUUUUAGAAAUAGAAAUUAUUGAGCCGUGCCCUACUAAAAGAGGGUAAAGGUAAAGGUAAAGGUACCCCUGACUGUUAGGUCCAGUUGCGGACGACUCUGGAGUUGCGGCGCUCAUCUCGCUUUACUGGCUGAGGGAGCCGACAUUUGUCCGCAAACAGCUUCCGGGUCAUGUGGCCAGCAUGACUAAGCCGCUUCUGGCGAACUAGAGCAGCACACGGAAACGCCAUUUACCUUCCCGCCAGAGCGGUACCUAUUUAUCUACUUGUACUUUGACGUGCUUUCGAACUGCUAGGUUGGCAGGAGCUGGGACCGAGCAAUGGGAGCUCACCUCUUCACAGGGAUUGUUUAUAUCUGGCUCUGCCUUAAAAAUCCACCCAUUGUACAUAAAGUUUGAAUAGGGGACUGUACCCCAAUGUGCUUAUGCCCAAUCCAUGUGAUUGUUGCUCCCUGAUUUUUAGGGGAGGCAUCUAUGAGGAUCACAUAAACAGAAUUUUAUCUUCUGUCAUGUGCCUAGCCAUAUGUCAUCUGGAGAUAUAAAAGUGGUGCAGAUAAUUGGACAUUAUGGCAAAUACCAAUACUAUCUCCAGGAUUAUGGGGCCAUUUCACUCGUUUUCUGAGGCUUAUGGUUCAAUGGUUUGGUGACUUUUAUACUAGACUACUGUAAUGCAUUCCACCUGGGGCUGCCUUUGAAAAUAGUGUAGAAAUGUCAGUGCAGAAUGCAGCAGCCUACCUGCUAAUAGGUGCAGAAGCCGGUGUGAUUUGGGACCCAGGUGCUGGUUUGUACUUUUUAAAGAAAACAACAACAACCACCGUAGGUUGCUUGGGUCCUGCUUAUUUCAGGAAAUAUGAACCCUACUGGCAUGCGAGAUGCCAGAAUUAAGCCAUGCUCCAUCUUGGGCGUCGGCUGGAUUGUGGCCAGCCAAAAUAGGCUUUCUCAGGAGCAGUUCUGAUGUUCUGGAACACCAUUUCAUGAGAGGUUUGCAUAACUUCCUCCCUGGUGUCAUUUUGUGGGUAAGGGGCAAAGUGUGUGUGGUUUUUCUUUUUCUCUGAAAGCCUUUGGAAAAGAUGGGGGGGGGGCUGCCUUCCUUUUAUGAUGGGUGACAAGCUCCUUUUAUGCUUUGGGUAUUGCCGUUACUGAAACUGGUUGUUUCAUGUCUUGUUUUUAUCAUAAUGUUUUUGAUGUUAGUUUAAACUUGUUAAACCAUUGUGAAAUUGCCUAUAAGUAAUACUAAGAGCAAUUGCCUACAUGGCAGUGAUUUUCAUGUAGAAAAUUCAUAAUUUGUUCUCAGAAGCCUACAACAUUUUGGGGUUUUGUGUCAGAUGCACAGAGGUUUCUUGGCAGAGAGGUUCAUGUGGAAACACCUCCUUGAAAGUAUAAAGGUUUGAAAACCAGUGCUGUAAAUUGUAAGUUCUGUAUUUUGGAAUAGAGUUCACUAGCAUAUAGUAAGCAGAUUGGUUGCAAUUUUAUCAGAAUGUGCUUGUAUUCCGAAUAUAAAUACCGUGUUAGGAUCAUUUAGUAAGACUGUUUAAGCUCAGAUUGCAGCAGAACCUUGCACUAUGUAUAGCACCAGGCUGGAUGUGUGCUUUGGUACUUGGAUAGUUGUACAUCUUUUAUGAGUUUAUAUUUAAACAGAAAAUCACAAGCUACUUCAUUCAGCAUCCUGGGCUUCCCUGGAUUAAAUUUCUUUGAAUUGUUUGAUGUUGAAAUUAAAGUAGUCAGGAAGCCCUGUGUCUUUGAGCGUGAAUGAAUGAAUCCUUUUUCCUCGAUAGAAGAAAAGCAGUCAAUGAUGGAAUAAUGGCUUGCGUUAUUCUGAUGUUUUUGCUUUUUAAGAGUGUGCUUUCUCCUAAUUAUAAAGUUAUUGUAGUAUUUUUGUGCUUGCGCAUGGUACAAUAAUGAAAUGCUAAAGAAAUGACUGGAAGUACUGGUUGUUUAAUUUAGAAUGUUCAAAGGUACGGAUUUUCUAAGAAGCUGUAUCAGCAUUUGCUGUAGUGCUUUUUAGCAAAUGUUUCCUUUGCUGCAAAAAUGCGUAAUAUUUUGCCUCGAGCUGUUAGUUAAAUGAGCGAAACUUCGUAUAGUGAGCUGCUAAUUAUACAUGGUAAUUAUUAUUUUGUUGUGACGCUUCCUUAUCUCAGAAAUGGUAUGCCAUUUGAGACCUAAUAAUUUUAGUUCUCUCUGAAAGUCCAACAUCUGCAUCAUAUUCACAUUAUGCAGGAUUGCAUUUCUCCCUAGAUGCUUACAGUACUGGUCUGAGUGCAUUGCAUUUUAGGAUCUGAAUACAUGCAACUGAUGAAGGUUGGGUCACUGCUGCCAUCUUUGAUCAUUCUAAUCUCCUGGUACUGUUGGUGGGGGCAGUCAUUCCCCACACUCAGCUCAAAAUAGGUAAUUGGUGACAGUGAAACACACCAUAUGUUUAGUUGGUGUGUGCACACUUGAAUGCCCAGGCCCAGGUGCUAGUUCUUAAUUCACACACAGCAGCCUUUUGCACAGGAACCUGAUUUUGAGGAUAAUGCAUGGCAACGUGUUUUAAGUAAUCCCAUCCAAAGCUUGGAUCAGUGAAAAAGGACACCCCCCCAAAAUUUAUCACCAAAUGCCACAUAUAAAAAAACCUUCUUUCUUUAAAGGAAAAUACAAAUUCUAUUUCAAUAGAAGGCCUAGUUUGUACAUAAUUGCUUUUCAAGCUGCACUGGCUCCCGGCAGUGCAAAGGCUUUUGACCUUUAAAGCCCUUCACGGCCUAGGAGCCUCGUACCUACGGGACCGCCUCUCCCGGUAUGCCCCACGGAGACCCUCAAGGUCCAUAAAUAGCAACACCCUAGAGGUCCCGGGCCCUAGGGAAGUCAGAUUAGCCUCAACCAGAGCCAGGGCCUUUUCAACACUGGCUCCGGUCUGGUGGAACGCUCUGCCUCAUGAGACCAGGGCCCUGCGGGAUCUGAUUUCUUUCCACAGGGCCUGUAAGACAGAGUUGUUCCGCCUGGCCUUUGGCUUGGAGCCAAUCUGAUUCCCUCCCUCCCACUCUUUCUUUUUUCCUUUCCUUCUCUUCCUGCGAUGAGGCUACAUUUUAAUAUUUUAAUGUUUCAAUAUUUUAAUGUUGUAUUUUAAUUUUGUUUUUAAGUUUGUAAUCAUUCAACUUGUUUUUAUUAUUGCUUGUAAGCCACUCUGAGCCCAGCCUUGGCUGGGGAGGGCGGGGUAUAAAUAAAAAAAAAAUAUUAUUAUUAUUAUUAUAAUUGUAAGCUAAACAAAUUACAGUUUACCUGGAACUAGGAAGCACCCUCAGGCACACUGAUCCCCUCUCUUAGUUAUGUUGGGAGAACACAAACCAGAGUACUAGCUUAGCAUUUUGUGCAAACCAAUGUUCAUAGUUUGGUUCCCGCCAAGCAAACAAUUACAACAAUCCAAGAUUCUGUAAAGUGCAGAAUACCUACAAAAAAUGUGUAUGGGGUCUAACUGACUUCAUAGUUCUUUAAGCCUUAAAAAUAUUGUACCAUCUACAUACAAAUAACAUAAUUACAACAGUUGCAUAAGUAUUACAGCCAUGAGUUGUAAAUUCCCCAUAAUGGCUGCUUUCCUGGUCCAGGGUGGGCGGCGGUUGAGAUCCGUCGUUGUGGCUCUGCUACUCUCCGGAGCAGGGCCAUCAUGCUUGCAUCUGUUGGCUUCCUCCUCGGCCGCCAUGGAGCAUCUUGGGUUCCUGCCUGACCCAAUUUUGAAAUUUGCCCAUUCUGUGGCAGCCUGGGGGUGGGGCUUCGGGAGCAGACCUGAAGGCAGCAGUCUUCACUCAGGUCCGCUCCCUGUCCAUAGGAGGUGGCCGGCGCUCUUGCACAGUGGGAGAGAGUCAUCUAGUCCAACGCUCAUAACUUAUAAUUUAGCAGCCCGAAGUCAAGUUACCUGUGUGCCCUUCUGCCCUUAGUAACUGUUGUAAUACAACAGUGUCCUGUGCCGCCAGUUAAAAACUGACCUAUUUGUCUCACUGAUUACUUUGCCCUGUAAUACACCACGAAGACUACUAUUUUAUAUAUACUUGAGGUUGUCUCAGUGAGCUUAGUGAGUAUUGUUGUUGUUUAGUCGUUUAGUCGUGUCCGACUCUUCGUGACCCCAUGGACCAGAGCACGCCAGGCACUUCUGUCUUCCACUGCCUCCCGCAGUUUAGUCAGACUCAUGCUGGUAGCUUCGAGAACAGUGUCCAACCAUCUCAUUCUCUGUCGUCCCCUUCUCCUUGUGCCCUCCAUCUUUCCCAACAUCAGGGUCUUUUCCAGGGAGUCUUCUCUUCUCAUGAGGUGGCCAAAGUAUUGGAGCCUCAGCUUCACGAUCUGUCCUUCCACUGAGCACUCAGGGCUGAUUUCCUUAAGAAUGGAGAGGUUUGAUCUUCUUGCAGUCCAUGGGACUCUCAAGAGUCUCCUCCAACACCAUAAUUCAAAAGCAUCAAUUCUUCGGCGAUCAGCCUUCUUUAUGGUCCAGCUUUCACUUCCAUACAUCACUACUGGGAAAACCAUAGCUUUUACUAUACGGACCUUUGUUGGCAAGGUGAUGUCUCUACUUUUUAGGAUGCUGUCUAGGUUUGUCAUUGCUUUUCUUAGUGAGUAUUACUGAUAUAUAAACAUGCUUCAGGUACAGUGAGGGAAAAAAGUAUUUGAUUCCCUUCUAAAUUUGCCCGUUUCCCCUCUGACAAAGAAAUGACCAGUCCAUAAUUUUAAUGGUAACUUUAUUGUAUCUGAGAGAGACAGAAUAACAACAGGAAAACCCCCAGAAACCCAGAAGACAAAAGUCAGAGAUUGAUGUGCAUUAUAAUGAGUAAUGGCGUUUCCGUGCGCUGCUCUGGUUCGCCAAACUGGCAAAUUUAGCAGGGGAUCAAAUACUUUCCCCCCUCACUGUAGGCUUGUCAAUGUUCUUAGCAGCCUGAGGUUCAGAAAUCCAUUAGGGCAAGCUUCCCCUGGUCUGGGAGGUUUAUUCACUUAAUUUCAGAAUGCUAGGCAGCAGCUAGAACUUAAGUACAAAAUGUGAAGGCCAGCAAAGUUCCUGGAACUUUCAUGUUGGUUGUGGGUGGGCUCUGGAUUGUUUAGUGGGAGAAAGCCGCAGUCAACCUAUCUGAGUUCAUUUCUAAAUAAUACUUUUCCUAUGCAACUAUUGAGUGGAUGAUUUACAGACAGUGAGAUGCAAAUGAAUGUUCAAAUGCAAAAACUAAAUAGUUUUCACUUAGUGAGUUGUUCCUUGUGUAGGAUCUAGAUAAUUCCUGAGGUAUAGAGAUGCUAUAAAACUGCAGCAUUCCUUUUCAGUCAUACUCCUGAAAGCUCUUCCUGCUUCUCUAGCAGUAUCUAAAAUUACAGUUGUGUAAUAUUAAUGCCACAGUUAUUUUGGACCAGUCCUUCAGGACAUGGGCGUAGCAGCAUGCACUGGAUAACUCAAUGGGGGACAAAUGUUUGUAUAUUUGUUUUACAGUGUUCAGUCUCGACGGUCAAAAUAGAAGCACACACUCGUAAGAGGUCAUUUCAAGGACUAAUGAAUUGCAAGUCUAAUUUGCUGUUAAAUCAAGAUUCCUGCAUCUCAGGCCCAAUUUAAUAAUUUCUAGACUGUCCUUCCCCUUCAUCAAAACAAAAUAUUAUUGCUCUGAGCAGCAAGAGAUUUGAGCGGUUCCAGGCACUUACCCAGGGUUUGAGUUCCUUGGAAUUAAGGUCACUGAAGACUGCAGUGUCUUUAGGAUAUAUGGUCUCACUUACACAAAUCUACAACAUGAGAAUAAGAUGGAAGGGCUCACAGCAUUAGCACUCCCAACAGAUCCUGAUUCCCCAUUAGAUUUCUAGGGUGAGGAGGAGGAAGAGGAGGAGAGGUUGCCGCCACCGAAGCCCAGCCCCACAUGACGCUCUGGCUCUGAGGGGCAGGCAGAGGACCAGACCACCCUGGGUGGGAAGAAGGAGGGAGCAGAGUGCAAGGAGUCUUGUUUUUAUUUUAUUUUUAAAUGCUUUGUGCAUCCAUGCUUAAUCUUGCCCCUUUCUAAAAAGCAUUGAUUGGUGUGUGUUUUUCUUUUUGUAAAUUUACCAAAGAAUAAAAUAAAAUUGGGAUUAAAGGGAUUUCCCAGGAUAGUGGAGGGUGUCCCAUGUCCUGUUGGUGUACCGGUGGUGAAACUCACACUUCUUUUAGUCAGAAAUGCUCUGCAGGUCAUAUCCCAGACCUGUGGAAUGCAAUAGAGAUUCAGCAGGUGUCUUCUAGAUUCACCUUUAAACUUUUGCUGAAAUAUUUUCUUUGCCACCAGGCUUCUGCAGACAGUUAAGAUACCACUUUCUUUCAUAGUCGGUGAUGUUUUAAAUUUAUGAGAGGUUUUUUUUUUGUGUAUAUAUAAUUGUGGUAAAUCCCUUUGGGUUUCUUUAAACGAAACAGUAGUGUGCAAGUGUUUUUUAUUAUUAUAAAUAAACAGUUAUCAUUUGGGGCCAUUUUUUCCUGGGUUUUUCAUAGCGGUAGAUUAGCUAAUAAAAAGGUGCUUUCUACAUUUUCAAAGCUUUUAUAUUGUGCAUUAAAGCAUACAUAGUAGGGGUUGAAUUGUGGGCUCCACAGAUGAUAUGAGGCCACCAACAGUUUGCAUCAGAUUGCACCAAAGGCUAAAAGGCAAGUCAAAUAAUCAUAUGACCAAAAAUAAUUUGAAGCCUUCUGGAGCCUGUUAUAGUAAUAGUGUGUGAAUAAAAAAAUAUGUGAUAAAAAAUGUAACAGUAUGUGUGUCAAAAAGCAAUGGGAAGUUAUGAAUGAAUGAAUGAAUGAAUCUUUAUUUGCAUCGGCCAUAGCAAUAAAACAACAAUACAGUGAUACCUCGGGUUAGAUAUGCUUCAGGUUAGAGACUCCUCUAACCCAGAAAUAUUACCUCGGGUUAAGAACUUUCCUUCAGGAUGAGAACAGAAAUUGUGCUCUGGCGGCGCGGCGGCAGCAGGAGGCCCCAUUAGCUAAAGUGGUGCUUCAGGUUAAGAACAGUUUCAGGUUAAGAACAGACCUCCAGAACGAAUUAAGUACUUAACCUGAGGUACCACUGUAUGAAAUACCAAGAAUAAAAAUAAAAAGUCAAUUAUAUAAAAUACAUUUUAGAAUGGGAAGUUAAUUUUAUAAGUGCUUCUGUUGUUUUCUGUUUACCUAAAACAAGUAAAAGAUUAAAUGCUGUGAUUCCAAGAUGAUAACAACUUUAAACCAAGGGUGGUUAACCUCUAAGUUUUGCAUGAAUAUUGGCCAUGCUGGCUAAAGCAGAUGAGAGUUUGACUUCAAAAACCUCUGGAGGGCUACAGGUGAGUCAAGCUCCUUUAAAAGAACCAGGCAGGCUGGAACUCCUCAAGCCACCCCUGAAAUAUAGUGAUCACCCUCCCCCAAAGAAACUUUUUCUUGAAGAGCCCAGUAUAAAUGAUAUAUUGAACUGGUCUUCAAGAUUAAUAUUCAGUUAUGUAUAAAUAGGUAUAAUUACUAAAUAUAUAUAUGUCAUCCCUGAAGUCACAAGGGCUGUGGAGGAUUUAAUUAUGUUAGUGUUCGUAUAUUUAGCUAUACAGACUAAAUAUAAAAGGAAAAGGAUGUGCAGAAUUUAAGCCCAACCCACAUAUUUCUCCUAGCUUAAAAACAACUGAGUUGCAGUCCUUUGAGUCCCCGUUAGAGCGUUUCAGGGGCCAUAGGAUAUAUCAGAUCUCAUUCCAAUGAUGGAGCGAAAGUUUCGACAUCAGAUGCCUCAUCUGUGUGAGUCUAAUAGGGAAUAACAAAAAUUGCUCCAUCCACUUUUCACACAUUUUGGAUUGCUUCAAAGACUGGUUGGAGUGGGAUUAGAAACUGGAUCCAGCUGGCAGCCAAGAUCCUAUGGUCUCCCAGGGGUCACUUUGACAGGUGGGUGGGGCUGCCCCCCGUCCAUCACUUGACAUCACCAUGAUGUCAGGUGAAGCGUUUGUUUUUCAUUGUUUGUUUGACUUGUUUGUUGAAUAAAUACAGGUAUAUGGCAUAAUGGUAAUGGUGUUUGUGAUUUUAUUCAUCAUAAUAAUGCUCAGGUUUUUUUAAUAUAAAUAAUUUCAGGGUGAAUCUUUCUGGGUCAGGAGUGCAUUGGAAUUUUCCUCAUAAGAAAUCAUGGAAAUGUUCACAUCUCUAUAAGAACUCUUGCCUUAUGAACCAUUUCUCAGGAGGUAAUUAGGUUCCUAUAGCGGGACCUAUGUGUAAUAGGAAUAGGUUGAGUUUAAACAAAUCACUUCGGCACAGUCAGGGAAGCACAAACUGGGGCUGCUUUGUGCCAGAGAAGGGGGCACACAGAGUAACAAAAUGAGCAGUGUAUUAGUUGCAGGAUGGGGAUAAUAAAAGAGACAAACAGGCUUGUGAGUAAGAUGCUGCUGCUGUUCACUUGGGUAGCCCCAGUGCCUGUAGGUGCUGAAGGCUAACAUGUUAGCUUUCAGCACUGCAAAACGUGUAUUCAUUCCUUCAGAAAUUGUAUGAGCAAAAUUGUUCAGAAAUUGUUCGGUACAAGCAUUAGCAAAAUAAUGGAUAACAUCUGUUGUGAUUGCAUGCAUUCCAUGCCAGUUUCUGUUUCAUUGGUUUAAUAAGGAAGUAUCAGAUAUUUGUACACUGACGUUACGAAUGCAGUGUAUGUAAGUGUGAAUGUGUGCAUGUAUAAUGAUUAUUCUCUCUGGGAAUGUUUGUAACACUCCAGGAGAUGCCCUCAGAGGCAGGGAUCCCAGUUACAGGCGAUAUAAGCCGAACUACUCACCAGUGACGACAGAGAUAACCAGUGGAACACAGUCCAAACAAACCACGAUCAAGCACAGAUAAUCUAGUUCCAAAUGUAAUCCAGAAACAAAUUAGGAAACAUACCAAGAUCAAGAUCACACACACAUACAUGUAUGCAUGUAUGGUGUGUGUGUGUGUGUGUGUGUGUGUGGCAAGGUACAACACAGCAAGGGAGAGUGAGUAGAAUCAGGACCUUGAAGCUAGGGACCUAUGUUGUUUCCAGCAGUGGGAGCUCCAGGGGUUUCCUCACUAGGUAUCCAUGCGAAGGACCCCUCCAGGGGACCAUCAGCUUUGGGCUCAGGGUGCCCUGCCUGCUCCUCAAGACCCUCAACCUGUGUGGUGCCCAGUCUGUCCUCUAAGGACUCCAUGCCUGGUGCUAGCUCAGGGCUAGGCAUGACAGUGUUUUUCUUCCAGCAAACAUCUUUUUAAGAGUUUGAGGAAAAUAUAGCCUGAAAUGAAAGCUGGCACUCAAACGUUUAAUACAAGAAACCCCAAUCCCAUUAGAAUUCAAACUGUGGAAUUUCCUAAUAAUAGCAGCUGAGGCAUCUAUUCAUUAUAAUGUUCUAGCAACAACACGGUUAUUGUGUGAAAGCAGGACACUUCAUUACCUCACUGGCAAUGCAUGUUUGGUUCAUUAGCAGUUUGAAAUGAACUGAGAUUUAUAUGAUCUCCACACCCGCACAAAGACUGCUAAGAGCGUGUGAGGAAAAAGGAACAUGUUGGGAGAGUGGCAGGAACUGGGCAUUAACAAUAAUCCGCUCAAAAUAUGGGGGGGUGGGGUGGCGAGAGCGAAAAUGCAAAAGGGGAGACUCUGAUCAGUCCUGCCUAAGUUGGCAGUGUGUGUGGCACAAAGCACUGUUGAGCAAUUGCCCAAGCUUACUAGGCAGGGAACAGAAGGGACAUUGCAGGACGAGGCUUGAUAACAAAAGCAGUUUACAAAAUCACGUUAAGUGGAAUUUACUCUCUACCCAGCUCCACUUUAGUACAAUUCAGAUAAGAUUUUUCAGGUGAGAUUAUCAUUCACUGUACAGAUUUUUAUAGCUGGUGAUGAUAGAAAAGUGAUGACAUCUUUUUUUAAAGGUGUCAUUGGAUUCCCAUAUGAGUAUUUCAUUUGUACCCCUUAAUGCAUGUGACUGUUCCACUUAAUAAUAUGGAUUUAUGCACUUCUGAAAGCAGCACAACUCCGCUUCUCAAAAUUCCAGGACUAGUUCUGCCAUGUGGCAGUAGACGUUUUCAGAUAGGAAGCCCAGAACUAGCAUCUCUGAGCCCUUUUUGCAUUAAUUCUGCCAUCUGAAUUUUGGUAGUGGGGGAAAGGAGCUGAAAUGGGUGUAUCUAGUGAAACUUGCCAUUCACAUCCCAGACUGAUUUUAAGCCAAAUACUAUUUGGGGGCCCAACUAUAGAUGAACAUGGCAAACAUGCAGACAUAAUGUGGUUUAAUUUUAACACCAGAAGUGCAUGGGAGCAGAACUCUCACCUGCCACACCUGUGGAAACUCCUUUUGUAUAUUUUCAUGCUAGUGGAACCCUGUACUGUAUAAGCAGCGUUUCUGUUUAUCAAACUGCUGAAUGCAUGCGUUUCUUGAGUGUUCAGACAAAUAAGCUUGUGCAUAGUGUAGCGCUGCUUUCCAGAGACUUUAUCUAAGGUUACGUUGAGAACCUUUACCCAGGUACUUUAGUACCUCACUGGAAGGUUUCUGUUACAAGCUGAAGGUGAAAAUCCUAGGCUUGCACUUUUCACCAAAACUGUAUAUGUCACUUUACAGAGUUGAUGUGAGGAAAUGAAGGCUAUGAGCAUGCCUUGUGAAAAGCAUUUGACAGGGUGCCGUCUGUUAGUUGGGCUUUGGUAUGCCAAGGUUACGUUGUUAGUGAUCUUUAUUAAUAAAUAACUAAGAUCCUUAUUGGUCCAAAGGGUAUGGCUCUUUUUACAUUCCAGGAUCUCAGUGUUCAUAAAUCUUAGGGAUUGUAUUCAUGCUAUUUUUGUUUUGAGGAACAAUUCUCGCAUUUUCUGCCAAGCAGCUUAUUCUGAGAGGUAAGAUAAUAGUAUAGUAGCAAGUGACUUGCUAUGCAAAUCUUUUAUAUAGUUUUGUUUAGGGAUUAUGGGGUCAAUCUGUUUCUUAUGUAAACACUUCAGGAGGUGUUGCAAAUUAAUGAGAGCAGUGUGGAUUUCAGGCAGGCUAGUUUGCAGAUGGAAUUAAAGAUAAAAAGUGUACUUCUCUUGAGUUUUUCCAUGUCUGUGAAUUGGGCUACGGGCAAAAAGGCAGAUUGAGGAUAUAAUUAGAGGACUAUUUGCAGAGAGGGCAAAUGGAGGAUCUAUGAAAUGGAGUAGGCUCUGGGAAGAAAUAAAGGAUCAUUGCAGAGUUAGAAGAGAUAUUGAAGGAUAUGUAUUUCUGUAAUAUAAGUGCAGCUGUAACAGAAAAACUUGCAGAACAAAUAGGAGAGGCUAAAGGACUGGAGAGUGAUUUUGUGGAAAUCUGGCACUAUGUUAUAUUCCCUGCCUGAAUAAUAGUUUGCGAUGUCUACUGCCAUUAUCAUUAUAUUUAAAACAGCAAGAGCAAAUAAUGUGAGGAGGGAUUUGCAGCCUGGAUAGGUAAGAAGAUGGUUAGUAAACACCAAGCUACUUUCAGUAAAUCCACACGUCUAGGGUCAGAUGAAUUAAGCCCAAGGGAGUUGAAUGAGCUUGAAGGUGUUACUUCAAAGAUGCUGUUUGUAAUAUUUGUGAAUUCUGAAUAUUUUUGAAAUAUUUGAGAAUAUUUGAGAUCGGAGGAGGUGCCAGAAGCCUGGAGAUGUGCAGAUGUUGUCCCCUGUCAUCAAAGGGUGGGGAAUGGCUCUGGUGGAUUACAAGUCACUGCUUGAUGUCAACAUCGGCCACAUUUCUCGAGCAGAUUGUUAAGUACCUCAUGAUCAUCCAGAAAAGAAAGCUUUGGUUACAAGGUUUAUGAAGGAGAAGUCAUCCCAGGCAACCUUACCUCCUUUUUUUGAUGAGAGUUAUUUGUUUGGUAGAUCAUGGGAAUGCCACAAACAUGGUAUAUCUGGACUUCAGCAAGGCCUAGGACAAACUCUGAAGUCUCUGCUUUAUCUGCUGCAUCUGUCUGAGUUUUUACUAUAUUGCAUUUUUGGAAUGUGGGUUUGACGAUACUACUUGUAAGGUUGAUACUACAGCUGGUUGAACAACCACACCCAGGGAUUGUUUGUUAAUGGUUCUGUGUCAGCCCAGAGGGAGGACUUGAGUCAUAGGGCUCUGUCCUCAGCUCUGUGCUUUCAGCAUUUUAUAAAAGACUCGUAGAUGGCAUGAAGCUAGAAAGGUAUGAUCCAAAGACUUAUUAGGCCUCUUGCAGAGGUGUACCUAAGGCUUGAUGAAACUGGCCCCCUCCAGUUUCCCUACUGAAAUUGUCUCACCCUCACUCCGGGCGCUUUGAGUACUUGGGUUGCUUAAAAUGUAGGAAUUUCUAUUGUGGUUAUUGCGGUAAAGUGUUUUUUUCCUGAGUGGGUUGCCAAGGGACCCUGGGUGUCUGCCUCUGGCCGCUUACUGCAGGUCUGGGUCUGGUGACAGCCUGGAUGGGUGAUUGCUUUGGCAUACAGGGUACUAACUACUCUGUCCUGGAAGUGUGCUAUUAAGCACUAAAAUCUAAGUAAUGCAUCCUGUUACUGUCCAAAGGAAGCAGGUGUUUAUCACCUGGGCAGAUGGUAUCGCCUGCUCUUUUGGAGCAUGUGCAUGUAACAAACCAACUUCCUACUGUUUUCUUUUUCAGACGAAGAAUGAAGGCUCGUGCUCCACCUCCACCAAACCAAACUCCUGCCACCUGUACAGUUAAUAAUGAACACAAAUUACCUACAGACCUGGGAGCGCUGCCUGAUCAGGGUGUGAUAAAUAUGAAGGAAAAUCUGAUUAACAGGACGGUGGACUUUAUAGUAGUUUUUCCAGAUGGAGAAGAACAGAAAACUACUGUGCAUGGCAGGUAAGGCUUUCAGACAUUUGAAACAAUUUGUAUCUACCCAUUGAUGUCAUUUUUAGGAGGAGAGAUGUAAGACAAUGCAAUAAUUUUCAGGUUUUCCCUCCCCCCCCCCCCCCGCUGCUUAUAACCUAGCAGUGCAUGUUAGGUUAAGCAGUGCCUGCUGUUUUUAGUGCACAUGUAUUUCAUCCAGCAUGCAAAGAGAGGCUAAUUUAUAUGCAUAUAAUCAAUUUUUUCUCUACCGUAUUUAUUAAUUUUAAUUAUGUGCAGUGCAUAGUAUAGGACACCAUUUUGCCUCUGAAGCAUUGUGUAUAUAUCUGAAGAGAGCCAUCCUUUCCUGAAGCGAAGCACACAUGAGGAAAAUUUAAAAGACCAGGAAAGGGAUGUUUCUACACAAACAAACAUCUUGAGGAAAAGCAGUUAGACUAAGAAUGGAUGAAAUCUAGUAAUGGUUGGGAGAACAACAAAUUGUUGUCCAGCAUUUUAUAUGAUUGGUGUGGAGCAAUCCAGUACGUGUCCAAGAAUUAAGGAGGUUAUGUAGAGGCCUCUCAUUGCCUCUUAGCCGUUGCCCAGAGGUCACACGGAGGACUUUCCUGUUUGUGCUCUUCACUCCCCCAACCCCUACGUAAGGUGGGUUUGCCACUGCGGAGGGCAUGUGAAGGCAUCUCCACUACCCAGAUGACCACCAGUGGUGCUGUGGAGGCUUUGUGGGUGGGGACAUUUUGGGCCUCUGCUCUCUACACUUUCCACAUUCUGGCAAGGCUUCAUGAGGCUCUGUCCUUUGCAUUGGCUUUCUUCCUCUUUUGGGUUUGGUUCGUGGCUGAGUUGCGAUUCAGUUGGUGUUUUAAAGCAAAAUCUCCCAUUGUGUGGGUUUUCUCUCAGACUCCUCCUUUAGUGGCUGGAGGGCUUGAGGCUUGGUGGGUUCUCCUCCAUUCUAGGGAUGGGACAGAAAUUUGAUUCAUUUAAAGGCAACCCUCCCAGUUAUCACACUUUCUGACACAAUACAAUCCUUCAGUGCAUCCUUAAAAGUUUGCAGUUCUCUGAAUUUUGCAAUGAAGUUCUGCAGCCGAGUAAUGUGUACAAACAUGCAUGUACUGGGAUAAAGUGUACAUUAAAAAUCCAUGUAUUAGUGACAAUAACAUACAAAAAUGCAUUGUGUUACAGAAAACUGCUUUGUAAAAAAUAUAUAGGCAGAAUUGCGUGCAAAAAUACAUAUAAUUAUGAGAAUUUUGAAUUAAAUGUUGAUGAAUUUUCAUGAGGAUAUUUUUAAAAACUAAAAUAAACCAUGUGAUAUGGAAAUGUGGAUAACUGAAUUUAAGAUUAGAAAGAUGAGAAACUGAAAUUGGUAGAUUUGCCCAUCCCUGCUCAUAGCUAAUGAGCAAGAGCCGUCACGCAGCUGAUGGAUGAGAGCAGUCAAGCUUGUCUCUCCAUCCCUACAACCCACUCAGUAGCUGAUCUGUGGAUGUGGUUCUGGUGUGAAGACAAACUGGCCAUGAGGAAAAGGUGCAGGGCUUCUUGCCUUGAGCUCAGCACUGGCUAUGCCCAUGUCAGCAAAUAGAGGCACAAAGAGGCACAAAGUUUCCCAAUGGAUGUUUUGAAGAACAUGGCUAUUUUGAAAUAGUCCAGGUUGAUUUUUAUAUAUGUGUAUGUGUACUAUCUGGAUAUGGUUUCAAUCUGCUCUUUCUACCUGCGUGAAAACCCUUCUGUGUUCUAUUAAAUCUGGUUCUAAGUAGCCUUUUCUGUUUUCCCUUCCAGUAAAGCUGUGAUGGACCUCUUGGUUGACUUGUGCAGCCGGUACCACUUAAAUCCAGCCUAUCACACCCUGGAGCUGCAGUCUUCAGGGACCCAACAGACUUUGAGUUAUAAGCCAAACACUUUGAUAGGGGCACUGGAUGUAUGGAAGAUACUUCUGAAGGAGAAGGUUCCUGAAGGAAAGGCGAAGCGGCCUCCUCCACCCAAAAUUCCUGAGGUUGGAACUUUCUGCUGCAUAACUGUUUUGCCAGAUGUCAAGAAAUGUUGAUGACAGUCUCCCCGCCCCCCCAAUGUGUUCAGUAUUGAACUUGGCACGGAGCUUACUAUUGCGAUGUAAUGGUAAUCUUAACUGACAGCCAGUGUAGAGACUUGGUAUAUGGCAAUAAGUAGUUACUGCAGGCUUAUUUUGAGUUGACUAUGGCCUUUUGUGAGUUGAAUUGUCAUUUUGUAAGUAAGGUUGAGGAACCUGUGGCCUUCCAGGUGUUGUUGGAGUCCAGCAACGUCUGUAACGCCAUGUGGUUUCUAUCCAGAGCCAAGGUGGAGUAGUGGUUAGGGUGCUAGACUGGGACCUGGGAGACCAGGGUUCAAAUUCCCACUCAGUCACUGGGUGACUUUAGGCCUGUCACUGUCUCUCAACCAAGCCUACCACACAGAAAUGUUGUGAGGAUAAAAUUAAGAGGGGGAGGAGUGUGUACACCACUCAGUCAGAGGGCAGGACAACUGCAGGGGAGUCUGGUUGCAUGAGUAAGUAGUUAAGAGGCAUGUGUUGUUCCAGCUACUAGCAGACUUCAACUGAAGUUUUAUAAAGAGUAGCCUUCCAGACCCUGUCCAAAUCCAGAUGCUUAAGGAACCCUUUACUGUUGACUAGCAUGGUGACAUUGUGGUCUCAAGUCUAUGCUCCUUUACUAGCCAGCUGUCUGAGCCUGCAGUUUCUGAUGCUGAUUCUCUCAAGGACUAACAGGUGGUUUAGCCUCCCCGUACAGCUUAGACAGGGACUUCUUUGCCACAGACAAGGCAGAGAUCCACCCUGAGGUUCCUCCUGGGCAUUCCCUGGAUGUGGGCCUGGUGAGAGCUCUCCCUGGAUCUUAUGGACGGGGAGGGGGGCACUUUCUGGUCUCCUGGUUUCCUAAAAGUCUGGGUUCUUGUUUGAGGAUGAGUUGUUCAAGGCUGUGUUAGGCCUUGGUUUGACAACAGGACUGUCUUUUGUUGUUUGUAUUGUAAGGGGUCUUAGGGUGUUAGGGGAGGGGUAGUAAUUUUGGUGGGGGCACAUCAUGCUCCUGGGGUAGUUAGUCCACCUUGGUCCCCACCCUGCAGUCAGCUCUCACCUGUGACUCCUAGAAGCUGUCAGCAUGUGACAGGGGCCACACCCUGGGAAACAGCUUUGACUGGCCAGCUAAACCAAGUGAGGAUAGCCGAUGGAUCUCAAACCCCAGUGAGUUAGGGACUUCCCCUGCCUGCAAAGACAGGCUUGGUGGAUUGAGCAGACCAGACCAAUAGUGGGUCCAACAGUCAAGAAGGCUGUUUCUGCAAAUGCUGUAGAUGGAAGUGAGGGGCAGGUGGGGCUCAUUCAGCUGGGAAGGUAGCCCUUUUAGGAGAAGGGAAGCUCUGAUCCUAAACAUCAGCUGUACUCUGAUCCUAAACCUCUGCUGCCUCGCAGGACAACUUCAGGAGAAGAAAGGCUAAGGCGUAAACCCUACACAUAUCUGGAUUGCAGUCCCUAAGAUGGUUGGGUGGUGUCUUGUAUGCCUCAUUCUGGCAACUCCUGCAGCCAAACUGGUGCCAAACAUACUGCUCUGCUUUCCUUUGGAUCACAUCAGCAAGGCCAAAAUGUCAUCUGGACAGCUCAGGACCUCCAUCCACACUGCCCAGGCUUGUGCCCUGGGAAGGUCACUGCUAAUGAAGUGGUUUGACUCCACCCCUGGAGGCAUACUAACUCGAGAGAGAGAGACAGACAGACAGAUGCCAACAACAUUGGCUUUUAGGUCUUUCUAACAGAAAACUGUAGGAGUCCUGAUGAGGAAAAACUCCUAUUUAAUCUCUAUAACCAUAUAACUUCUGAAUUUUGGAAGGAGGCAGGUAAAAUGGACAAAGUUGCAACAUAAUGAAAAAUUCUGCCACCUGGUGGAGAUUAAGAGUUAAGUAUCAUUCUAGAGGAAGUAUGGUUAGUGCAGGAACUGAAACUGCAGAUGACACAAUGCUGGAAGCGAUAGUUGACAGCAUAGAAGAUAGAAUCAAGAUUCAGAAUGAUCUUUACAGGCUGGAACUGCUGGCCAAAGCCAGCAUGUGAAAUUCAAUAGAGAUAAUGUAAAGCCUGGUAUUAAGGUACAAAAAUAAUCAAAUCAGAAGAACCAGCAGACUUGUCCCCUGUUGCUUUGGGACCAAUUGGUGGAAAUUGCAAGGGAGCUUGCAUUAGGAGGAACUUACUGUUUGACAGUAGUCAACUGCCAUGAAAAUGGUGGACCCCUCUAUGCUGGAGGUAUUUAAGCAAAGACUGAAGGAAUACAAUACAGUAGCUGCAUCCUAACAUUGCAGAUCCUGCAUUGAAGGGGUUGACUAAACCUCCUAAGUCCCUUCCAACCUUUUAAUUCCUUUAUUGCAUAAUAGAAACAAACUGGACAGUUCUCAUCUACAGUUCUUGUGACUGCCUUGUAGAACAAGUUGCUUAGAGUCCAAGGGCUAUUAUUGCUAAUAUACUCUCUCUCAAUCUAAUAUUUGAAUAACUGCUAUCUGCUUCACAAUAAUUUUGUUUUUCAGCGUUGCAUAUACAGGUAUUUCAUAAGCGAUUAAAAUGUGUUGAUGCAUACCUACACGGAGAAAGCUCUAAGGAAUCCUGUUCUGCCUCUGUAAUGCCAUUCCUGUGCAAUGAAUAUGACACUCCUUGAUCUUUCUUUAACCCUCUUGCCAGUAUGAAUAAUCUAUUUUGCAACUGCAGUGCACAAGCACUACCGCUGAGGAGCUGUGGCUCACAGAGUCUUUUCCUUUUCUAUUUUGCUUCCCUAGAAAACAGUGAGGCUGGUCGUAAACUAUCUCAAGACACAAAAGGCAGUGGUUCGAGUGAGUCCCGAGGUUCCUCUCCAAAGCAUCAUCCCAGUGAUUUGUGAGAAGUGUGAGGUCAGUCAGGAAUGCCUUGUCCUCUUGAGAGAUACCUUCACUGGGGAGGAACUGGAACUUACAAAGUCAUUGAAUGAACUGGGAAUAAAGGAGCUCUAUGCAUGGGAUAGGAAAAGAGGUAAGUCAAUACAUUUAUUAAUGUACACUGAGAAAACUAUGUACUAAUAUUUGUAGAUGGCGCUAGUUGGGGUUUUGGGUGGGGGUGAGGCUGGGGGUUGGAAAGGCAUAGGGUUUUUUAAAGAGUACUACUUGUAAAGAUAUGUAGAGCAGCGGUGGGGAAUGUGCAGAAAGAAAGAGAGCAAGGAAAAGAAAAAGAGGUGGCAGAAAGAGAGAGAGAAGAGGGGGUGUCUCAUCCAUUUUGGGCUGUGGCAUUAUUAUUAGUAGUAGUAUGCAGGACACGGGUGGCGCUGUGGGUUAAACCACAGAGCCUGGGACUUGCCGAUCAGAAGGUCGGCGGUUCGAAUCCCUGCGACGGGGUGAGCUCCCGUUGCUCGGUCCCAGCUCCUGCCAACCUAGCAGUUUGAAAGCAUGCCAGUGCAAGUAGAUAAAUAGAUACCGCUCCGGCGGGAAGGUAAACAGCGUUUCCGUGCGCUGCUCUGGUUCGCCAGAAGCGGCUUAGUCAUGCUGGCCACAUGACCCGGAAGCUGUACGCCGGCUCCCUCGGCCAAUAAAGCGAGAUGAGCGCCGCAAGCCCAGAGUCGGUCACGACUGGACCUAAUGGUCCUUACUUUACUGUCUUUUGCAGUCUUCCCAAAAUGGUAUCUAAGCCCAUUAUAGAACUGUCAGGGACCUUCAGAUUUGAUGGUAUGGAACUCUAUAGGUGAAGGCCUUGGUCCACUGCUCUUAGCAGUGCCUCCUUCAUACAGUGAGUGCCACUGGUAAUUUUUGUUCAGAGCUGGGCCCUGGCACAAGGCUGCUCCACAUCUGUAGUGCACAAUGGCACAUUGCCUCCAUGUUCAAUAUUGUGCUGGCACCAAUGCAGAGUUAGUCUUUGCCCUGCCCAUUGUCUCACUUAAUUGGCUGAAAGGAAAUGUAUUUUGAAAUGCUUUACCUGUGACAAUCUCCAAUGACUCUUCCAGCUCCAUCAUUCUACAUGAAUGAUAUUGCUUGCCAGUUGGGUGUUUGGAACAUGGAAUGGUCGCUUUCGUUGCAUAGACUCCAUGUUAACAGGCAAAUCAAGGACUUUGAUUCUUCACAUUAUCCCUGGCAGACAUUAAACUCUGAGGUUGUGAUGAAGCUGGAACUAACUAUGGGAUAUAUAGGAUGCUAUAUCAUACCAUAUUGCCUAAACAACAUGCAUGUGAAUGACAAUGGGAAUCUCUUAAUGCACGGGGUGCAUCUGAACUAGAGUUUAAUGUGGAUUUGAAGCUGUUUGUCUCUCCUCAUCCAAGCCUUCCCUCCACUAAAUUUGGAUUUUCCCUCUCAGUGGGCAGUCCAAUAAGGGGUGAAAUAUCCAAUGUAAAAUGAGGUUACCCAACUGUGAAGCACAUUGUGUGUGUUGUUGUUUUUACACAUGUGGUGACGUUUUGCUGGGUGCUGUCUAUUGCCACAUGCCCUACUUCUGUUUGGUUUCCAUGCCCCAAAGAAAAGGAGGCACCAGUUGUUUUCCAUUGAUAGUUGCUGAAGGAACAUUCAUGAUACGUUUAUAUUUAAAACAGCUCUUUAGCGAAGAACUACUCUUGCACAAAACAGCUGUUUUAAAAAUAAAAUCUACCCUUUUAGGUACAGGAGGCAGGAAAGGGAAAGUGGAGGAAAGGAAGCAGCAGCCUUUCAUGUGAGUGACACCAAAUCUUUGUCUGGUUUGGAGUGUUACUACAAAUGUAAAAAGGAUUUUUCCUCAUUCUGUCCUCUAUCCAUCACAUGCAGCACCAUUUCCUUUCUGCUGCAAUUCAUAUUCCACAAAAGUGUUAUUUGGUUCGUUGUGGUCAAAUUUAAUAAUGUAAUUAAUUACCUUAUUGUUAUGUGAUCAUACACCAUUCAUUUCAGAUGUGGCAGUGGGGAGAGACAUAAUAAUGAAAAAACAACAACUGCAGGCUAGAAAAAAUGACAGUUUCUUGUGAUAUUUCCUUCUGAUAUAUAAUCCCUCCCUGGCUUGCCAUGCCAUUCCAUUUAUGAAACACUUUUUCAAUAAGCCUUAGGGUUUGCAGUCGUUGUCUCAUAUUUGUACUCACAACAACGUCCUGUAAGUUAGGUUCCUAUAGCUGUCGUUAAAAACUGAAGGACCUCAAACUACUCCCAGACGUUAGCUGGGAUUUGAAACCAACUUUCCUAGAAACAGGUUUUUCAUUCUGUUUAAUAUAUGGUGAUAAUAAUACUUAGCAUUUAGAGUGUUGAAAGCACACACAUUAUUUCAGUAAUUUUUAGAGCAUUUAGAGUGUUGAAAGCACACACAUUAUUUCAGUAAUUUUUACAAGAUGGAUAGGUACAAGCAAUUCUUUUUUCUUAAAAAAAUGUUUAGAGGUACUCUGAUUUUGACUCAAGAAAAUCACCAUUUAUAGUUCAAAUCAGUAAAAAUAAAUACCAUAACUGGGCAAAAGUACAAAGAUUCACAAAAUGUUAAGGGGUAUGCGUACCCCUGCGUCCCCCCAGAAAAAAGCACUGGGUAUAAGAGAUCAAUAUAAUUAUCCCCAUAUUGCAGAUGAGUGGUUGAGGUUGGAGAUGGAAGGGGCCAUGCCAUGCAGUUUCCCAUCUUAAUCCGAAAUGCCAUUUUUUCCCUCUCAAAAUGUCACUCCCUGCAUUUCCACCCUGGAGGGGAAAGGUGAAGGUACCUAUCUCUUCCCAUCCACAGCUGGAGAAAAAAAAAACAAUUUGAUGGUACCAUUUCAAGUGGGUAAAUGGUCAGAAGCAAAAUGGUCAAGUAGUUCAACUCCCUCAAACUCUGUCACUUAAACUUUCAGCCUCCGAUAGUGGUUUCAUGUGUCUUGAGUUCAAUGUAGGGAUUUCCUGGUUCACAGCUCAAUUUCUUAGCCACUGUACAUUGCAGUGGUUUUCUCUCUGAUUGCUUUCAUCUGGAAGCAAACCUUUUAGAGUCUUCUGACUGAAUUUAUGCAGUUAACUGUGAAAUAGGUCUGUGAACUUGCCUACAACUGCAGAAAGUAGGCUUUACAAGGGAAACGGGAAGAAGAAAGGGGCAGGAACAACUAACGUAAGAAGAGUCCUCCUAGGUCAGUCCACUCCAAAGGCCUACCUUGUCUAGCAUCCUUUUUUCAUAGGGGCCAGUUAGAUGCCAAUGGUCAGCCCACAAGCAAGCCAUGAGCCCCAUAGCGCUCUCCUGCUUGUGAUCAGCAGCAACUGGUAUACUUCCUGACUUUGGGGUUGGUUAGUAGCUAUUGGUCACCUUAUCUUCCAUGGAUUUGUCUAACCCCCUUCAAUGCUGGGCAAACUGUUGGCCAUCCCUGCAUCUUGUCACGAAUUCCAUACUUUCACUGUGUUGUUGCAUGAAGAAGUGGUUCCUCCAGAAGCUAGCGUGUGAAAGAAACUGCCCUGGCAAAACCUGGCAGCUGGGACUUGGGCAGCAAAGGGCUCUCAGGAAAGGCUAGUGAAGAGGAAGAGGAAGGUGGUGGAAAAUUCAGCCUCAGUGAAGUUGUAAGUCAAGCGCCAAAAGAAAAAUGAAUUGAGUCCUUCUGGUGAGACAUGGGGUCAUUCUCUGAAUCUUUUUAUCUUUAACUGCAGUUUCCUGGUUGUAGAUGAGCACCUGCAUUUAGCUAAAGUGCCUCAGCCCUGUGACAUGCAUGAAAGCAAAUCGGGCUUUAUGUUCUGCAUCUUUUAAUUAUUCCUUUUUCAUCCUUUUUGUUCCUGUCCUUUCCAGUUCUUUCAUCAAAAGCUCAGUCUGAACCUUCUCUGAACAAUAGAGGUACUGUAUAAUGAGACUUGGAGAGAGAGUUUCCCUUUUAUUUUCUUCUUCUUCUGCAUGGCUUGGAUGAUUAAUGCAUUGAGGUUCACUGUGUAAGACUGGGGUGAGGAAUCCGUGGCCUUGCAGAUGCCGUUGGACUCCCAGCAUCCAUUAGCCCCGGCCAGCAUGGCCAAUGGUCAGGGAUGAUGGCGUUUGCCACCCAAAAACAUCUGGAGGGCCUCAGGUUCCCCACACCUAGAGUAAGAGCUACUACUCACAUCUUCACACAACAUUGGCACUACAAGUAAUGCAAAACAGAUUUCUUUCUCUAUCUUAAACAGCAAGGUGUAACAGCAAGGUUAUAAAAAAUAUUGAAAACAUGAAGGGAAUGUUCUUUCACAGCAAUAAUAAUUUGCCAGAACUAGGAAGGGUAUGUCAUUCAACUCUAGUUAAACAAAAUAUUACAAAUCCCAUCAAAUAAACUGAUACUUGGAAGGAACAUGAGCCUGGAAAGGAUGUACAUAUGUUGUUCACGUGUAACAUGAAUUUCACAAAUGUACCGCUGGGCUGGCUUUGAAUCGUUUUUAAUUGCCGUAUUUUUCGCUCCAUUGGACGCACCAGACCAUAGGACGCACCAGACAAUAGGACGCACCAGACCAUAGGAGGGGGAGAACAGGGAAAUUUUUUUUUUCUUGUUCUCCCCCUCUAAAACAAGGUGUGUUCAAGGUACAUUCACCAGAGCUUGUGGGGCUGGCGGUGGGGGGAAGCGCUGCUUUCCCCCACCGCCAGCCUCAAAGAUCCCUGAAGCCUUUGGAGCGCAGCGCCCCACUGCCCUACAGCCUUGCUAGCCUCUGCAGGACAGCAGGGUGAAGGCACCCCGCUGCCCUGGAGAGGCUGUGCGCGCAGCCGUCCCCAAGCUAGAACAGCGAGAUGGAGCGCUCCGCAGUCCUCCUUCUUCCUGUUCUGGCUUUGGGCUUAGCGGAGCAGCCUGCAUUCGCUCUAUAGGACGCACACACAUUUCCCCUUAAUUUUUGGAGGGGAAAAUGUGCGUCCUAUAGAACGAAAAAUACAGUAGUUAAUUUCUCUGAAGCAGCAAAGUACAGAACCUUCUGUCCAGUGUAACUAGCCUUGUGAGUAAACAAGUCAAGCUGCAAUGAUCAAGUAGGUGGCCAAAGUCUUCCAGAUGGUAUUGGCAUUUUCUUCCUUCUCCCCCAGUUCCUUCAUUUAGAAGGAAUCACGCCCCUGUACACACUCAUAUUUGUUCCCCAAAUGAUUGCACCCCUGGGCAAGUCAAGCAGAAGGUGCCAGCAGCAGGUCCUUCUCUCAUUACAUUUCCACCAACUUUUGCCCUAGAUAUGAGCUGGCUGGACCAGCAUAUAACACCAACAGUGGACUGUAAGGCAGAUAUUACUCAUUGAAAUUCUGCAUGAGUAUGAAUGUCAGCUGGCAAGCAUUAACAUCUAUAAACUGAAACCUGUGUGGAAGGAAACCAAACAUUUCAGAUCAUUAAUAGAUUCACAGAAAAUAAGCAAUGCUUGUCCCUGUUUGGAUUUCUCAGUCCUCAAACUGUCUCUUUUUUAUUUCUAAUAAAAUAAUAAACACUUGGGCUAAUGCUCUUUGGGCACAGGUGCCAUAUGUCUUAGUAAAAUUCUGUAAUAAUUAAUUGUAAAGAAUAGCUGGCAUGAGUAUUGCCGUUAACUGCUAAGCUUACGCGGUCCAGGUUGGUGGCAGUUUAUAAUAUGGACUUUUAACUUUUCUGUGCGCCUUUAAGCUAAGUUUUGGAAGGGUAUGUCAAUGUGCGUCUUUAAAUAUUUGUCUUUAUUUGUGCCACAUUGAUUCUUCUGCACUGCUUUGAUUUACUGUUGAAUUCAUUUUAAUACAUCAGCAUAUAGUACAGGUGUACCUUGGAAGUUGAACGGAAUCCAUUCCGGAAGUCAGUUCGACUUCCAAAAUGUUCGGAAACCAAAGCGCGGCUUCUGAUUGGCUGCAGGAAGCUCCUGCAGCCAAUCAGAAGCCGUGGAAACCCCGUCAGACGUUUGGCUUCCAAAAAUAGUUCGCAAACUGGAACAGUUGCGGCUUUUGGGAGCCAAAAGGUUCGAGAACUAAGCUGUUCGAAAACCAAGGUACAACUGUAAUUCUAUUUGAUAGGGUUUGGGACCAGGAUAUCGCAAAAUUGUCUCAUCCUCUGCGUACCUAACUGAUCACGGCAUUCUGAUCCCCAUCCUAUCAGGAGGCUCAUUCUGCACAAUGCUGAAAUUGGAUAUUUAGUGCAGCGGCACCUAUUCUUUGGAACUCCCUCCUAUUAGAUAUCAGACAGAUGUCUUCUCUUUCAACUUUUUGGCACCUGUUGAAGACGUACAUAUUUCAAGAGGCCUUCUAAGUGGAUAGUUUGAUUCUAGUUAUAUUUGCAUUGGAUUUCCAUUGUUUUUGCACCACCACACAGGUGGUGUAGUGACACUAAAGGUUUAUUAUUUUAUUUUUAUUAUUGUUUUUGAACUGAGAUUUUUUAAAUAAAAAAUCUGUGUGAGAGAAUUUGUGUUUAUAUAUGCAGAUGAUUUAGCUGUUCUUAAAUAUGUAGUUGCUUUCUCUCUAUGUGUUUUGUAUUGUGAAUCGUUUUGAGAUGCUCCAUGGAAAGCAAUUUGUAAGUGAAAUAAUAAUAAACUAGAGCAGGUUGCGGCAAAGUAAACCGUUGAGGUCAGUAUAAGCAGCGAUGCAGAAAAGUUCCCUGAAAUUAGUGAAUAGUUGGCAUUUUAUGCUGCUGAAAAAUUGCUGCAUUGUCCACUCAUUCACUAAAGGGUAUUGGAAGGGUUGUAACAAUAUAGGCACAAUUACUUCACAUGCUAGUCCUGCCACAAAUAUUGUGCAAGGUGGUAUUUGUAGAGUGUGAAAAAAUCCUGGGUCACUUGGCUUAUUGUACCGCCCCAUUAGCAUUGUUGUUGAUAUUUGAUGGUGAUAAUAGUAAUAAUAGUAAUAAUAACAACAACAACUUACAUAUGCUAGCAUUCUUUAAGAUUGCUGUUGCACAAUUAGCAGGUAUUGGAGAACAGAAGAGAGUCUGUCUUUGACAGAGUGUUUGGAAAAUUGCAGUGUUAGAGAAUCAUACCAUUCCAUUGAAAGGGGCUUGUGGGUUUGACAGUGACUUUGGAGAAUGGUGGUGUUGUUUUGCUACCUCUGUGGUGAAGGAAGACAGACCUGUGGCGCCACCAACUGUGCAUGGCACUCUGGAAGGACUUAUUCAGCUAAUAAGUCAUGCUUGGACUGUGCAAUUAUGCUUUGGGUUGUACCAUAUGCAUUUUCUUUGUUUGGUGGUGGUUACUGAAAAAGUGAAUAAAGAAAUACUAAACAAAGAAAAGGAAAAGAAAUGGUGCGUUCUAUGGAAACAUGGGUUUAAAAAGUUAGUAACACAUUUGUGAACUUAUUGUGGAAUGUAUCAUAUAUGCACAAUGCGGAUGAUAUUUUCUAGUCCCCUUUUGUAGCCAUCAGCUUCUCUCUUUAUGCAUUGUUAAGCAUACCAAGAGUUCAGCACUCAAGAAAGCAGGAUUAGGGGGCACUGUUUGCAAGUAAUAAAGGGGCAGUGAGGGGAGAAGGUGGUUGGGGGCAGAGAAGCAUUAGGGGGAGGCAGGGCUGGUCCAAGACUUAUUUCCACCAGAGGCAAAGGGCAAGAUGAUUCACCAUUGCAUUCCAUGCACACAAGCUGACUGGACUUGGCAGCUAGAUGGCGAUGGGACAUUGUCUUUGGUUUCUGCUUGCGGUUUGUUUGGAGGUAGACAAUGCACAGUCCUCCGUUUGGAUUACACAACAAGCUAGAGGCCAGGGGUCAGCAACCUUUUCAGCCGUGGGCCGGUCCACCGUCCCUCAGACCAUGUGGUGGGCCGGACUAUAUUUUGAAAAAAUAAUAAUGAAUGAAUUCCUAUGCCCCACAAAUUACCCAGAGAUGCAUUUUAAAUAAAAGGACACAUUCUACUUGUGUGAAAACACGCUGAUUCCCGGACCGUCCGCGGGCCGGAUUGAGAAGGCGAUUGGGCCGCAUCCGGCCCCCAGACCUUAGGUUGCCUACCCUGGAGCUAGACCAUGGCUUGCUUCCUUGUAAUGUAGUGGCAGCUGGUAAGGAGUGAAAUUUCCCAAACUCCUGCAGUAUGCAGCAACAUGGCUUGCUUACAUUAAAGGUUUAUUCUAUAGGUUUAUUCUACCUAUAGUUUAAUGUGGCAGGCACACCAGACUAUUUGGUGUCACAUAUAAUGUGGCCCACAGUUUAGCAAUUCAGCAAACUCUCAUCCAACUUUUCUAGAGAAAUAUGAACAGUUAUACAAGGUUCAGUCUGUGGCCUCAUUACCAAAUGUGUCAUGAUGAAACAUUUGAUAUUGACCUGUCAUGAACUUACAUAUACAUUUGGUUGGGUAAAUACAGUAGUGAGUAUAGGAUAAUACUAGUGGUUCUAAUCCUAAAUGCUUAAUAGCGAAGUUUAAGACUAACAUGCAAGUAAGUAAAGUUAGGUCUAAAUCAGUAUCUUGGAAAAACAGUGCAUGACCUCUCCCUCCUGUGAGCAAUUAAUACUGCAGUAACUUUGAUUAGAAUGAAUUUGUGUAUAAAUCUGUGUACAGUACGAUCUCCUCCUGUGCAGGGGUUACAUUCUGUGGGGAGCAUUUAAGCGCUCUGCCUUGCUUGCUGAACUCUGGGGUACCUCACAAGAUCUUAUGUGGCUGGCCCCAUUUUCCACGAGAUCUUGCGAGAGCAUCCCAGAACUCAGUAAGCAAAGCAAAGAGCUUAAAAGCUCUUUCUGUGCUGGAAAAACCCUGUACAAAAAGAGCUUUCAAGCUGUCCGCCUUCUGUGCUUUGAAUUAGUGUGAUUUCAACCGACCAGACAUCAAAUGCCUAAAGUUGAAAUAGCAUUUGUUAAACCUGUGUAGCACUGAUUUCUACCCUCAAAGUUAGUAAGCUGAUUUUUAAAUUCUUUAAUUGAUCAUUUGUGCUGGAGUAGUUAUGACACAUUGUGUGUGUUACAGAAACAAGAAGAUACUCAACUAGCUGUGACACAACAGAAAAAGAAAAGAAACGAUUUCUGGGAUUUUUCAAGACUAAUAAAAUGAACAUUAAGGUAAAUGUCUCCCCUCAUUUAUUGUAGAUGCAGAUAAGCUUUAUUGUACUAGCCAAAGGCCAUGACAAGACCAUACAGACACUAUCAGUUAGUUUAAUUUAUUAAACGAAUUGUUUCCAUUGCUGCAUGUGCACUGUACCUGUUUAUAGCUGUACCUGUUAGGUAUAUGGCUGUAAUCAAACUUAAUGAAUCAAAGUGACUGCUGAUGCCUGUUCUAAGAAUGGAUAGCAGGAAACUACUUUCUCUUAUUUUAACAGGUAUGGCCUAAUUCACACAGGAUACCACUGUGGUUUUCUUUAGUCAGUGUGUGGUUUGUUUGAACACCUAAACUCAGCCCAGCAGACUAAGAAUGGUUUUGUUUUCUGGCAACCAACCAUGAUGUGAAGCCAUGGUUUGAUGGUUUUUUUUGAACUGCGGUUUGUUUUAACUAUGAUUUGGCCCUAUGCAUGAACCUAACAGCCUUGCCUAACCAUGGUUUUCUUGGCCACCCCACUCCAGACACUCUCUAGUCUUCAGAGGCACAGUGCAAGAGCAGUUGGAAAGCAGUGUAAGGUGGGAGACACCUGGCUUGCCAAUAGUACAUGCAAAAAGGAUCUAGGCGUCUUAGUAGACCACAAGCUGAACAUUGUCAACAGUGUGAUGCAGCAGCAGCAAAAAAAGAAGCUAAUGCUAUUCUAAGCUGCAACAACAAAAGUCGAGUGUCCCGAUCAAGGGAAGUAACAGUGCCACUCUGUUCUGCCUUGGUCAGGUCACACCUGGAAUACUGUGUCCAGUUCUGGGCGUGACAAUUUAAAGAGAAUAUUGACAAGCUGAAACAUGUGCAGGGGAGGGCAACCAAGAUGAUCAAGGGUCUGGAAACCAAGCCUGAUGAGGAACGGUUGAAGGAGCUGGGUAUAUUUAGCCUGUAAAAGAGGAGAUUUGAGAGGAGAUAUGAUAGCCAUCUUCAAAUAUCUUAAGGGAUGUCACAUGGAAGAUGGAACAAAUUUGUUUACUCCUGCUCUGGAGGAUAGGACUCAAACCCAAUUACUUCAAGUUACAAACAUCAGGAAGAACUUGGGUCAUCUAGUACAAUUCUAUGAUUCUGCUUUCACCAGCUUGGGCCUUCUUUCCUUUUGAAUGACAGCAGAGGCAAGUAGGUGUUAGCGGUUCUGCCUUCUUUCUGGCACCCAGUAACAUUUCUCCAUCUUUUCCAUGCAAGGGACCUACUACUUGCUUGUUCUUCCUCUUGCUUCAAACAUAGCCAAAGAAACAUUUUUCUUAUUUUGAACUUCUCUUGCAAGCCUGAGUUCAUUCUGAGCUUCACCUGAACUUCACCCUGCAACUGUUGGCUACUUCUGUAGACUCUUCCUUCAUGAUUUCUCCUUUCUUCCAUUUCUUAUACAUACCCUUCUUUCAUCUCAGCUCAUCCGUAAGUUUGUUAUGCAGUCACACCAGUUUCUUUAGGUGCCUCCAACUUUCCUUUCUUGUUGAAAUUGUCUGCUUUUGUGCAUUCAAUACUUUACCUUUAAGAAACUCCCAUCCAUCUUGCACUCUUUUCUCUUUGAGCAUUUCUGACCGUGGAAUCUCACUCAGUAGUUCCGUCAGCUUUUUGAAAUCAGCCUUCUUCAAGUCUUGAAUCCAUAUCUUGCUACACUCGGCUUUCCCUUGCCUCUGUAUUAUGACACCCAAGAGGACAUGAUCACUUCCUCCCAAGGUUCCCUGAAAUCUUUGCUUCAUCAGUCAGUUCCUCUCUAUGGGUGAGGACCAGGUCCUAAAGAAAUGAGACUCUCCCCUCCUGUGGUUUCUGUCAGCUGGUAUUCUGAAGAAAUAAAGAGCCAGUCACCUCGUAAAUGCUGUGUGGACCCACACACAGUUCAUUCCGUUGAUUAUGUGGCAUAAUCCACAGAUUAGCAUUCUGAGCCUAGCAUGGGUCUGAGGGGAACAAAAGGGGAAGGUUCACUCCAGCAUUUAGCAUGAACCAGAAUCCUCUCCAGUCCUGGUUUCAACUCCCAUUAUGGCCUGCUUUUCCAGAUAUUAGGCAAAUGGUUCCUAGCUUUCCCAUCCACUGUGUGUUUUAAUGGUCUGUUGUUUUUAGCUAGCAGCGUGUAAUGUAUUUACCACUUUUGGGGUGGUCGUAUAGAGUGUUUAUUUGUUCUCUAGGCAGAAGAGUGUUCAAUGGUGAGGACGGCUGGGGAUUAUGGCAGCGAAGAACCUUUGAAGUCCACAACAGAAAGUGAACCGUACCUUGAUGUAAGUACUAACAUGGCCUCUGGGUGGUGCUGAUGCAAUAAUAUUAAUCAAGCACUAAGUGCAAGCAAUUUGAGGUGCAAUGGUCUAUUUCAUAGUUCUGAUGGGACUCAGUCCUGUUUAACCAACAGCAAAGAAGAGGGGUGGUGGUUAUUCACUAUCUCAUAGAGUUGUUUGGGGCUUUUUUGUUCACAAAACCUUAUGAUUAAAAUUUGUAUUCUUUGUAAAUUUGUUAGACCCUUGGUGGCUUUGCUGCAAAAGACUAACAAGGUCCCGUCCCCCGUUAUAUUAUAUACUCCCCACAUGGAAUACACCCAAAUAACCACUUAGCAAGUUUCUUUAUGUCAUUAAAAUUAAAUUAGACCAUGAAAAGUACAUUCAGUAAAAAUAAAUCGACCUGGGAUAUACUUAUCAAGUAGUACAGAAACAUAAAUAUAUGAAAAAGAUCAGUGUUCCAAAGUUUGUUUGUUUAUUUAUUUAUGUCCUCUAUAUGUUGGCAUGGACUCAUUUGAGUCAAGUGGCUCUCCUCUAUUGCCCCCUCAGAUGUACCACACACACACCCCGCCCACCCAACGAAUUCAGGUUUGUGAAAUAUUGGGGUUGGGCUAACAAGUUCCAUGGGAACAGACAAUUUGGCACAGGAUUGUCACAUAUAAAAUGUUACAAAAGCUUGGAAAGGAAUGGUAGACAAGGGCAAAGAUUUGCUAAAAACCUAAAAUGGUCAAAGAAAGAUAGCAAAAAUCCUGCUGGUCACCCCCAGAUACCGGUACUUAGGUAUGGCUAAAAUAGUAUUGGAUUCAGACUAUGAAAGUGGGAGGUGAUGAUCAUCAGCUUUGUAAUUAAUUGCAUUGCACAGUUAACAUAAAAUUUAGUAGAAUCUCAGUUUGCUAAUGACAUACUCUGGUAUAAUUGAAUUCCAACUCCAGGUUUUUAUGUUGGAUCCACAGAGUUUCAGAUAAUACUAGAAACUGGCCUACCGGUUGUAGUAACUGUGGUUUGCAUUGUUUAAAAUCCUAAUGGAAAUAUAUUUGACCAACUGGGGUUAAAAACACAUUCAAGACAAUUAAUCAAGAGUUUCCAGAAGGAGACAUUUUUUUGCCUUCCGUCUGGCAUCUGUUAAGAUCAGAUACUGAGUAGAGAUUCUUUAAGUGCAUAUAGAUAGAGUCCUUCAAAUGUAAACAUUUUGAGCAGCUGGCAACAGAGAUUAGCAAACCUUGGAUGGGAGAGGAGUAAUAGUCUAAAUAUUCUAAAUUUAAAUAAAACCAAAUCAGGACCUUAUUCAAGUACAAGAGGCUUAGAGCACAAAGACUUCUAACUGAUCACUUGGGUACUUUGAUGUUUAAAAUAAAAUAAAAUUAUAAUGAAUCUCCCACUUCAUGUCUUGUCUGUUUUUAAGUUUAGUGGAGCGUCUGAGCUGAGUUCAAAUUGUCUGAGAGAAAUUGUGGUAACAUACAGUUUGCCAGAGAAAGACUACAUCCAGAUGAGAUUUGGACUUGUAUAUAGUCAUACCUCAUGUUACGUUUGCUUCAUGUUACAUUUUUUCAGGUGCGUCCCGCGGCGACCCGGAAGUACCGGAAAGGGUUACUUCUGGGUUUUGCCACAUGCGCAGAAGCGCUAAAACGCGCUUCGUGCAUGCGCAGAAACACCAAAUUGCGCUGCACACCUGCGCAGAUAUGGCGCUUCAGGUUGCACUCUUUUCAUGUUGCGAAUUAUCCUCCGGAACGGACCCCCGUUCGCAACCAGAGGUACCACUGUACUUCCUCCUUCUCUUGUGUGCAGAAAUUAGCAAUUUUCAAUCCCAGAUUGUGCCAAGACACAGUUUGCUGUUUCAUCUGAAUUAGUAAACUAUGGCUUGUGUAUUUUCUGAUAACGAGAAUCAUAAGCCACGAUGGUGUGUGAUUCUCAGCUCAAGCCUACCGGUGUACCUGCUUAGAUGAGACUAAAAGUAUAUAUAGGCCAGAAUGCUCUUCUCCCAGUGGUCAACCAGUUGCCUGUAGACAUGAGUGCAGUAUCACUCACUGAAUGGUAGAGUUGGAAGGGACCUCAAGGGUUGUCUAGUCCAACCCCCUGCAAUGCAGGAAUCUCAGCUAAAGCAUCCAUGACAGAUGGCCAUCCAACUUCUUAAAAACCUCCAGUGAUGGAGAGUCCACCACCUCCCGAGAGAGACCCUUCCACUGGUAUUCAGAAACAUACUCCUCUUGAUACUGGAAAUCAUCCAGCCAUUGUAAUCAUCCAGACAGCUGUAUCAUCCAUGAAUUUGCUCGAUUCCCCUUUAAAGCUGUCCAGUCCAGGUAACCCUCUCCUGAAUAUUUCUGUAUCCUCCUACGCAUGCUUUUGAAGGGUAGACAUUCGUAUCACAUUUUAUCUAGUGAAGUGGAUGUUGCCACUUUCAGUGUUUGCGUCUCCACUUUUCACAUGCGUUAAUUGUGGCCUUGGCCUGUAUCAUUGUCAAAGGGUCGGGGUGUAACAUCUGCACUGGCCUGUCUUGUGGGAUUUGCGGCUAGCUGACUGUGGAAAGGAAGCUUCAUUGUGCGUCAGUCAUGAAGAAAGGAAAUUUAGUAUGAAUGGAAUGAGAUAUAAGAAGAAAUCAAGUGCAUACAAAGAUAUUCACAAGUGGCAUUUUUAUGUCGUGUUUACAUUUUAAAUAUUAAACAUGUUCUUCUUGCAUGAUUUAGAAUUAAAUUUUUGUUCUUAGAAUUCUAACAUAUUUGCUCAGAGACAUUUAUCCUUGUCCUUUAAAGGACAUAGAUGAGUUCUUGGGGACUGAAUCCAUAUUUUUCAUGAAUUUUUAAUGUUUGUAAGAUGAUAGUGAGGCAUGUUUAGAGCAUACCAAUGAAGGCCCAUCUCUGAUGGAGUGAAGCUGUAAAUGCUGUGAUUUUGUAAAGGCCUCCACCAGCUCCCAUUAGCUUCUUCCUGUCUCCUUUAUGGGACAGCACCCCAGUCUGCUCAGGCACAAAGUUUCUGCCUAGGAACCCUCUUUGAUUUUCCCACCAGGUUUCCAGGGGAGCCCCAAAGUCCAGCACAGAGCAAGACAUGUCUCUGUGUAUCCAGCUUCCAGCAUCAGCCCAGCUCUCACACUCUUGCAUACGCAGCUCCCCUUGGCCUGUUGCUCUCCAUCCUUGGAGAAGGUGGGAUCCAGGCAGGUGAGGGAAGUGGGAAGGUGACUUCCCUCUUCCUGGAGAUUUGGCCACAUUGUAUUAGCUUGGUAUAAAGUAAGCAGCACAUAAGCAGCACACAAAACACUACCAAAGCAUUCUACGUACUAAAUCUUAUAUUAAUAAUCCAAAAAUUGAGAGAGCUAUGUACAAGAUCUACUACAGAAGCCACAAACAGAAAACUCAUUCAAAUUGUGCCCAAAAGGAAGACUCAAUCUUUAAAGUUCCUUUAGCCAGGCUCCUGUAGAUAUCAACAAAGGUAAGUUUGAUCAAACUAAGUGUCGGUGAUGUUACGCACAAGAGUUAGACAUCUCGUUGAUAAGUUUGAUCAGUUUGAAUGAGUUUUCUGUUUGUGGCUUCUAUAGUAGAUCUUGUAUGUAGCUCUCUCAAUUUUUGGAUAAGAUUUAGUACGUAGAAUGCUUUGGUAGUGUUUUGUGUGCCGCUUAUGUGCUGCUUACUUUAUACUGGUCUACUACGAGAACUGGCAGCGUAGGUUCAUUUCUUCAACACGUUGUAUUAGCAGCAACAUCUAACGCAUCUAAAAACACAAGAGGAAAUGUUCAAGAUGGAUUAGUGUGAGGGGGCAUUUCCCCCCUCCCAAGAUAUAUAUUUUAGGGACUGACUGUGAAAUGUCAUAUUUAAGAGAUUUUAAUGAGGUUGUGAAUUUAUUUACUUACAGGGAGUUGCAGCAGCUCCAUAUUCUUCUUCAGUGGAUUCACGUUCCUUUACUUUGGGUCCAUCACAGUCUUUGGGGAACAUCUCAGGAAUUACUGGAAGCACUGAAAUGAAAAAGAGGAGAGCUCCUCCACCCCCAGUGGUGAUUCCUCAGAUGCAGGGCGGGGAGACAAGCAGUCCGGAGAAAACACCGAGUCAGGUAAGGACUGUAUAACAAAGUGCAAACGGAAUCAUGAAAACUCAGCACAGUCUAUACCUUGCUGGACCCUGAUUUGGAUUAAGGGCAAGUAUAUAAGUGUUUUAAAUAAAUGAACCUGUUUGCAAAAUUUGGCCUAGGUGCUUUUAGAGCAGCGAGUGCUAGUCUUCAUAUCAUUAUUCAGCCUAGAACAGUCAUAGGCAAACUCGGCCCUCCAGCUAUUAUGGGACUACAACUCCCACCAUCCCUGACCACUGGUCCUGUUAGCUAGGGAUGAUAGGAGUUGUAGUCCCAAAACAUCUGGAGGGCUGAGUUUGCCUAUGCCUGGCCAAGAAAAUGCUUGAGAUUAAGUAGUCAAAACAGAAAUGUCUGGAGUAUGCUGAAAGGAACUCCUGGGCUUGGAAUGUUUUUGUGUUCCUUCCUCCUCUGGGAAGUACACAGUGACCACAUGGCACGAUAUUUAGGCUUCCCACGGUAGAUUCAAACCCCUGUGUCCGUAUUUUUGAGUAGCUGGUUCUGAGAGGAAAAGGAAGAUCUGAAUGAACCUUGUGAUCUUUUAUAGUGUGUGCGUGUCUCCCAUGCUUUUCCUGUGACACACACAUUCCUAGGCUACAUGAAAACAUUAUAGGUGGUGAAGGAGAUGCAGAGUGGUAGCAGCUCCUUUUAUUGUUGAGUUAGAUCCUUGGAUUAAAUUUAUAUCCUGCCUCUUCCUCCAGAGGAGCCCUGGGCAGCAAACAUGUCCAUACUCCAAAACAAUUCAAUAAAAACUGCUAAAAUAGUUUAAAGCAACCUUCUAAAAACAGGUUAAAACAACUUUCUAAAAACAUUAAAACUCUUAAAAGCAGUCACCUACACCGAUCAGAAGGUCGGCGGUUCGAAUCCCCGCAACGGUGUGAGCUCCCAUUGCUCAGUCCCUACUCCUGCCAACCUAGCAGUUUGAAAGCACGAAGUGCAAGUAGAUAAACAGGUACCGCUCUGGCGGGAAAGUAAACGGCGUUUCCGUGCGCUACUCUGGUUUGCCAAAAGCGGCUUAGUCUUGCUGGCCACAUGACCUGGAAGCUGUACGCUGGCUCCCUUGGCCAAUAAAGCGAGAUGAGCGCCACAACCCCAGAGUCGGUCACGACUGGACCUAAUGGUCAGGGGUCCCCUUACCUUUACCUUUACUAUUAAAUUCAGGGUUGCCGGGAGCAGAACUUUCAACCAUCAAAUGCUUAGGUAAACAGGAAUGCCAUCAAAUGCCAGGAGUGUUUUAAAAAUUCUCCUGAAAGUCAACAGUGAGGGAGUCUGAUGCAUCUUGCUAGGGAGGGCAUUCCUCAAAUGGAGGGCCGCCACCAAGUAGAUCAUGUCAUGAAGGCGUUUCUUACGUUUCAGACCCAAAAAAGUAAGGUUUCUUUCUUAUUAGAUCUGGGUACCAGUUUCUCAUACCUUCCUAAAAUUUAGGACAUUGCUUUCAUGUUAAGGAUUUUAGGUACUCUAAAAUGCCCCUAAAUUACAGUGUCCUUAGGGAGAUGACGUAAAUAAAGUUAAUUUCAGAGCACUUUUGCAUGAUCAAAGCUAGUAUAGUGUUUUUAUAAUAUUGUGUCUGAUAAGUAAAUUCUGUUCCAAAAAUAGUUUGUACUAGUCAGAAUUCCAAAGGGGUACCCAUGUUAGAUUUUUGUAGCAAAAAUAUCAAAGAACUAGCACCCAUUUCAUUAGACACAGGAAGUGGUAUCCUAAGUGGGCAAUUAACAACAGUGUGAUUCUAUAAAAAGCAAAAGUAGCCACGUUGGCCCAUGAGGAAAGUUCAAAAAUAUUUUAGAUCAAUACCUUUAGCCUGAUUUUGUGAUGUUUUGUGUAUUUCUGGAACUCUGAAUUGUUAUGAAAGCUGAACAUGUAGUUAUGAAAAGGAAGUUUAGUAGCUUUUCUCUUUGUAAUAGUUUGCAUUGCUGAGGCCUGGAUGCAACAGGUCAGGCUAAAUGCUAUAGACUCCUUAUGACUAAAAAAACAACCAGAAACAGGCCAAAGUCUUUUUCUACACACCCCACCUACUAGGAGCUACAUUUGCCUUGCUUUUAGUUAUGAGAGUAUACUUGCAAGCUCCUUCUGUGACAAAAACAUUGCUGGAUGUGCUUAUAUUUAGGUACAGUAUAGUUAAGUCACAGAAUCUGGUUUGGCCUACCUGUUUGUCUUAAUGUAGACACCAGAAUAAAUUUACUCCACAUCAACAGGACUAACUCUCUUGAAUGAAACUCAUAACAUGGAAAUCAACUCUCAGGGGGAAAGGAAGAAAAGGCAGCAUUAUACAGGAAGGAAGCAACAGGGGUACUGUUUGUUUGGAAACACCAACAGACAAAACUUAAAGGUGUGUAGGUUAUCCAGUCUGCGAAAAUGCCAGCGUGUUCAUUUAUUUCUUUAGUUUAUGGGGAUGAACUUGCAUUCCAUCCCCAAGGAAGAACGUCAAUUCCUUAUUAAUUGACUUCCUUCCAUAAAAAGAUAAGAUGUUUGUUUGCAGACGUUUAUUUGUGUACAACUGUUACUAACAGGAAUAUCCUGCAAUGGGAGAACAUGUUUAUUUUCAGAGAGACUCCAGGAUUUUUUUUUAAUAGGAAAAGGAAAAUAUAUUUUAAAAAGGGAGAGACAGAAAUUCUUUCUCAGUGGAAGUCAUUUUCUUAAGAACCAAGAAAAAAAUACAGAAUAGAAAUUUAAAAAAUAUAUAUAAUAGGCUUCAUAAAGCUUUGUACAUAUUCUGUGACAGGGUAGGUACACAUAUCAGGAAACUCUUUAUCUUGACCCGUAAUCUUCCUAAAGUUAGGCAUGACUGAGGCUGCAGUAGUAUGCACACAUUUACUUUGAAAUAAGCUCAGUUAUCAAAGAAAGUUAAAACUAUUUAUUUGAAGACCUAUUCCAAGCUCUUAAUGCAUUUCAUGUAUAACCAGAGGUAGUCUGUCGGGUGGAGUUGAGCUGCAGAGCUGCCCUCCUGGCUCCGUGUUGCUGCAGCUUACCUGGAUAAGACUGGAGUGGGGUCGGGCACCUAUGAGCCUGGAGUUGCACAGGUGAAUUGAUGGAGCCAAUCCAGCCAUCCCGCUGGUUAACUGCUAACAGAGAAAUAUAUCUUUAGUUAACAGAUGUAUUCAGGCAUACCUCGGAGAUACUGUAGGUUCAGUUGCGUGGCAAAGCCCCAGACCCUCCCCUUUGUUGGAAUAAAGACACUUGACACCAGUAUUUUAGGUUAAUGGGCUAAAAAAGGACACAACUUUAAUGGUUACAGGCUGUGAGUGGUAUUGGCUUGGGUAUUGGAACUGAAUCACUUAUAUCUGACUUCUGCCCAUCUGCAGGAAGUCUCAGAAGGGUUAAGCACCAGUAGGGGGAGCCCAGUCGAUGAAAACCAACUCGAGCUCCCCCAGGGUCCCUGAUAGGGGUCGUGCCAUGGCCCUAGCCCCCGCCUGGGCUUCGGACAGGUUCAUGUCCCCCAGAUUCCUUUAACGGAAUACCCUUGAAUUAGGAGGGGUAGGUGAUGGCCACUACCUCCCCUCCCCUCCAAUCUAAUACUCCAAUGCCUAAGCGCCAAACCUUACAAAGUUGUGAUGAUUUGCUUCGAGGUAGGCUAAAAACCAAAUGGCUGGUGCCAGUUUGCCAAGUGGAAAAAAUUCCUACAGGCGACCAACCGAGGUCCAUAGCAAGGUCAAAGGAUAAGAGCCUAAUCUUAGGGCGGGAGGGAGCGAGGGAUAACUGCGCAAGCGGGAACCAGAAAAAAGGGGCAAGUUUCUGUCCGUGGGCUGCCUAAAUAGAGCAUGCCACACCCCCUGCCACCCAGAUUGGUCGGCCUGGGGGCGUGACACGGAGGGGACUCCCUGUGACACGGGGGCUAGCCCCACGCACGGGGCGGGCUCGUCUCCAGCCCACAAUUCCAUUUCCCUGGGAAAGGAAAUGGCUUUCCAGACCACCACAGUAGAGUCAAUAUCACACAAUGAAGUGAGUCACACAAUAUACUUGGUUUCCCAGUACAUAUACAAGUUAUGUUUACACUAUAGUCUUUUAAGUGUGCAGUAGCAUUAUAAUACAAUGGACAUACCAUAAAUUUUAAAAUAAGAACCUGACCAUUAGGUCCAGUUGUGACCGACUCUGGGGUUGCAGCGCUCAUCUCGCUUUAUUGGCUGAAGGAACCGGUGUACAGCUUCCGGGUCAUGUGACCAGCAUGACUAAGCCGCUUCUGGUGAACCAGAGCAGCGCACGGAAACGCCGUUUACCUUCCCGCCAGAGCGGUACCUAUUUAUCUACUUGCACUUUGAUGUGCUUUCAAACUACUAGGUUGGCAGGAGCUGGGACCGAGCAACGGGAGCUCACCCCGUCACGGGGAUUCGAACUGCCGACCUUCUGAUCGGCAAGUCCUAGGUUCUGUGGUUUAACCCACAGCGCCACCUGUGUCCCUUAAUUUUAAAAUACAUUAUGGUUAAAAUAUGCUAACAAUAAUUUGAGCCUUCAGUGAGUCGUAAUAUCUUCAUAAGGAGCAGCAGGGGCUCCUCCAGUCCUUCAGUUUGUAAAAAGACACAAUAUCUGCAAAGUGCAGUAAAGCCAAGGUUUGCAUGGAUGUUUGGGAAAACAUCUGCUGCUCCAGGACCGUAUUUCCUCAUGGGCAAAGCCAAUGGCAAGCAGUGGCUUGGGCAACAGAUGUGAAUCUUACAUUUAUAUAGAAGGCUACAUUCCAGCCAUAGAAAGAGGAAAAACACUUUUAAAUGCCAGAAAAAUUAGGAGGGAUACGUAGAGGAAGGGAAGGGAAGAAGGAAGGAAGGAACUCUGGUGGCAUGGAAAAAUAGAGCAGUUUCAGGAAGCAGAGGGGCUGUAUACAAUGAGAUUGGGAGCCAUGUGGUCGCUGGGCCACAGGUUGUCCACCUGUGCUGUAAAGAUCUGAUUUUUCUUAAAACAUAAAAUAAAAGUGUAAUGCAUUAAUAUAGUCCCAUUGAACUUAUUUGGAAGUGAGUUUUUCCUUUCUUUCUCUCUUCUUCUAUUAAUUAGAGAGGAUAGGAUUCUAUGAGCCACUGUGCUAAGGCUGUCUUUUUUAGAUUAAAUAAAGAAACACGUUCUGUUUCCUUGACAAAACCAGAAGAGUCCCAGCUGGCAGAGGGAACAUCUUCUGUAUGUAUUCAUAUACAUUCAGUAAAUUUCAGCUGUCACUUGUGACUUGUCUUUCCUUUGUGACAAUGAAUUUGGUUCUAUUAUGCGUGAGUGUCAUUUAUACAUAGAUAAACGUGAGUUUUCUUUACAAAAUAGAAAGCUGAGGCUAGAUGACUCCUGUGGUCCCUUCCAACUCUACAAUUCUUUGAUUCUAUGAUUUAUAUUCAUUUAUUUGAUUUGAUUUAUCAAUGUGAUUUGUAUUAUUUAUCGGCUGUUCUUCAAGCAUGAGUCUCAGGGCAGCUUAUAGUAAAACAACUCAUACACAAGCAUGUCUAGGCUGCAGUUAUGAACAAGCUUCAAACCUGUUUGUGUUCUGAUUGUCAACCAAGCAAAAGUGAGAUGGUAGUUUUGUGAAGAGGAUAGCUAGGGAUCGCUAACAAAGCUGUCUCAGCAUUCUUACAAAAACUAUACUUCUCAGUUUUUGUUGUACAAAGUCAUAUUACACCUGCCCUUCAAGGGCUGCGCUGCUUAUGGACUUGUUUCCAGGCACAGCUCAAAGUAGUUGUGAUGACCUUUAAAGCCUUAAUUGCCUUAGGUUCAAGCUACUGUAUUGUUAUUAUUUAUUUAUUAGUAGUAGUAGUAGUAGUACCCCACCCAUCUGACUGGGUUGCCCCAUCCACUCUGGGCGGCUUCUAACAUAAAAACAUAAUAAAACAUUACACAUUAAAAAGUUUCCCUAUACAGCGCUGCCUUCAGAUAUCUUCUAAAGGUUAUAUAGUUACUCAUCUCCUUGACAUCUGAUAGGAGAGCAUUCCACAGGGUGGGCACCACCACCAAGAAGGCCCUCUGCUUGGUUCCCUGUAGCCUCGCAAUUGAGGGAACUGCCAGAAGGCCCUCAGUGCUGGUUCUCAGUGUCCAGGCUGAAUGAUGGUGGUGGAGACGCUCCAGGUAUACAAGGCCAAGGCUGUUUAGGGCUUUAAAUUUCGGCACCAGCACUUCGGGACCACCUCUUUCUAUAGCGCUCUGCCUAUAUCGUAAGAUCUGGCAGAAGGGCUCUUCUCCAUAUUCCAGCUAUGGUAGAGACUAGAGAAAGGGCCUUCUAUGUGGCAGUACCUAAACUGUGAAAUUCUUUGGCCCAAGAGAAUCGAUCGGUCUCCCUUCUUUUAUGGUGUUUCACCAUAUGGCAAAAAUCUGAUGCUGCUUUGGCACCUGAGACUUAUCUGUGUUUUUACCAUUUUAUAGUAAAAAUAAAUAAAUAAUAUUAUGGUUGGUUUUAUUUGUUAGCUGCCCUGAGUAGAACAUAGGCUGGAAUUUUGUAUAUAAAUGAAUAAAAGCAAAUAAAUUACAGUUAGGAGUAGUUUCAAAUGGUUUAGAGUACAGUGUUAGGUAAAGGGACCCCUGACCAUUAGGUCCAGUCGUGACCGACUCUGGGGUUGCGGCGCUCAUCUCGCUUUAUUGGCCGAGGAAGCCAGUGUACAGCUUCCGGGUCAUGUGGCCAGCAUGACUAAGCCGCUUCUGGCGAACCAGAGCAGUGCACGGAAAUGCCGUUUACCUUCCUGCCAGAGUGGUACCUAUUUAUCUACUUGCACUUUGACAUGCUUUCGAACUGCUAGGUUGGCAGGAGCAGGGACCGAGCAACGGGAGCUCACCCCGCUGCGGAGAUUCAAACCGCCAGCCUUCUGAUCGGCAAGUCCUAGGCUCUGUGGUUAACCCACAGCGCCACCCGCGUCCCACCUCUGCAACAAAUUCCUUAGUGAACCUCUCCUCAAUGGCCUCACUGGGCCCUCUGUUAUGUAUAUUAGCAAGUAAGAACUCAAAAGUCCCAUUUUGCAACCGACUGCCAAGAUGUCAGUUCAUAUUAUUAUUUUUGCAGCACCAUCAAUGUUGCUUCUUCAAUGGAAACUGACUUAGGUUUCCUAUCCUGAAGGUGCUUAAAAUAACUGGGAGCUAGACUGGAAAACUUUGCAGAAGGAAAUGUGCAUCCUGAGCCAUCGCUUGCUCCAAAUGGGAGAAACUGAUUCACAGCAUCCUGCCUCAAAAAGGAGAAAAAACCCUAUUCUUACUCACAGGAGAGUAUUAGAUGCACGAGAGAUGCCAUUCAACGUUGAGGGAACAAAGGAAAUGUGUUACGCGAGAAAGGUUAAGAUGAUAUGUCACACAAGACCUUGCAAUCAAAGGAAACUUCCCUUCCUAUCUGAAGGAAGACAAAAACAAACGCAAGUCUCCUGAUCGUGUUUUCUGAUUUAGGAGUCAAGGAGAUAACUAAUCUUAACCCGCCCAUCCUUUUUGCUGACAAAAUAUUUCCACUGGAAAGUGUUCCCUACAAUGAAGUGUUCACAACAUUGAUCCAAAGUCAAAAGUUACAGCAGAACAAAAAAGCAAAAUAUGUAAAAGCAAGGCUUACAACCAUCAGCGUUCUCCUGCUAAGCAUGUGGUCAUAAAACUAUAGAGUUGUAAAGGACCUCAAGGAUCAUCCAGUCCAGGCAUAGGCAAACUCGGCCCUCCAGAUGUGUUGAGACUACAAUUCCGAUCAUCCCUGACCACUGGUCCUGUUAGCUAGGGAUGAUGGGAGUUGUAGUCCCAAAACAUCUGAAGGGCCGAGUUUGCUUAUGCCUGAUCAAGUCCAACCCCCUGCAAUGCAGGAAUCUCAACUAAAGCAUCCAUGGCAGGUGUCCCUCCAACCUCUGCUUAAAAACCUCCAAGGAAAUAGAGACCACAACCUUCUGAGGAAGUAAGUCCAUUCCACUGUCAGACAGCUCUUACUGUCAGAAAGUUCUUCCUGAUGUUUAGUCGGAAUCUCCUUUCUUGUAACUUGUAGCCAUUGGUUCAAGUCUUCCCCUCCAGAGCAGGAGAAAACAAGCUUGCUGUAUCUUCCAUGUGGCAGCCCUUAAGACAUUUGAAGAUGGCUAUCAUAUCUCCUCUCUGUCUCCUGUCGACUGUGAAGUGAUUUCUGAGUGUAAGCUCAGGAUACGUUCUGGUUAACACAGCAUUAAAUUCUCUGGGAUGGAUGUCUUCUUGCUGUAGGUCUAAUCCAUGUGGCCACGUGACCCGGAAGUGUCUCCAGACAGCGCUGGCCCCCGGCCUCUUAAGCGAGAUGGGCGCGCAACCCCAGAGUCGGACAUGACUGACCCGUACGGUCAGGGGUACCUUUACCUUUACCUUUAAUCCAUAAUCAUACACAUACUUUCUGCCUAUCCUGAGGUGCAUCAUCGUUGUUGCACCACCAGUGGCAAUUUAUACGGUUGCAAAUAUUAAAUCAAUAUUUUCCAACUCUUUCGAGCCCUUCCUCUGAUAAUUCUUUAUGCCGUUUUUUCUUCUUCAGCUUAUCAAAGAUGUUUCUUCCUCAUGUGAGUAGGAGCAGGAGAGGGAAUGCAGAGGUUCAGCUGUAAGAGGCCCAGAACCUAUAAAAGGCUCUGAGCAUUCAUUCAGAAAAUAAGCAAGCAUCUAGCUUUUUUAGAAUGAAAGCUGUGCAACAAAAUGGGCAGACACCAUUUGAAGCAAAUGCUUUGUGAGGUAUGAGCACUUUUCGGUGUUUUAGCCAAUAAGUGAAGUCUUAGCUCUGACUGACAAGUGCCAGGACUUUUUUUCAGUGGGAACUCACCAGAACUCAGUUCUGGCACCUCUCGGUCACUAACAAGUUCACUGUGAGUUUCGGCACCUCUUUUUCUAGAAAAACAGCACCGAUGAUUGCUAGGCAUGAAUUCCGAGUUAUACACAUAUUGGAGAAGAACCCAAAACAGCACCAACAUAACCCAGGAACUCCUUUCUCCAUGCAACAAAAAUGGAGACUUCCUGGUUCAUUUUGAAGCUGUGUUUGGCCUUCGUUGGUUUGCAUGUGACUGUUUUUCCCUCUGAGAUUUUUUUAGAAGGGAUUUUAGUGUACCUGUACCGAGGCAAUAGCAUGUCCACUCAAAAGCAAAAGGCGGUAGCAAAGACAAAAGUUUGUCCUCUCUCAGAUAUAUUUACUUUCAUGCAGAAAAGGUUUAAGGCUUGGUCUUGUCUGUUGGCAAAAGGAUCCAAGUCACAGCCUUGAAUUCACUAUGCGUAUAAGAAAACCUUUUUAGUUUCCCCUGCCCCCUAAUGCCAGAAAUGUAUUAUGACUUUUACAAUAGUACAGUUUCUUAUGGUAGUUACCGUAGUUUAUGGAGCAGCUGUCAGGUGUUUUAUCAAACCUCUCUUUGGUACCUCUCUUGGGAAUAAGACCAUAAAGUACCAUCUGGCUGAGAUCAAGAUACAAGUGCUUGACCUCCACAUACAGUCCCCGUCAAGCCCUUCAUUCGGAGCUGACAAGAUGAUCAGAACCUGAACAUACUGUUCUGUGCAGCUUUGUAAUUUGGCAGCAUAGAAAUGUUCUGCAAAUAAACCAAAGUCCACCAGGCUUGUCAGGCGUGUAGGCCAUACUGAGAUUUUAGAAGACCUGCACUUUUCUGAAAGCAGAUAAUAUUGCAUGAGAAGCAGAAGACACAAAAGUUUUUGAAUCCCUCGUAAGGGUUUCCCAGGCUGUUCCAGACAAGGUAAUAUAAACUGCCUUCUCAAGAACAAAGAAAGGAUUUUGAAAAACUUAAGAGCUCUGUGGUGACUUUCAGAGGUUUCCUUCCAUCAGUUGUCAGCUGUAGGUUUGGAAAGAACUGAAGUAAAUGGUCAUUAGGAGAAGUUAAACCAUUAAGAGAUAACAUCAUGAACUUGCAUCCAAAAAGUGCCUAAGUUGAAAUGGAAGAAUACACAUCAAUUGUGAAUGGCACUUAUAGUUAAAAAGUGGGAUUUUCACCAACAAAAGUGUUGGCAGGAACAUCCUUUUCUCCAAAAUCCAACUUAUAAUGUACAUGCACCAUUCACAGUUAAUGAAUGUUACCUGUGUGUUUUGCCAUUUAAAUCCAGGUGUGCUGUUUAUACCAGAGUCCCAAAAACUGAACUGUGAAUUGGCCUUCAAACUCCUAGACAGGGGUCAGCAACCUUUUUCAGCACUGGGCCGGUCCACCAUCCCUCAGACCAUGUAGUGGGCCGGACUAUAUUUUGAAAAGAAAAAAAAAUGAACAAAUUCCUAUGCCCCACAAAUAACCCAGAGAUGCAUUUUAAAUAAAAGGACACACGCUGGUUCCCGGACCAUGCGCGGGCCGGAUUUAGAAGGCAAUUGGGCCGCAUCCGGCCCCCGGGCCUUAGGUUGCCUACCCCGUCCUAGAAUGUUUCCCAAUGCAAUGUUGUGAUGCUGACAUACUGCUUUUCCCCUUAAGAAGACUAGCUGCCACUGAAGCAACAGGACUUUUGCAGAGGCUGGAUGGGCAUCAAACAGCGAUGCUGCUGUUGAGUCUUGCAUUGUAGGUCCUGUAGUAUUAAAGAAGCAUGCUGCUAAACCUGUGCCUAAUUUAAAAGUGCUUGCAAAUUGUCAGGGAUGCAUGAGUAUCUAGGGCAGGGGUGUCUAACUCAGAUUCAUCGGGGGCCGCAUCAGCAGUUUGGUCACCCUCAAAGGGCCGGUUGUAUCUGUAGGACUUACAGUACAGGAGAGAAGGGUUCAGGCAGCCGUUGGAUCUGUCACAUCACAGGAUGGCAUACGCUCAAUAUAAAAACAAGUGGAGGUUUCCUGAAUGCAUGUAAAGUGGAGGUUUCCUGUGUAGAACGGCCGGCGCCGCUAGAGGGCAGACGUUCUCUGGCUUGUAGGCUGCCGCGCAUGCGCUGAAGAGGCGGCUUUCUUGUGUCAAAAAAAAAAAAGCGAGAAUAAAAGGUGAGGGCCGGCGACGGCUACACGGGCCACAUGACGAGGUCUGGCGGGCCGGAUUCGGCCCGCGGGCCUUGUGUUUGACACCCGUGAUCUAGGGUGUAUCAGUAUAGUAAUACUCAUUUAUGAAUGAAGUUUCAUUAAUUUACACACUCACGUCCUAGGAGAACUUAGCAAAUAACGAUGAAUGAAAUCUAACAUAGGGGGUAUGAUCUGGUUGUGGCAGCCUCCUGGCACAGCAGCCAUUCCAUGAGCAGGGACCCUGUUCUUGCAGCCAAAUCCAAAGGGUGUCUUACACGGGCAAAAGUGUUGUGGAUCGUUUACCUGUUGUAUUCAGGUUUUUUUUAUUGUUGCAUUUGUGUAAUAAUAAUAGCUUGCAGAACAGUGCCAAAUCUCCCGCUUUUCAUGCCAACAUUACAUUGGAUCUCAGUGCACUGUUGAAUCUAUCAGUGCCAGGACUUGGUCUGAAGGCACAGGAUGCAAAAGCUUUUCUGAAGCUGAGCAGUUCUUGGUCUAGUCAGUGCUUGGAUAAAGAGACUGUCUGGCUGCUACACUUGGUCUUAGCCAAUGGAGGAAUGGUUUGGAGUUGGCUGAGAUGGCAAAAUUCACAUGUCAUGGUUAACUCCAAAGAUUGGAAACCUGUUAUAGACUUCUUGUGUGGAAAAGAAAAUGAAGUACAGUAGUACCUCGGGUUAAGUACUUGAUUCGUUCUGGAGGUCCAUUCUUAACCUGAAACUGUUCUUAACCUGAAGCACCACUUUAGCUAAUGGGGCCUCCCGCUGCUGCCACGCCGCCGGAGCACGAUUUCUGUUCUCAUCCUGAAGCAAAGUUCUUAACCCGAGGUACUAUUUCUGGGUUAGUGGAGUCUGUAACCUGAAGCGUAUGUAACCCGAGGUACCACUGUAAUGACAUUUGGGUUUGAAGGCUGAAGAUAAUGUUGGUUUAUAGAAAGUAGUCUUGCUGGGUGUUAUGUUGGAGUGGAUGAGUUGAAUAAUGUUUAUAUAUAGCUGACAGGCAAAGAGUCUAAAGUUCUUUAGUUUCUUAACUUUAUUUUUUCCCUUUUAAUCUCUACCUCUUUCUCUUUAUUUUAUUUUCUUCUUCUUCUCUCUCUCUUCCUCUGGAUCUGUGUUGGUUGUUUUUUUCCAGAUUAACGCUUUAGUUUGGAUAAAAAAGAUACUGGAUAAUAUCCUCUGCAGCUCUCUUUUAAAAUUCUAAUAAAAUUAAUUUUUUAAAAAAGAUAAAAGUGCCUGGGAACUCACCUUUGGUUCCAAAAAGGAAGAGGCAGGAUAUAAAUGAAAUAAGUUAAUUGAAAGUUAUUUCCCUUCUUUACACAAAAGCAUCAAACAUUGUUGGAAAUAAAUUUUAAUCCUGAAUCCAAAUUAAAGUCUAGUGGAUUUUGGAGGUUUCUGCAUGAGUUUGUUCCUUGUUUUCUAGGUGAUGGUGACAAAAAGGACUGUAUUUAGGGAAAUAGAGGAAGCCACAUUUUUUCUUGCCAAAACAAACAUACGCAGACAUGUGUAAUCUACGCAUUUCAGUGCAUGUGAAAAUAUUUGGUGCUGCAAAGUAACUUCCUCGGGUGAAAAGAGAGAGGAAAUUAAAACUACUUUAGUCAUUGAACAUAGGGAAUUUGUUUAUGAAUAUCAUUUCCUGGCAGACACAUUCAGCCCAGGACUAAGUGUUGCAAAGAGUGGGGGAGGGAUGUGAACAUUUGAAGCUGCCUGAUGCUACGCAGUAAAUGUCUGCUCUGAUGGAUGGUGGCUCUCCAGCAUGAAUAUGGCAAAAAUACAAGCGCACAUUGCAAGAAAUAUUUUGAGAGCAAAGCACCAUACCUGGGGGUUGUACAGGAAAAUGUACAGAAAAGAGCAGAACAAAUUGAGGAAGGCAAAUCUCCUACCACUUACAUAACGAUAUAUAUGAUGCAGAACUAAGUUAUAUAGUGUACUUGUCAUGUACUAAGUUGCAUGUGUGAAAUGGAACAAGACUACAUUCUGCGUAUUGAGUUAAGCUGUGAUGGCCAUAUGAAAAAAAACUUUGUGACUUUGUGACCUUGAUUAGAUAAGUUAGACUUCUCAGUCUUUUAACUAGAGGUGCCACACAGAAGUAUGCAGACUCUGUCAUGCAAUGUUGUUGUUGUUUAGUCGUUUAGUCGUGUCCGACUCUUCGUGACCCCAUGGACCAGAGCACGCCAGGCACUCCUGUCUUCCACUGCCUCCCGCAGUUUGGUCAAACUCACGUUGCUAGCUUUGAGAACACUGUCCAACCAUCUUGUCCUCUGUCGUCUCCUUCUCCUUGUGCCCUCCAUCUUUCCCAACAUCAGGGUCUUUUCCAGGGAGUCUUCUCUUCUCAUGAGGUGGCCAAAGUACUGGAGCCUCAGCUUCAGGAUCUGUCCUUCCAGUGAGCACUCAGGGCUGAUUUCCUUCAGAAUGGAUAGGUUUGAUCUUCUUGCAAUCCAUGGGACUCAAGAGUCUCCUCCAGCACCAUAAUUCAAAAGCACUGUCAUGCAAUAGAGCAUAGUAUUUCUAUAGCCCUUUUGCAAACUACUCCACAUACUUCAUCUCGUUGAUCCUUGCACCAGCUGUGCAAGGUAAGCUAGAAUUAUCUCCAGACUCAUGACCUCCAGACCUAGACUACAUUCAAGUAGCCACACACACAAAACCCCUUUUGGUUUAACAUGUUGCAUUUAAAGGCUUCCCGUGUUCCCUCAAGCUCCAGAAUGCUGGGAAACUGCAGCUGUUAAGGGCAGACAUCACCUUAUCUGUCAUGUAGAGAAAUUGCUUUCUUGGAACGGAAGGGCUAUUGGGAUCGCAGCCCAUGUACCCAGAAAUCAGUCAGACAUCUGCACUGCAGGAAAUACCUCCCCAAAGUUUCAAGAAAUAGAUUCCCAAUUCACAAGGAGGUGAAUGGUCUUGAGAAACUGAGAAACUAGUCCAUAUAUAUGACAAAUAUAUUGAAUAGCUAGGUAUGCUUCUAAGGUGAUUUAACUGUGUGCCUAAAAAACUAAUGUGAUGUGACAAAUGUAUGUCUGCAGGCAUGGCCAUCAUUGCAAGAAUGGCACUGCACACCUCCAAUGUGUACAUUUGGUGGCAAAUAGCUCUCUACUGACCCAAAUAGGCACCACUGGCACAUUCCCAGCACUGCCCACCAGGCUACAUAGACAACGUGCAACAUCCAAAACCUUUUCACCAGGCAGGCAACUCACCAUGUGGUCUGCACACCCUUUGCACACCCAACUAACUAUGCCCAUAAUGAUUUAAUCACCCACAACUAGGGUCCCCCAAGAAAUCUCCCCAAGUCUUUAUCAUGGUCAUUCUGCAAAGGGCAGGAGACAGCCAGCACUUGGAGUGUGAAUUGUGUCAUUGGGGAAAAGAGUCUCUGCCAUUCUAUUUGCUGUAAUACAUACCUUUUUUCCAAAACAGGCAACAUUUUUGGCAGAUUUACAAGACCCCAUUUUGUGGCCCAUAUUGCCAUUUUGAAACAUGCACACAUAUUGAAAGUGUUGAAGAUAAUUGUGGUUCUCCAAAAGCAAUAGUUCAAAUGCUUAGUACAGUUUUCCUCCCCUUACAUCUUUGGCAGAUGUCCCCAAGCGAAUCGCAAAAUGAUUUACAGAAGAAAAAACGGCGUGCCCCUCCCCCACCGACUCCUCCAAUACAGAACAGGACAGAAGAAAUGGAAGACAAGAGGAAAAGCACCGUUGGUAAGAACAAUUUGUUAUGAUUGCGCCUGAUGCAUGUGCUUUAUGCUGAUCUGCCAGUUGUGUGAUAUAUUGGUACUAAUAGUAACAUAUUCCCACAUGGACAAGAAACAGUGUAAUCUGGAAAAUUAUUAACAUGACAGAAUGAAAGUCUGGAAAUAAGAAAUAAUCUAUAUUUUAUGAAUUGGUUGAAGAACUCUGCUGGAGUAGAUAGAUAGAGUGUGUAACAUAUAGUGUAUAUUAAAUAAUUGGUUAUAUUCAGUUUUCAUUGUAAUGUUGAAUAUUAAACAGCACUCUCCUGGUGCUUUAACAUUCCUUUCUUAGGUACUCAGACAACAUUCCUCCACCUUUAUCUAGCUACAGAGAUUACUUAUGAAAAGUGGUGUAUAUUGAAUAUAUACAAGUACAAUAAAACCCAACUUAAUGGUUGUUGUUUUAUGAGUAUAUAUUGGAUAUUAUGGGCAAAAUUGUCCCAUGUCUAGAAAUAAUAAGUUGUAAAUCAGUCCAGGGCAAGAAAAGGCAUACUCUUCCAAAUUUCGAAUUAAUUUGGUUCAGCUGAAAAUUCUUCACAAUCAGUUGGUAUUCUGCUUAGUCACAUCCUUAGCAAGCUGCCAUUUGAUGGAUUGCUAAAACCUAUGAGAGAAUUCAUACACAGCAGCAAUAAUCAACCAGUACAUUAAAUUAAUCAAGUUACAGCUUCUGUGAUGCAUUUAAGAUUCCAUCUGAUGGCCUCAUGUUCCCUAAAGCAACCAGUACAUGCAUAAAUGAACACUCUUAAUUGCUUAUAUUAUAAAUGCCUCCCAUUUUGGAAGAAACCGUUUGGCUUUAUGUCUAUAUUUAUUUUCACUAAAUUACCUCAUAUUUAGUGUUCCAAUUUUUAAGUAGCAAUAGAAAUCCAUUAGCUUGGGUAUCACUGAUGUGCUUGUUUAUAUAUCUAGAAAGAAUAUUGUUAUGAAGGACUAUUUUAAGAACAUUGAACAUCUCUUUAAUCUCUCUGGAUGUUAUAACCUUACUGUUCUCACAAGGGGUACCAUCUUGAAUAAUAUAUUGAGGAGGCCCAGGUAAGCCCUGGCCUGCACAAUCAACCACAGGAUGCAGCACACACACACCAUUUGAAUGGCAAUGCCCAUCAACUUUGGGGGUCUCCGGCCCCCUCAGAUAUUUUAUUCGGGGGGCAAACGAACCUUGGCCCCUGGGAGUUGACUCCUAUGGGUUCCAACCAUCCCCAUUCAACCUCUGUAUAUUUACUGGUGACAAUGAAAGUUUUGAAUUAUAGCCUGAUAAUUGCACGCCGCUGCACAGAACAUGUUGGAUGAAAGAAAAACAGUCAUGUGGUUUAGUGACCAAAGUGUCAGGCUUAGCCUGAGGAGAUCUUGAUUCCAGUACCCCCUCUCAGCCAUGGAGCUCACUGGUGUUGUUGGGCCUGUUGGUCUCAGCUAAUUUGCAAGAAAAAGUAUGUGGGGGGAUUUGCCACCCCACCAUCCUUGGAGGAAGGUAGACGACUAACCAAGAACUUAUUGACUUAUGCCCCACUUAGUGUGUGUUGGCAGAAAUGUUUUACGUAAGUUUAAACCACUACAGCAGGGAUGGGGAACUUGUGACAUUCCAGAAGUUUCUGGACUCAAGUUCUUAUCAGCCUUAGUCAACAUGGUCAGGGUUAUGAGAGUUGUAGUUCUGCAAUGUCUGGAGGGAAAUAAGUCCCAGUGCCUCCAUUAUAACUUCUAAGAAUGUAUGCAGACUUUAACAGCAUUUAUAUGAAUGGGUGUUUGGGUGAUAUCCAGUUAAAUAGUAGAGUAGACCCAUUAAAAUAAAUCAACUUUACAUCAGGCAUUUUUGAAUGGAUCUACUCUGAGUAGGAGAGGUGGAUGAAAGAGAAUAAAACAUGAUACAAGGGAAGAAUGAUGGGUCAGCUGACCUGAUCAGACAAUGCAAGACCACAAAUAGGGCUUGAAGUAAGGAAAAAUAUAUUGCAAGGCAGUACCUUGUGGUUUUGUGAGCACAUGCUUUGAAGUUUUUGAUUAUCAUAAUAAAAAAAAAGUCCAAAGCAUGCCUACACCAUACCAUACUUGCAAAUUAUACCAUCCAGCAGGCUUUUUCACAAUUAUGAAAAACGGUGUUUGAUUGAUUUUCCUAGAUGCCCACUACUUAAAACAGUCAAUAUUUAUUAGUCGACACCUAUACACUUUGGCAUUGCCAACUUCCCAGACGCUAAUCAUGGGAUGGCAGCUUGGAAAAAGUGGUUUUCAUACGCAGUCGGAGCAAAACUAAGCAAUGGAUAUUUGACUUGAUGAUCAAAGUAACUAGUAAAUUCCAAUUGAUUCCCCUGUAGGUAAUGGACGGCAUGUGCCACAAAAGCCUCCUAGAGGCAACCCACGUGGCCCACCCCAGUUAGUGAUCCCCCCACCCCCACCAUACCCUCCUCCUGACAGAGAUACUAUGGAUCCAACCGUAUUGUACAGUGAAGCCGAUGUUACAGACCCACCCAAGCUGGUACCUAAACGUAUGUUUGAAUAAUUGCAUAUUUCAUUUUCUUAACUUCUGUGGCGGGGCGGGGGGGGAGGGGCUUUUUCCAGACUUUCCUCUGUUCUCUUUCCAGUCAUACAUGUGUUUUCCUCUCCACUCUGUCUCCUUUUUAAAAAAAUGCACAAUGCAUUAUAUUAAUUUGACUAAUAUAUUUGUUUCAAGAAUGUCAACUCUUUACUGAUAACAAUCAUGAUCUUACUUCAUGCGUUUGGAUACUAAAAUGAGAUUCAUUUGUUUUUUGUUUCUUUUUUUUAUAAAGUUUUUAUUUAUUUAUUUAGGGUUUUCUUGUUGUUUCCUCUCAUUUCAACAUAGCUUUGUUGUUGUUUUCCUCGCUUUCAAUGAACGUUGUAGCCCAUUUUUCACAAAAAUACUUUUUUGAGAUAAUAUUAAAUAGGCCACAUUUAUUCUCGUAUCUGUCUAGUACUUACAGUCUACAGCUCUGCCUUUUUCAAAAAGCACCUGACUUAUAGGUGUAAAACUGUGUUGGGGGGGAAGGGGAGACAGCAUUUUUAAAUGCUAAAAAAGUAAUAAUGAAGAACAAAAUCCACAGUUUUUCAGUUAAUUUUGUCUGUUUUUUAAUAGAAGUUUUAUAAGUGUAUUUGCAUCUGCAGUCAGGGAUGGAGCAAGAUUGGAGGGGAAAAGAUAAUGAAAACUAACCAUUGUCUGGGUUAAAGCAGCCUACCUUUUUAUUACAGACAGUUUGGGACUGCGUGGACAGGGGACCCCCAAUAUUACUGACUACCCAUCUGCUGACAGGGCAAGAAGGAAGGCUGACUUGAGACAGCACUGGUGGGGGCCACAUUUCUGUCACAGUAACAAAACUGGGACCUGAGCCCUUCCAUCCAAGGCCACUUAAGGGGGAUGGGGGGUUUGAAGAGCCUACCUCUGAUUCUCCCCCAGCCUAACACCCAAGUUCCAGAGUCAGUGGCCUAAUGGACCCAACCAGAUAUGGAGAGCAAGUUCAAGGAAAAGCUAGUGUUUGCUAAGGUUAGGGAUAGGGGACAAAUUUGAUUCAGUUUGCAUUUAAAGCCAAAUUUAUCAUAGCCUCACUUUCCCCAAAAAAUAAAAUACAAGAUUCAAAACACAGCCAUCCAAAAUGUGCAUGUAUAUGAAUUUUGUGGUGCAGUUUUUUUUCUUUACAAUAUUUUAUUUUCAAAACAUAAACACAAUAAAACAGUAUAUCAGUACAUGUGUGGCAUAGUGACAAUAUUACAUUCAGACCACACUCCAUCCUAAAAUUGGUGGGAAGGAACCAACCUCCCAUUGCAAAACAGCUACGCUCAGUUCAGACAGAAUAAAAAGAAAAGCAACUUGGUAUUCCUAGCUGCCAGUCAUGGUCCCAGGUAAAAUUUCUUUCUAAGCCUUCUGGCAAAUAAUCUCUUUGUCCAUGUAAAGAAAUCAUUUAGGGAUAAUUGAGGGAAACAACCAUAUGUGGGAAGGCUGAUGCCCAGGACAGGUUCUUAGGUUAUUGUCUAGUGAAGAGAAAGAAUUCCCAUUCCAGUUCAGUCUCUUAGCCCAGACCUCUGUCCCAGUGCCAAGUGGCCUGAGGGUUGUCUUCUUACAUUGUGAUGUAGCAAAGCCAUGAAACCAGCCACUUCCUGUCAGCUGCCACCCAAUCCCCUUUCUGCACUUUUACAUUUCAUACAUCGUGAAAAUACAAAAUAUAAACGUGGUCAUUGCGUGGACAGGCGGAGUCCCCCAAACCCUGGGCGGGCCCCCAAUGUGGAAUAACGAUUCAAGACAACGUGCUAUGGGAUUAAAAUUGGCCACAACUUUAUUAUAUUUCGGAUGUGGGUAGAUCUUGGCUCAGGCAUUGGGUGUUUAUCCCUCCCAGUCCUCCACCAGGGAUCUGGGGAAAAUCAGGGUUAUCCAGUGGGGGGAGAUGGGCUGGCUCUGGAGAACAUAUGUUCAAGCAGAGAGAGCCCACCCCCCCGUUACGCCGCUGUCGCAGGGGAGAGCACUGACGACCUCUAGGCGUAUGGUCAAAGCCUCCCCUCAAAAACCCCUUUAAUGGGGAAUCCUGGUGCCGCCGCCGCAAAGAGGAAGGGAAGAUAGACUAAAGGAUUCCGCCCAAGGCCUGAUACCGCCAAAGUUGUGACGUUUUGCUACGGGAAAGGCAAACCUGCCAAUGCAGGAGAAUUCCUUUCUGGCCCUUCAACAGCGACCUUGACGCAGCAGCGCCCACGUACCUGUGAAGAAAAGGUUAAUCUGUAAAAGAAGGCUUAACUGAGGGUGGGUAGGGUGGGAGUAGCUCUGGAGCCAACUGAAGAUUCCCAGGUAAGAUCCUUCCCCUAUCGUGUGGGCAGGGUCCCUCCCCCUACCUGGCCUGGUCACCUUGGCAACGCCUCCCCAGGGGGGAUUGGGCAACUGGCUGAGGUAGGCGGAGACCUCCAGGUAUCCCACCUGGGGAAGGCAAAGCCAAGCCUGUGCUAAUGGGGCCGUAUAGGGUCCAGGGGCUGCGCGCAACCACGCAAAGGGCGCCCCCCCCCCGUUUAAUGUGGGGAGUGGUCAUUAACAGAGUUCCAUUGUGUGAUUCAUAAAAUACUGAAUUCAAAUGUUGCUUUUUAAGUACUUUGCAAAUGCAUCUAUUCAAGCCUCCCCCAGCCUGAUGCCUUCCGUAUAUUUUGGGAUGCAGCUCCCAUAAUCCCUGACUGUUGGCAGUCUUGGCUGAUGCUGAUAGAAGCUGUAGCCCCAAACAUCUGCAGGGAAAAGGCUGCCCUGUGAGCUUUCACCUGAACUCUUAAAGGUGUUCCUAAGUGAGAAUUAGGUCUAUGUCAAAGGGCUAUUUGAGGUAGAAAGGACUUUGAUUUGGGGGGUGGGAGGUGUUUUCCAUAAAGUGUGUCUUACAGAAUUGAUCCACAGAUGUUAAUAAAGUGUCAGAAUAGAAGACUCAUUAUGCUAGAAUUGUUUCUGUGAAGUUUCCCCACCAAAUAUUGUCCCAAGUAGACCUCUGAUUCAGAAGCACCAGCAGCGUUUCUGUAUGUGUGUGUUUAAUAAAAACUGUCGCUUUCCAAAGCUGUGUUAAAUAGAUAAAUUGGCAGUUGUUAAAUAUCUAACUUAAGAACUUGUCACUGGAAUUCUUUCAGUAUCUAGAACUUGCCUCUUGAGGUUUUUUUUUUAAAUGUUGCUUGCUGGGGAGAUAUCUUAGGACUGCCAUAUCUCAGUCCUGCAGAUAGGAAUGGCCUGAUAAACAUAUUAUGCAAACUAUUUGCUGAUUAUUCAAAUCAUAUGGUAGGUUGCAAAAUAGCUGUGCAGCCUAUAGCGUUGCAGUGUGCUUGCUUGCCGUUUUGUGCUUUGACCUAUUUAUUCUCCUUAAAUGAUCUAUCCUUUUGGACCACUAAGCAUACAUAUAUAUGUAUUGUGUGCAUUUCUAACAUUACUGAUCCAUGGAUGUCUUUGUCUUUAUUUUAUUAAUCUGCUUUUCUCUAUUAUGUUAUUUUGAGAUUGGUUGAACUUUCAUUCUGUGUCAGCCUUAAAAGAAUGAUUUGUCACAUGCAUGGUUUGCAGAAAUUUUAAUGAGUUAACAUCCUCAUCAGAACAUAUUUACUGGAGAGUAAGUUUCCAUUGUGUUUGUGCAAAUUACUUACCUGGUUGCAAUACUAUAAUUUAUUCAUCAGUAAGUCCAAUUGAGAUCAGUGAAACUUACUGCAAGACAAGUGCGCAUAGGAGUGUCGUCAGAAUAUUGCAUUGAAUUUUGUGUGGUGCUUGUAUGCGUAGAUAACAAUAUAUUAUGCCAUCAUGAAAUGAUUUGAAAUAUAAGCCUGUUCAUCUAGUACUUGGCCAUUGGGGUGAGAUCGGGAGUGGACCUUAGGCUUGCAUACUCUCUGAUUUGCUCUGGUUCACCAGAUGGACUCGUACUAAACAUGUCCCUCUAAUGCAGGGAUGGGGAACUUCUAGGCUGCUGGCGUAAUGUGGCCUGACAGUCCUCCACAUCCAGCCCUCUUCCUCAGCCACGCCCUUGCCCCAGCCACACUCUCUGUGGGCCCACCACACACCAGAUAGAAAUGUGCUGUCCCUGGUCUUCCGAUGACGGAUGUUGAUCGUCUGAAGAGUGGGCCUGAUUUUUGUCCCCAUCCCAUUAAGCAUCCCGAGCCCAGCAUCAUAAUGGGGAUGAAAACACCCUCCCCUGAAAGCUGAUCCGCUGAUAAACCAGGGCACUGAAUAAGGAAGAGUUGUGUGCAAUUGCAUGUAUGAUUGUAUGCAUGUCUGGCCCUGACCGUUUUGGGGAAUGCAACCUUCAAUAGCUUUCCACUGGAGUAAUCUGUCCCAAGCCCCAAAGAUUCCCAACCAUCUAAUGCAGGCAUGGCCAAACUUAGCCCUCCAAGCUGUUUUGGGACUACAACUCCCACCAUCCCUAGCUAACAGGACCAGCGGUCAGGGAUGAUGGGAAUUGUAGUCCCAAAACAGCUGGAGGGCCAAGUUUGGUCAUGCCUGAUCUAAUGCAUUGGUUUAUUAUAUGCAGGGAGCUUUUUGUAUAGGGGGAGCAAUAAAAAAUGCUAUCACCAUUCAUGAACUAAGUGCUUAAUAGAAAACAUCCUUCACUUCCCUGUGGCUGAAUGCAAUGUAUUAUACGAAAUUGCAUUGAAACCCCUCCCCCCCAAUUUCAUAGAAUCAUAGAGUUGCAAGUCCAGAUUUGCUGCUUGAUUCCCACGUGGUUAUUUGAGGGGGCGGGAUUCAGUCUCUGGGUAGGGCGGCGGGGAGUCAUACAGUUAGUAACAACAGUGAUGUUUUCUAACUUUUAAAACUGUAUUUUGAGACUGUCGCAGGCAAUGACAACAGCAGAGCGCUCCUGCUGGGAGCCAAGCCACCAUUUCAUUUCCUCUACAAUGGCUCUGGAUGUAGUGUUCUGGGGCAUUGUGGGAGGAAAUAGGAGCCCCCAUUUCCUGCCACACUGCCCCAGAAUGACACUAUGUCCAGUAUCAAUGCCUGAGGAAUUUAAUAUCUAUGAAUUCUGACAUGGAUGGCCUGCACCUUUCAAAAAACUCUGCAGGUUAGAAUUUACUUUAUUUCUUUAUGAAAUUUCUAUGCUGCCCUUCAUCCAAGGAUGAUAGAGCGGUUUACAAUAUAUAGGGAAAGCAAAUUCUGAAAAGCUUCCUUGCUUACUGUCCUAGAAGCUGUUGGGCCAAGGAGACUGUUUCAUUUACUUGUCUACCACAAUUUCAUUUUUAAAAAUCUAAGCCAUUUACAAGAGAAGCAUUACAGAAGAUGUGCUUACCCUUCACAUUUUUUACUUGUCCAAAUUUUGUGAUGCACCUCAAUGAUUCUACCAAGAUGUGUAUUUGAGGAUAAAAUAGGUUUGGAAAUGUGUACAAUGAAAUAAUACACAUUUAGUUAUAUUUUUGUGAUUAAAUAUUAUUCAAAUACAAAGUUUGUGCAAAAUUUUAAAACAAUGGCAAAUAAAUGCAGAAACUGGAUGGAACGCACAUAUGACUGAAUGCACACAUGUGAUAGAGACCUGACCUAUCCUGAUCUAUGCGUUCCUAGUGUCGAGGUCAUUCUGAGGGAAAACGAAAUAGUGGCUGUACUGAUGAGAAAGGAUCUCUCUGCUGUUGAUGGCAGCCAAUUUUUAAAAGUUAAUAAAGAGCCAUCCUCACUUCUGCUAAUGCUGAUCUCUCCGUAGCUCACCCCAGUUGCUGAAAUAACUCCCUAUUGCAGGGACCUGAGGUUAAUAUUUCUAUCUCCCAUUCAAGAUGCACGUUCUUUUUUGAGGGCAGUGAUUUCAUCCUUAAAUAGGGUUCCGUGAUCUUAGUUUCAAAACCAGAGGUCUAUCGAGUAGGGUAGCUACUGAGAAUACCGAAUUGGGCCAUCUGUACGUUAGAACAGUUGCAAUUCUAUUUACAAAAACUGCAUUAAUUUUGCUCAUGCUGGCAGCAGUCAUAAAGGAAUGUGCUGGAUAUUUAAUCCUAUACAUGUCUACUAAGAACUAAGCCCCAUUGAGCUUAAUGGGACUCACUUCAGGUAAGAUUGCAGCCUAAAAUAUUUUGCUCAGUCAUUAAUUAUAUUAUUUGUUUUCCCUCCCCAACAGUUUAUUGUUGUGCAUCAUUCCCUUCACGUUCCAAGCCCGUCUGACACAGCUUGCCUCUUCCUAUGAUCUUCAUACCUCUGAACCUCGUUGCCUUUCUGCCUUCAUUCUUUUUAUGUUCCCUUUUCCCACACUGAGGAAAACAUGGUGUGUGAAUGGCAUCUUUCUGACUUUUUCUCCUUCUUCAUUGGCAUCUUUCUGACUUUUCCUCCUUCUUCGUUGAACAAAUAGAAAUAUCUCACCUUUGUGAGAUAAAUUUUCUUCAGUAGUGAAAACAAAUUCUUGCUCAAUAUGUUAUGUUGAUUCAAAAUAAUCCAGUAUUUGUAUUGCUUCUUUGAGUCUAGUAUUUUGUUUUAUUUAGAUUUGGGAUGAGGACCAUUUAGCCCUGCAGAUCUUGUUAGACAACAACUCCCAUCAUCCCUGACCACACUGUCCGAAGCUGAUGGGAGAUGGAGUCCAACGCCAUCUGGAGAGCCAGACCUCACCCACAAUAGAGGUGUUCAACUUUUUCAUAUAUGCAACAUUUUGUUGAAAACACAUUAUUGUCGGUGUAACUCCUCAUUUUCCACCCAUUUUAGUUAUAGAGUAGAGGAGACUUUUUGGCUUCACGGGCCAGAUCUUUGGCAGGGCUGGGCUUGCAGGCUGAAUUUGACUGGUGGCUGGAGCCAGCCAUCCGUCCAUCACCUGUCACCACCAUCAUGUGAUUUGAUACACCUGACGUCAUGUCAGUGGGCCAAAUGGAGAGGCCUAGUGUGCCAAAUUUGUCUCACGGGCCGAAGGUUCCUCAGCCCUGGUUCGUAGGACAACAGUUUUUUAAAUAUGCAGAACAUUUUCUUUACUUCUAUGGUCCUGUAACAUCUGCCUAAACAGGUGUACUUGGUGUUAAAAUACAAGGUGCUUUUUGUUGCUUUCCCCAUAAGCAGCGUGCGGUGCAAUUUUAUACAUGUCUGUGAAAAGUAAUGAUACUUACUCCCAGGUAAGAGUGCAAAGCAUUGCAAUGCCAUACACGCUUCUCGUGAAUAGGCCAUCGAGAAUGAAGAUUUUAUUCUGACUAGACAAGUAUGCACUCUUAAGGGUCUAUCAGACGUAAUAGGAAUACAUAAAAGGUAAAGGUAAAGGUACCCCUGCCUGUUCGGGCCAGUCUUGCCAGACUCUAGGGUUGUGCGCUCAUCUCACUCUAGAGGCCGGGAGCCAGCGCUGUCCGCAGACACUUCCGGGUCACGUGGCCAGCGUGACAAGCUGCAUCUGGCGAGCCAGCGCAGCACACAGAACGCCGUUUACCUUCCCGCUAGUAAGCGGUCCCUAUUUACUUGCACCCGAGGGUGCUUUCAAACUGCUAGGUUGGCAGGCGCUGGGACCGAACGACGGAAGCGCACCCCGUCGCGGGGAUUCGAACCGCCGACCAUGCGAUCGGCAAGUCCUAGGCGCUGAGGUUUUACCCACAGCGCCACCCGCGUCCCUAUAGGAAUACAUAAGGCACAUUUAAAAACAUUCAUAUUUUCUCUACUUUUCAUACUAUUGCUGUCUUUAACUUUUUUGUUGUGAUUCUAUAAGUACACUAUAUACUGUUUAGUAUGUUUCAAAUUAUUUUAAACCACUGUUUGUGUCAUGGUAAAUCUGAUUCCACAAUUUUGUUUUUAUAUUCCCUUCAAGAGUAUUGCAUUCUUAUGUGGGGGGUUUUGGGUUUGUUUUUUUAAAUCAGCUCCUAGUUAACAGAAUUGCAGGUGUUUUGGAAACAGCAAAAAUUGAUCAUGAAUGUUGAUCAGCAUGUAUUUUUUACUCAAGCUAAUGGUUAAGCGUGUGUUUUAUGAGAUGAAAUGAUGUUCACAGCCAGAGCUGUAUUAUGCAUAGAAAAGGCUGUAGGUGUUGGAACUUUUUUUUUAUCAUGUAAUACAUUGUGCUGGAUUGAAUAAUUAGUCCUUUUUGCAGAACCACUUGCACCUUGGAAUCAUUUCUCUGUGUGCCAAACACACACAAGCAUUCACAUGGGUGAGAAAUGCCUAAACAAGUUAAAACAAGUUUAUAGCGCACACAUUUGGCUUGGAAAUGUGGCCCACUGUACUAUUUAGUUAUCGUAUGUUUAUGACAGGAUAACAAAUCUUGAAAUCAAUGCUAUCUGUACACUAUUAUACAUUACCUCCCCAGCAUUUUUCCAAUAGCUUUAACCUUUUAAGUUUAUGGUUAAGAAUAAUUGUUCUUCAAAGGAAGUCUAAACGCUUUCUGAGAUAUAUGGUUAAACUGAACUCUGGUAUUGAAACGCAACUCAGGGUUCGUCCACACUUUUGCUUGCCCUGUGCUUAGACAGCACAGGCCCGAGUGGUUUUCCACUUGUCCCCUGCUAAUGCUAAUAAUAAUAAUAAUUUAUUUGUACCCUGCCAAUCUGUCUGGGUUGCCCCAUCUGUCUGGGUUCCAACAUAUAUAAAAACAUAAUAAAACAUUACACAUUAAAAACCUUCCCAAUACAGGACUGCCUUUAGAUGUCUUCUAAAGGUGAUAUAGUUCCUCAUCUCCUCCUAGGCAUGUGUCCGGGCUGUUUUGCCUUUCUCCUGCUAGUUUCCUUUGGAAAAUCCACUCUUUCACACUAAAUUGGAACAAAUGGCAAUCCAUGGAAAAUCUGGUUGCUGUUUGUUCCAGUUCAGUGCUGAAGCACAGGUUUUCCUGGGGGAAGGCAUCAGGGCAAAUGGAAGUGUGGAUGAUCCCUCCGUUCACUUUCUUGGGGCUAUGCUUCCCAGGACCAGACUGAGGGAUGAUUCCCAUGUCACCUGGUUGAGAUAACACACAUAUUGAGUCCCCUAUGCAUGUUCACACAGAUGUGGCUUUAAAUGGGGCUUACUCCUAGGUGUGUGGGCUCUUGUCUUUAGGAGGUCAAAGAUUCUGUCAUUCACUGGUGGCAGGGUUAUGAAAAACAUCUGUCUGUUGGUCAGAGUCAGUGGUGGUCUAUAUAUAACCCAAAGUCAAUUCAUAUUUAAAGAAGGAAGUGAACCAGUGGUGGGGAACUGGAUACAACUUGUGACCUCACCUGCAAGCCAUAUGGACAGGUGGGUAGGUCAGCCCACCUUUCAGUCACCUAUUGUCAUUAUGAUACCAACUUCAAAGGGACUUGCUGUCGGCACCAAGCAGCACUACUUGCCAAGGAACAAUCUGGAGCACACUUCAAACUCCUGAAUAAUCCUUUGCAACAGCACCUUUACCUACUGCACACCGGCAUCAGGUGUGGGGCAGGUGGGCAUAGUUUGGUGAAAACAGACUUGUGGGCCAAAUUAGAAUCCCUGCCAGGCCUCAUUACACCCACAGGGCAGAUAUUCCCCAUCGCUGCCCUAAACCAAACCGUCCUCAGAGCAGCAUUACCUAGCUCAUUCAAAGAUGCACUGGUGGUGAUUUGCUUAAUGAGAAAAGAGCAGCUACAGGAGGAUGAAAUUCAAGUACCCCUUUUGCCACUGAGAAAAAGCUAAGUUCAACCUCCACAGAGUUUCUAGAAGUUACACUUCUGGGUGGGGAAUGAAUGCAACUUACUUUUAGUGUACAUGUAAAAGGUAAAGGGACCCCUGACCAUUAGGUCCAGUCAUGACCGACUCUGGGGUUGCGGCGCUUAUCUUGCUUUAUUGGCCGAGAGAGCCGGCAUAGAGCGUCCGGGUCAUGUGGCCAACAUGACUAAGCCGCUUCUGGCAAACCAGAGCAGCACAUGGAAAUGCCAUUUACCUUCCCGCUGGAGCGGUACCUAUUUAUCUACUUGCACUUUGAGGUGCUUUCAAACUGCUAGGUGGGCAGGAACAGGGACCGAGCAACAGGAGCUCACCCUGUCGCGGGGAUUCGAACCACCGACCUUCUGAUCGGCAAGUCCUAGGCUCUGUGGUUUAACCCACAGCGCCACCUGUGUCCCUAGUGUACAUGUAUAGUUACUUGCUCUUCUGACCCAGCCAGGGGUUCUAGCGCAAAUGGGGUCUUGUGCUAGGCAAAGAGUCUGCAUCAUAUUCUAUUAGCAUCUGGAAAGUUCAGGAAGCAAAGUCUGGUUAAGGAAAGGUCAGGUUCCCCCAGGCAAGGUUAGACAAAGCAGAUAGUAACCAAGAUAACAGAAGUUGAAAAAAGCAGAGGUCAGAGCCCAAAAGGCAAAGAAGCAAGAUAAGUAACACCCCAGGAUAGCUCCAGGUAGCACCUGGAUGGAAAGACAGAUUUGAAUGUUGCUGCAACAACAAACAAACUGAGGGCUUAGACACACUUUCCUUCCAUUUGUUCUUUCCAAGCAUGGUCCAUGGCUUAUAACUUUGUGUCCAAGCGCCCUUCUUUUUGCUCUGGAGCUUUCCCUGCGAAAACCUGCUCUUGAAAGCUCAAUUGGAGCAAAAGUUCAUCUGCAGAAAACCCUAAUUGACAUUUGCUCUGAUUCAGCUUCAAAUUACGAUGUUGAUGGUGAAGAAAAAAGUUUGUAUACUGCCCUCCAUCUGAAGAUUGGAGGGCAGUUCACAACAUAGAAAUACAAAAUGAGAACACAAAAUACAUCAUCACCAUCAUAAUAAACCAGUAACCCCUGUCCCACAAACACAUUAUUAUUCAUUGAAUUUGAUUAUUAUUAUUUUAAGAAAUUAAAGAGUGGGUUUUCAUGGGGAGAGCUCAGGGCAGAAGAAAACAACAACCAUACCCCCACGCUCAGAGCAUUAACGUGCAGACACCUGCCUGUAAAGAGCUGUGUAAAACCUCCAGGUAUAGGACGGUAUAUAAAUUCAAUCAAUCAAUAAGUGUGGAUAAGCCCUGAGCCUUGAAAAGGACUGCAGAUUCCUUUGAGCAAAUAGCAUUAUCCCUCAUGAGCUGGUGUCUACCCUGUUUUAAGAGCUGCAUAAAUCUCAUUUUCUUAAAUAGAUUUCAUAAACACAAAUAAAUUUCAUCAAUACAAAGUGAAGUAAAAAGAAGCAGGCCGCAGAAUGCCUUCCAAUGUUGCUGCCCUGGGCUAGUUAGCUUGCAGUCACCUUUCCCACAGUUGCAGCAAGGCCAGGGAAAGGCUGCGUGGCACGUAAGUGCAGGAAAGGAAAAUGGGGGAGGCAGGCCACAUGCUCUGAGCCACCUGUGAAUGGCAAGGAGCAGCCAGGCAAGGCUGGAAGGGAAAUAAUUUGAGGCUGUUGGGCAUUCAACAUGCAAAGCAAUUGAAGAGUGAGAAUUUGAGCCAGCCCACCACCACCUAAUGCCACACAAGGAAGAGGUUUGGGGGGCAGGUGCCUCAAUGUGGCGCGUUUUAGCUGCUCUGCUGUUCUCCAGACACUGCACUCAGUGAUUUCUUUUCCUUCCAAUCUUGCCCUUCCUCGCUGCCUCACCCGUGACGCCACGCGCACCACUCGCUCUCCCACCCAUGCAAACUCUCGCUCUCCCCCAACCCCAACCAGACCCACACUCAGCCCACACAUUUUUGAUGAUGACUUCAAAUAUGGGAUUAAAUCAAUACGCGAUUCUGUAUUUUAAGGUUUAGGUAGCAACCCUAGAAGUAGACCAUGAAUUACCAUAAUCUGCCUGGGAGGGGGAAAAGAGAGAAACUGGGAGCCUGGUUUCAUCAGCAGCUCUCCACACAGGGCACUUGGACCUACUCCUGCACCGCCUUGCCAAAAUAUUAUGCUUUCAUUUUUGUUUGGCCUCAUAGCUGUUUUUCUGCUGCUCUUAUGCUUCAGGAUGCCAAGGUUUUGCAAGCAGACGGGAACCUAGAACAAAGUUCCAAAUAGCUUGUACAGAGAUGGCACAGAGUCAUCCAUUUUGAACCAUCAUGGCUGCUCUAAUGUGUGUUUACCUGGUUCUAUGGGUUAACAGGCCCCCUCUUGAAAACCUGCUAGGCUAAGGCCUAACACAGACAUCACUGCAAAGUGGACCAAAUUAUCUAAUCUGUUUUCAGUGAGCAACACACAAAUGAAUUAAACUGUGCUGAUAUAUUAUGUUGCUUGACUAUAAGUAUAAUAAAAAUGAGAUAUUAUACAGUGGUACCUCAGGUUAAGUACAUAAUUUGUUCUGGAGGUCCGUUCUUAACCUGAACGUGUUCUUAACCUGAAGCACCACUUUAGCUAAUGGGGCCUCCUGCUGCUGCCCUACCGCCGGAGCACGAUUUCUGUUCUCAUCCUGAAGCAAAGUUCUUAACCUGAAGCACUAUUGCUGGGUUAGCGGAGUCUGUAACCUGAAGCAUAUGUAACCCGAGGUACCACUGUAAUCUAUUCAUUCUUGUAAAUACUAAGUGCCAUAAAGAGCCACAUACAGGAAUCUUACACAGCCACAUACAGAAAAGGUCAUGAUAUUCAUCAUUAGAGUUCUCUAUUUUGAGAAUGUUGCCUGUGUCUGGAGUCUUUAUGGCUCCUUCAGUAUUUGCUUCUCAUCAGUCGCAUCAGGCCUUUCUUUAGGAACCAGUACCCCUUGGACAGGAAGGGGGGGCAGUAAACAGGAGAGAGGAAAAUGACACAACAACGUUAUAGAAUUGAAAAUGGCCACAACUUUAUUUGUCUCAGAUGUAGGUAGGCUUUGGCUUCCAGUGGUUCUCAACCUGUGGGUCCCCAGAUGUUGUUGGACUACAACUCCCAUCAUCCCUGAGCUCUGACUUUGCUAGCUAGGGGUGAUGGGAGUUGUAGUUCAACAACAUCUGGGGACCCACAGGUUGAGAAAGGCUGGCUUAGACAGUGGGUUUGUAUCCUAAACCAGCCUCCUGACUGAAGGCUGAUGUUUGAACAGAGUCAUGCCUGGGUUAAGGGUCACUUCAAGAUGCAGGUCAGCUAAGCUGCCCCUCCACCAGGUCUCCAUUGAAAAGUCUAGGCCCAUCUGCUCCUCUUUUGGGCUUCAGGACAGUAUCUUCCACCCAGACACCUUUAGUGGGGUACCCUGACAUGUUGCAUCUGCUCAAGGGUGGGCGGAGGUGAGGCACCAACUCUCGCCCCCUUCCCAGGAAUAGAUUGAAGAUACAACCCAUUGCCUUAUACAUCAGAACUUGUGUCAAUUGCUACGAUGAAGGCAAAAACCCCCAAGCAGGCCCAAUUUGUUUGCAAGCAAAUUCCUUCCCAGCCCUGAAUAUGGCAACCAUUUAUAUCUACUGCAAGGUCUUCCAAACAUAGUGCCUGCUGACCCGCUUGUAGGGAGGAUGGGUGCACUGGUGUCGCAUGGGGGGGCUGAGGGGCCAUCGCCCUGCACACAUUUUGGGGAGGGGGUACUACCAGGCACCCCCAAAACAGGCUCCCACCAGAGCCUGGCUCCAGCAUGCACCCAGCUGCAACCCUGCUCUCAGGUCAGACCUAACCGGGGGGUGGAGUGGAGGAGAGUUGGUGAGCCCCAGUGGGCUCCCUCCGCCCCCCACCCACCUUGGGGGUGCUCCCUGCACACCUGCCCCAAGCGAUGGAUGCGUACUCUCAACUGCUGCUGCCAACUAGGCUGCUGGCUCAGGGCAGCCAGCCUAUAUUCUACAGCACCAAACUAGAAUGAAGUUGUGCUUCCUCUGGUCUGCUGUCGAAGCGCCCGGCCUCUAUUGGCCAAUUCAAAUUAAAAAUUUGGCAGUCAAUCCUGUUACCCCCUGAGGCCAGGUGAGUCAAAACCAAAUGACCAGCCACAAAGGGUGAGGGGCUGCCCCCCCGCAAGGAGCCAGGCCGGGCUGCAACCAUUGCCCACCCUAAAUGGGGUAAACGAUCUUUGCCAUCUCCAUUUCAUUUGGGUCGGUGUACAGUAGGGUUGCCAUACGUCCAGAAUUUCCUGGACGUAGCCGGGAUUCGGCCAUCUGUAACAGCGCCCCAGGCAGAAAUCGCUAAAAUGUCCGGGAAAAUCCGGACAUAUGACAACCCAUGUCGGAAGCGUAGAUUUUGGCGAAUUUUCUUAAGAAUAGCUCAAAAACUUACUUUUUCAGCAAAAAAGCUCAACAACUUUUGUGUCUGGAUUUUCACUUUUUGAAAUAAUGGCAUUAUUAGUAUAGGCCUAUAGCUAAUUAGUGUAAUGGGUUUUUUAUAACAUGCACUACUGCCAGGCCCAUGCAGCGUGAGGAGCCAGGUACACUUGUCCCCACCAGGGCACAGAUGCUUUUUUACUUGAGUUUAUUCUAACAAUACUUCUUUCCCAGGCCUCAAACAAUCUCUGCACAGGCCUAACUAUUGCAGCUGUGGCAGCAAAUUCUUUUAGGGUAGGUACAAUAUUUAAAACUUCUCCAGGCCAUAUUUCUUCCAAACUAUCGGAAGUGGCUAGGGUACAUCCAUUGUACAUAAAUGUAUUUGUACUUGAAACAUGGUAUGUCAGUUAAACCUGUAGACUUAUAGAAGGAAGGAGAGAAAUCGCUCAAGAGUAAAACAAUUAAAAGACCUGUUAACAUGAAGACUUGUGUUAAAUAGCAUUUACUCAGAAAACAAAACAAAACUCAAAUAAUAGAUUGUAACAUUUAUCUCUACUUUUGUCUGAAAGCUAUCAUCAACCAAAUUCUACAGUAAGCACUAGCCUUAAUUCAUACUAUCAGAUACAAUUCAUAUCUCCAUUCCGUGAGUAGUAAUUUGGCUCUACAAGUGGGUUUUGUGCUGUUCACCUCCUGAUGUGAACCACAAUUUUCCUUGCAAGCCUCCCAUUUUGGGCUGUUAUAUAGGAGUUUUGGCAUCACUUUGCUACAUCUUGCUCUUCCAAAACAUCACCCAGCAUUUGCAUGUGAGAUAAAUUAUAUACAAUACUUUUUUGUUACUAAUCUGCUCACUUAAUGUUGUACAUAUCAAAACACCAAUAUGGGCUUUUACAGACCCAGUGUUCCAGUAUAAAUAUUUUAUUGUGUCAGACAUUUAAGUAGAAGAUCCUGCAAAUCAAGGUAAAGGUGUCUGUUCACAAUAGUAUUUAUAGGCUGUUGUCUACUUAAAGUACAUUCUGCUCCUGAAUCCAAAAGUUAAAAUUCAGUUCCUCACCCACCCACCCUGGUUAAGCUUGUCUGGAUAAUACCUAAGAUCUUCCACCAUGGUUUGGCUGGAAUGCUGCCACAGUAGUCCCCAUAUAAAACCAUCAUACAAUUUGCAUGCUGCCUUUCCAUGGUUAAAAAACCAUCCUCAAGGCAGUUUACAACAUGAAAAGAUUAACUUUAAUGACAAAUAUAACAAAAGUAGUCAAAAACAAUAAAGCACAUAAAAAGCACACAACCAAAUUGCACAAGUUCCACAUAAAUCAUAACAUCUAAAAAUAAAGAUAACAAAAAAAAAACAACCAAUAACAGCAACAAACCCCGCUAAACAAGAGUAUCUUCAGCCUCAACUUUUGUAGCUGGAGUCAGUCCAGGCCCCGCCCUCCCAGGCCAGGUGGAAAAAGGCCUGCAAGGCAGGGAGCAGGUCUUCUAGGAUUCUUCCUACAAUAGCCUUUACAUGAGCUGCCUGGCCUGAGGGCACUUAAGCCCUCCUGGCCAGAAGUAAAUAGAAUAGAUUAAAUCAUCCUGGAAUGGUCCCCUCACUUCAGCUGGAACUGGGCACACACCCCAUUAGCUAAGGUUUCUAUCUUAAUUUCCAGUCAGUGACACAAUUGCUAAUUUGUUGGAUUUUUGUUGUUGUUACUCUCAGCAGCAACAACAACAAUUUAUAAUUUAUUAUUUAUACCCUGCCCAUCUGUUUGGGUUUCCCCAGCCACUCUGGGCGGCUCCCAACAGAGCAUUAAAAACACAGUAAAAGAUCAGACAUUAAGGACUUCCCAAUACAGGGCUGCCUUCAGAUGUCUUCUAAAAGUCAGAUUGUUUAUUUCCUUGACAUCUGAUGGGACGGCGUUCCACAGGGCGGGCGCCACUACCAGGAAGGCCCUCUGCCUGGUUCCCUGUAAUCUCGCUUCUUGCAGUGAGGGAGCUGCCAGAAGGCCCUUGGAUCUGGACCUCCAUGUCCGGACUGAAUGAUGGGGGGUGGAGACGCUCCUUCAGACGCAUUAACUGUGGUUAAUGCAUAAGAUGUCAUGCACUAGAAUGGCACUAUCUUACACUUGAAUUUGUGGAACGCUUGCCAAACUGUUUGCCCACCACUGUAUGAGGAGAAGCGGCUGCAGUAAGGAAUUGGGGUAAAAGGUUUUUCAUUGCAAUGUAAAUUCAUCCUUACUGACCUUUAAGUUAUGCACACUUCCAACGCUACCAUUUCUUGAUACAGCUUCCGCCGUGAUUUCAACAAGAGGGGAGUCAAUACAGUUACUAAAUAUAUCUGAAAGCUAAGAUAAUAAAUGUAAGUUCAUAGAUGCAGCUGUCAUAUUUUUUAUAAAGUUGUUAGAUUAUAAAGAGCAACACUGCCAUUCUGGGAAGCUGUCCCAGAGCUGUCCCACACCCUUUUUAGGUUGCUACUUCAAGAGGCUGCAUAGAUAAUAGCGCUGCAAAUCAUCCUUUGCUCUGACAUUUUAAUGGAAACAGAGAGAGCCAUUAGGUUUUAUAUACACACCAGUGAACAUCAGCAUGUAAUGCAUUGUGCAUUUAUUAAAAAACGACUGUCUACUUUGUGUACUUUCCUGCUCUGCUAUUGUAUCUCUUCUGGCCUUCGUGCAUUUUAUUUUUUUAAAUGGCUAGAAAGUUUUGUUUAUAAUUUUAGCGUGGGUUUUUUUUCUGAUCAUGUUUUCUACUUGUAAAACGGGUGGUUAUGUAUUUUCUGCCUUUUAUCUCUGUUUGUGUAGGUGCUGUUCUGAAUCUUUUUCUUUAUUAUUUGUAUGUGUUGCAUUUGAUUUGAUAAUACUAUAUUUUACUUUUUGUUUAAAUGGUGUUUUACUUAUUUAUUGUAAAUCACCCAGAUAACUUUAUGUUAUGGGUCGGCACUCACAUGUCAUAAAUAAAUAAGCAAAUCAUAUGUAACUUGAUUUUAAUUUGGUGGGGGUACACAAUAGUAGUGCUGGAAAUUGGGCGAUUUCUCAUUGCCUCCCAGAUUCUAGGCAGUGCCAAGAACCUUUAGCAGCACCCACAGUCAUUAAUUUUGGAAUUUGCAGAGCUUUCAUUGUGAUUUGUAACCUUUUAAGUUUUACUGAUUGUGCUGCCAGAAAUUGAGUUUUGUGCAUAAUGGGUACUGCAUGGUCUCAAUCAAGGAGACCUGUCCUUUAAUUUUAUUUAAUAUUUCACUGACAAAGAUGCAGGUAUCUCCAAACACUUUACUCAAAGUUUAAACUUUGGAUAUGUAACAAAUUCAUGCCCUAAACACAUGAAUAAUAAUAAUAAUAAUAAUAAUAAUAAUAAAUUUUAUUUAUAUCCUGCCCUCCCCAGCCGAAGCCGGGCUCAGGGCAGCUAACAACAAUAAAAUAGUACAACAUUCUAAAAUCAUUUCAUUAUAAAAUUAAUUCAACUCAAAUUGAUGGCAACCAUUAGGCUAAAGUUCUGUGAAUUCAUUUUGAGUAUUCCAAAACAGGAAAAAACCUCAAUUUGAAAAACAUGUUCACUGAGAGAUUUCUUUAUUUCAAUAGUCAUUACUCCCUAUCACCUGCCUCCAAAAUAAAUGUUUUCUUAAAAAACACCCAACCCAUUUUCCUUUAUAAUCUACUUGUUUCUUUGCAACAAGCUUGCUGAGGUUCUGUAGAAACUUGUAAUGAUCUUUAUCUAAGUUAACAGGCACACGUAGCUUAAAUACAACAGUGCCUUCACUGCUGAAAACCUAUUGUUCUGUUAAAAACUUGAUUCAUUUCAGUAAAUGUACAAAAUGCUGAAAUGUACACUUCAAUAGAUUUAUGCUGAACUGGUGGUUGUGAUGUUCUUUGCAAAGUUUUUCAGUUUUAUAUUGUUUUAAAUGAAAGCUUAAAAGUUUUGCAUCUGAUCCUGUAUGUCCAAAUUCGUCUUAAAAUAAAAGAAAUUAAGACUGCAAUCCUAGCCCCAAUUAACUGGGAAUAAGUCCCUUUGAAUUCAAUGGCAAUUACUUCUGAGUAGAUUUAGGAUUGCUCUGUAAAGCAUCCUUGAACCAUCCUGUGCAUACUGUAUUUAUUCAAAAGUAAGUCCCUCUGUGUUCUGUGUCCCAUUUACUUCUAGGUAAGUGUGGUUCAGAUUGUUGCUUAUUGACAAAGUAUGUUCAAAACUGAACACUUUCAAUUGGUGCGGAUUUCAAUGGGAGGAUCACUCAAAUGGUUAAACAUUUGGGGUUUUUUAAACUUUAUUUACAAAUUUAUUAAACCACCCUUUCAUAAAGGAAAUAACAAGGCAGAAAAGAACCUAUUAAGCAAAAUAAACCAAUAUAUCCCUAAAAACCAUAUUGAAACAUCAAUAAAUACUGUAUGGAUUAGUGAAAGGAGCUGGCGCACCAUCCAGAGCUAGGAAAACGCACUCCUGGUCACAGAGGUCCCUUAGGCAUCUAGUGACAGGGAUGGGUCAAGGAGUCUCCCCAGGCUGCAAGCCUCCUCCUUCAGAGGGAGUGCCAUCCUGUCCAGUACAUGCAGUUGACUAAUCUCCUGGACAUGGGAACCACCUACCCUUAUCAGAAUUCAAGCUCAAUUCAGAGAGUUGAUCUCUUUAAGAACUCUUGAGAUGUUUGCCAUAAAGACCCAGUGACAUGUUCAUUUGUGUUUCACCAAUUUAGCUCUAGAACAUCAUCUCUUGCUUGAUGAAGUUUGUCAGAUGCUCGUUGCAAAAUUACUAGUUGAGGCAUGAAUAUCUAUCAAACAUCUUCAGCAGUGAAGGCUGAUUCAAAGAAUUACCGUAAUUCACCACAUAAUCAUUUUACAUUCUGACUCCCUUUAUCUGGUUUCCUGCUAUUUGAAUAAAAAAUGUUGGGUCUAAUAGUUUCCUCAUUCUUUUUCAUUUGCUUUUUAAUUCUUUUUUUCAAUUUAAAUGUGACCAUAUUGACUUCUGGACAGCUUUUCACUCAUAUAUAUUUUUCUAGCUAAGAACAUCACGUUCCCAAGUAGUCUGACAGUUUAUAUCUUAUCUUAAGUUCUGAGCACCACUCAGGAUUAAGUCAAAGGUUGACUCCCCUUUUUGUCAGCCAAAUGUACAUUUGUCAAAUCUAGAAAUAAAAACUCAUUGUCAUAUCCUGACUAUACAUUUACCCAGUCAGUGUGAGGGUUUGUUGAUCACUCAUUUUUACCAUUUUUCCAACCUUUGACUGUGUCCCUCAGUUCUUUCUCCAUCUUGAGAUCCCCCUCCAUAUUUUGGUCAAAGGGGCACUGGAAUAUUCCAGGACAAAAUUAUUUUGAAGGGGUCUGGUGCUUCCACCCACAGUGAUUCUAUCAAAGAUAUUGUUCAUAUUAAUUUCCUAAAUUUGGGUCUCUUGUGUUCUUUUUGACAUAUAGAGCAGCUGCACCCCAGUUUAUCCUCUUUUUUUGCCCUUGCUGGGCAUUUUUUAUUAAGAUAUAACAGUUAUCUAUAUUAAAUGCAUAACCACUAUUGUUUCACUGUAUAUACUAUUUCUGAAGUAUUUCAUUUAUUCCUGGUCAGUCCAACAGAAUUCUGCCAUUUUUAUUCAAAUUCACUGAAUUUUUCAUGUAAGAGACAGGUGCAGAGCAAUCUUUUAAGUACAUGGAAAUCUGACAUUUCACCAUAGAGAAUUUACUAUUCUAUUCACUGCCCACACGAAAAGAAAAGAAAAAAGCCACAUUGUGGUGCAUUCUGAUAAACAGAGGAGGAGGGGCUUUUUAAGUGUGUUAUUUAUUUCAAAAGAGUGACAAAUGGUAUUUAACUGUUUUUGCCAUGUUUCGUCUAGGCAAUUUACACCUUUCGCGUGAUGUUUCUAGCAUGGAAGAUGUAGCUCUGGAACUGUCAGAAACAGAGGACACGAUCUCUGUUAACAGCUGCUUCACCUCAGAGGACACCACAGAAGAUUCAGGUGUUAUGAGUUCCCCCUCUGAUGUUGUCUCAUUGGAGUCUCAGAAUGACAGCAUGAGGUCAAGAGACAAGUCCAUCGGGACCCAGGAGACCUUGACCGAGAUGGAUUCCAUGUAUGUUGAACAGACGUGCUCUGUAAGGAAUGCAUUCUCCAGUAGUGAUGAGUCUGGAAUCGUUUCCCAAAGGUAGGUCUCAUCUGUGAGGCAAUUUAGAGGAGUGACGUCUGCUUAUGCUAGUCUUUUGCAAACUAAUUUUCCAUCUUGUUAACCUCCUUGUCCUCCUGCCCAAAAAAAAAAAGUCAAGAGUUGCUCCUCAAGGCCCAUUUGCUUUUGGAACACAGUCAACUCAAAGCCCUCCUCUCAUUUGGCUUGCUGUUGAAAAUAACCCUCAAGUUUCUGCUUCAAAGGGGUGGAAGCAGCGGCAGCAGCACUGGGAGAAGGAUUAGAGCAGGUGCAGUCGCAGCCAUGUCCAUUUGCCUCGUUCGAGUUGUGGCUCUUCUGGAACAAAGGUUCACCAUGUGACAUAAUUAUUUACCAAACAUAUAGAGAUGGGUUAUCAGACACAUGUAUUCUGCAUUGCUUCAACCACAGCACUCAAGUUCUGUUAUAUCUUCUGUGGAGCAUAACAGUUUUGGUGGCAAAUGGCAUCUGAUAAUGUUAGUAUUUAUAUGGCUUUUUAUUGUUCUGCUGAACUUGAAUGAUCCCAGUGAUCUUGUAAAGGAAACCAAUAUUGCAUAAGUGAAAAUGUGACUUAGGUUGAUGGGAACUUGUUGAGGUAGCAAGGUAGAUCGCUAAUGAGGUGCACCGAUGCAGAUCCUAGCCACAGAUCAUGUUUUUAACAACUGAUUUGCAUAAGCUUUCAUCAGUGUUUUCUUUCACGUUCUAUUAAUGACCUUAUUUCAAGUAUUUCAGAUUCAUUCUUUUUGUACCACCUGCUACGUUUAAUAGAAUCUACCCAUAAAUUGCCAAUAGGACUUUCAUUUGGCUUAACAGUAGCUUUUUGUAGUUUUACUGUUGCCUUUUGCACACAAGUUUUCUCAUAAAAGACCUUGCUCCUACGGUGUUGAUUUGGCAAAGUGCUAUUUUAACCCAUGCUUUUGCAUAUGGCUGACUACAGCGGAGCAACAGUACAUAGUGGCAUUGGUUCAACAAAUGCAAAAGUCAAUAAUUUAGUGCUUUGGGGUCUUUGCUAUUCCUGUUGUCAGAACCUCUGCUAAUCCAUCUGUUACUUCAAUAAAUUCCCAAGUGGUGUGAUUUCAGCACAUUCUAUUUUAGAGGGGAGAGGUCUUAAGAUUAUCGUGUUGUUUCCUAUAUUAAAAAGAGUGUGUGAAAAAAGCCACUGGUAAUAGUUAUCUGACCCGUUAAACACUAUCAGGAAAAGGCCUUGUGUUUUACUUGAAUGUAAGCCAGAGCAGGCCUGUCAGCAACAAAAAGGUCUAGAGGAGAAGGAAAAGGCUCUGGAGGAAAGUUAUGGGUUUGUUUUUAAGUGUGCUGUGUAUUGCUGAAUAUGCCUGCACGAAACGUAGUAUUUUGGUGUCACAUGGCUUGUUGGAGUUGUGUUUAAUUUAGGCUGGGUCAUGUGUAUGUACGUCACUAUUUUGGUGUGCCCGUUUGUCUGCCUUCAUCCAUCCAUCCAUGAACACUUUAAAUUUUAUGCCUUCAAAAUCUACGUCUGUGUUUCCCUUCCACACUAGUGGGUGGUGCCUGAUGUAGUCACACAGUUUGUUCUCGUCCCCUUCAAAUAGUAUUUUCCCACCCACUGCAAGUUCCAGAAACCUGGGGUCUGUUGUGAGCAUUAAUGCAAGCAUUUGUUAUUUGUGCACAGGCACCUUUUUAUUUUAUAAGUGCAAGUUUUCCCAGUGCUCUAGAUUUGCCCAAAACUGCAGGUAUUCAUUUACCCGUCCUGACACACACCUUUUCAUUUUUUAAAAAAUUGAAAUGUAUUUUUCCACUAUUCCAGAUUUGCACAGUACUGCAAGAAAAGGAAUUGUGUGUCACUCCCAAGUUUGGAGUUACUCACAUUAAAGGCUGCUACCUCCCUUCCCACAGUACAAAAUUCAGCUGAGAUAUGUACAUUUCCUGUUGAAAUUGUGUAUAUUGACUAGGAUAUGUGCACAAUUCCCUCUUCAUUGAGGCCUGGUGAAUGUGCACAAUAGCUGGUUGUUAUGCACAUUAACUGCUCAGCUUAGAGUCUCAUGCACCUUAUUUCUACCCUGCUGCCAACAUCUUGCGCAACAAGAAGACAGUAGAGUUGUGUUUUUGUUUCUCUUCCCCUUAAUUUAUUUGGUUUCUCUUUUCCUCCCCUUUAGGCUUCAUUUUCUCCCUGACUGUCAGUUUCACGGGCUGAGCUUUUGACCCUCCUUUUUAUAACCCAUUUUAUAUCCCAAAACACAAAAUGGCUGGAACAGUUUCAUCUUCAGAAUUGUGUUUGUCUGUGUAAGACCCAGGUUAAACCAGAGGUAGCCAGUGUGGUGCACUACGGGUGUGGUGUGACAACAGUUCCCAUCAUCCCCUGUCACACGUCAUACAAGAUGGAGAGUUAUAGUCUAGCAACAGCUGUGUGGUUUGGCCGACCAGUCAGAGCCGUUUCCCAGAGUGUUUGGCCGUUGUUGCAUGCUGACAGCAGAGUGCAGGGUGAGGCCAAAGCUGGACAAACUACCUCAGGAGGAGCAUGAUGUGAGCCAGUGACAAGCGAACAUGGUCAGGCAGAACAAAAUAUUUACAGAAUUUAAGCAUUUCAAAAUACAGGAAAGCAUUCUCUCUUGCACGUUUUAAUGAGACACUUUCAGGUCUUUGAUAGGAGAUUGACAGCACAAUCCUGACCAUGCCUACUCAGAAGUAAAUACUGUUGCAUUUAGUGGGGUUUACUCCCAGGAUUACAGCCAGAUUCAGAUACCUUACAGGUUAAGUCCUUGCGUUUCAGAAGAAAUUGAAACAGUUUGCCAUGUCUUACUAUUUUCUAAAUUUUAUUGAGAUGUCUGGAAAGUGAUUAAUCAAGUAGCUACUUUGUAUUCUGGAAAAUAAUUUGAACAUUAUGCUAUUAUUUUUCUCUCCAGUACAGUGGUGCCCCGCAAGACGAAUGCCUCGCAAGACGGAAAACCCGCUAGACGAAAGGGUUUUCCGUUUUGGAGGUGCUUCGCAAAACAAAUUUCCUAUGUGCUUGCUUCGCAAGACGGAAAUGUCUUGCGAGUUCCUGUGGGGUUUUUUUCCUUUCCCCCCCCUUUUUCCCAAGCCGCUAAACCGCUUAUCAGCUGAUCGGCUAAGCCGCUUAACAGCUGAUUGCUAAGCCGCUUAUCAGCUGAUCGUUAAGCCGCUUAUCAGCUGAUCGUUAAGCCGCUUAACAGCUGAUCGCUAAGCCGCUUAUCAGCUGAUCCGCUAAGCCGCUAAUACUGUAGCGCUAAUCCGCUAAACCGCUAAUGGGCUUGCUUCGCAAGACAAAAAAACCCGCAAGACGAAGAGACUCGCGGAACGGAUUCUUUUCGUCUUGCGAGGCACCACUGUACAAAGAAUUUCAUUACAGAAGCUGCAGGUAAAUUUUCAUUGAGAGCAAGAUAGGUGUGCAAACAUUAUCUAAACAAAUGUAAUCUGGUUUUCCCCGCUGUUAAAAGAAACAGUCAGCGUUUAUACACACACACAAGUUGAUGUUAAAUUGAUUAAAUUUGGUUAUGCAGUAUCAUUAGAAAAUAAGGAACAACCUUUUCAUUCCUUUUCUUUUCUUUUGUUGUCAGCAGCAGGGAUGAGGACGAAAUGAUGGAAGCUAAGUUUGAAAACGCAGAUGUGUUCAUAGCUACUCAGACCUUGGCUGCAUUGGACAAAGACCUAAUGGGUAGGUUGAAGUUUAAAUUUGCACAUCUGUAUUGCAAAAAGAAUGCAGGAAAAAGGCAAAUGGUAACAAUCCAUCAGUUAGGCAGAUGAGAGAGCAGUCAAACUGGGAAACUCCAUGGAGGUGGGACAGAUCUCAGGCUCUAUCUAGUAGCAGCAAAUACCUUAUCAGAUUGUUCAGCUUCCAUUGCCAAAUUGUCUUACCUUUUUGGGACACUGUUGUGGGAGGUUAUUCACAGUAGACAACAAUCUGUUACUAAAUAUUAUGAGGGUAUAGUGAAAAACUGAAACAAGCCCAUGAAUUUCUUAAUAUUGUUAUUUACUUUGGUCAUUACAUUGAAAGGAUGUUGAGUAGCCCUUGAUACUAAAAUAAUAAUAAUUAAUAAAUCCAGUAGUACUGGCUACGCAGAUUUUCUGUUAUCAUACUUUUCAUGGAACUAUGUGCUGAAGAAAUUCAGUUCAGCAGAUUGUUGCUGUUUUAAAAACAAGUCUAGUUAUCUACAGCAUUGAUGGAGAGAGCAUACUCUUAUUGUUUUAUCUGGUGAUUGUAAAAAAUAUAUCUUAUACAGAGCUGGGGGGAGAGGACUACAGUAUCAUUCCUAUUCAGUUACUAGGAUAGAUAUUCAGUAUUUUAUAUGUUUCAGACAAGUGGAAUUUUCUCUAAUAGCGUCUCACAAAUGUGUCUCACAGCCUGCUUGAGGAAUGCUGUAUUUUCCAGUUUAUAAAUUAUUAUCAGUAAUUUUCUUUGUGUUGAUAUCUGGGAAAACAUAAUGUGCAAAUGCAUAAUACACACAAUUUGCUUUCAUGAGGACUAUGUUCUCUGUUUUAUACUCACUACCCAGUAAUGUAAACUGUGAAGCUGGCACAUUCUCAUAGUACAUUUUCAUGAUUAACCAGAUAUCAGUGUAGCUCCAUUUGCUGGGAUACACUGCACAGUAAGCAAAAGACAUAUUGGCAAAUGUUUAGCAUGAAUGUGUAUAAAUUAAAAAGUGCUUACAAGAUUAUGGAUGUGUUCAUAUAAUACAACCAACUCAACACACCCAGUGGAGAUUUUAUUAUUUUAUUAUAUUUAUUUUCUAACCGCAAACCUCUACACUGCAUCUGAAGCAGCUGUUGCAGCUGGGGUUUGUAAUAUAAGGGUUGCUGCUGUUAAAACCCCUUGGUUUAUUAUCCCCUGAUUGUGAUAAUAUUUUGGGAUAAUGUCAUGGUUCAUAGUUUUGAAAGAUGUUGUUGGUAUUCUUUGCAGCAAUGGAGAGUAUGCAGGACGAUUCUGAAAGCGGAUCUGUAUCUAGUGAGACGAAUGGCUCACCCCUCCCUUUUUCACGGGAUGCUGAGACUGCCCAAGAUGUUCCAGUUCCUGUGCCAGUGACGAUAAUAGAUGAAAUUCCCGAAACUGACAUUAUAAUCCACCCCACUAGAGAGGAAGGAGAACCUUUGUUUUCUGAGUCAGGGGCUAAUGAACAUAUUUCAGCUGAUCCCAUUAUCCUAGGGAAGCUUACUAAUGAAAAUAGUAAUGCUGGUUCUUUGAGCAAGGGAUCUGUAGAUUGUAUAUCCUCCAAUUUAUCCAAGAGCUUAUCACAACAACAGUCACCUAAAGAAGAGUUUGGACGCCAAACUGAGAAAGAGCAGAUAUAUAUAUCGGAGACACACACACCUUCCUGUGAAAAAACGAACAUGAAGGAUGUGUCCCUGGAAAUCCUCACAAAAAAUGGUACUGAGUCUGAAAGAUCCAAAGUGAUUUCUUCCAACUUUACUGUUAUGAGUGAAAGAAAUAGAACAAAGGAGAAAGUAAAACAAUCGAAAGAGGAUAAUACCAAGGAAGGACUUCCAAGCAAAAUAAAAUCUGAAUUGGAAUUCAGAUAUGCAUCAACAAAAGACCCAGAUGAGCAGCAAAGUAUCUCUACGCCAUCUUUAUGGUGUCACCGUGUUCGCAAUGGAACCACAAACUAUGAACCUAAAAUAGGUCUGACCACCUUUAAAGUUGUACCUCCCAAACCUGAAGUGAAAUAUUUUGACAGAGAUGCCUCCCUUUCUACUGGUGCCAUUAAAAUAGAUGAAUUGGGCAACAUGGUGGCUCCAAAUGCUGGUAUUAUAAAAAAGGUCACAGUAAAUACGACUUCAAGUGAACCAGAGGAAACUCUCACUGGGAGAGCCAAAGCAUACUGGAGAUCUAAUUCUCUGAAAACACCAUUGGGGGAGUCUCCAGUAGGCUUUCCCACCAAGCCAGCAGUUAGCACCAAUUUCAAACCCCUCAGUAAAAUAGGUGAAACAAAGCCUGACUCCCUUGCAAGUCUGAAGGCAGCAACAGCACCACUAGCUGGUUCCACGACAGUUGACAAUAAUGUUGGGCCUUGCGGGGGGAAGCCCCUCAUUUAUGCCACACAGUCUUCAGUUAAAAUGCUAACGACUCCAGUGGUCAAGACAGAUAAGAUGGAGCUCCCAUUUCAGAAGCCCCAAAGAAGAACAUCAAGCCAUUAUGUAGCCUCUGCCAUUGCAAAAUGCAUCGAUCCACUCCAGUUUAAAACCAAUCAAGAAAGGCAUGACAAAGUAGAAGAGAUGAGGGAUGGAGAAGUGGGAAAAACUGAAACAGAACCACUUCCCAAAAGAUGCAUUAUUUUGGCCAAAACCUGCCCAGUAGAAAGGCAGCCAGCAGAAACAAAAAAAUCCUACGUAGAUAUCUUCAGUUGCAGCCAAAAUGCAUCAAACACUCUACCACUUGGUGCUCAUUCCAAGAUAAGAAAUAGCACUCAUUGCUACAGGGAGCCAUUUACCACCAUACCUUCUAAAGAUGGUGGUCUCACAGGAGAGAAGCCCCGCUGGGGUUCAAUAGAAAAUGUAGUUGUUAGAGAGACACCUUCUAUAUUUAAUCAAAGGAGGGAGCAAAGAGAUGAGGCUCACUGUCCCUUCUUCCUUAGAUCAUCCAACAAUUUCUCAUCUCCCAUCACUUCCAGCUCUUCUGUGAAGUCAGCCGAGGGGCAUCCUAUCAACAGUACACCAUCAGAGUUAGAUGGAACAACUAUUGUUAAUCAUGUAGUUUCAGAAAAAGAUGAAAAACUUGGCAGUGCAUGUGAAAGCAAAAGGGUAGGGUCUGAUGUGGGAGGUGAUAAUAAAGUUUUUGGGCCAAAGAAGAAGUUUAAGCCAGUCAUCCAGAAGCCGCUUCCAAAAGAUACGUCUCUACACAGUGCUUUAAUGGAAGCCAUCCAGAAUGCAGGAGGAAGAGAAAAUCUCCGAAAGGUAAGAAAACAAAACCAAAAAAACUUAGCUGAAAGCAUAUCUGGAUGUUAUAGGAAAUGCCUCUUACUGGAUGCAUGAAGUUUCUUGUAACAUCAGGAACAGCUCUUAGACUUCUUAAAAGUAGAGUGGCUGGGAAAACCCAGCCGGAUGGGCGGGGUAGAAAUAAAUUAUUAUUAUUAUUAUUAUUAUUAUUAUUAUUAUUAUUUAUUAAAUAGUGAGCCCUGCCUUUCAACCUUAGCAGGCAUCAGUUGGUGUUUCUAAUUUUUAAAAAAUAUAUAGUGGCAAGGUGCUGCUACUAUCACUUCUGCACUGUGUGUUUUUUGUGCAACUUAAUGUUUCGCUUCUUUAAAGCAGCAGAAAGUGCAGAAGUGUCUAUUGAAGCUAAUUAUGAAUGGCAUAUAGUAUGAAACUAAUACUGUACUCAUUAAAAGUAAUAAGAUCUAGUUGAACAUAAUACAGAUGGCAAGAUUGAUUUUUCCAUCUCUGAUAAAUAAGGCCUACUCCUACAAAUCCCAUUUAAUUUUCAGUGUACUCAGGCUGGAUAAAGGCCAAAGUCAGGUAAGCCGACAUCCAACUGAGUGACAUUCCGGAUGCUCAAAUUACCUUGUUUCCUAACUAGGUAGAAAUAAAUUGUUUAUAUCUGUUUUGUCACAUGCUAGAUUUCACCCAGCAUGGCGAAUGGACCUCAGAAGAAGGCACUGUUCACAGAACAAGAGAAUGAGCGAUCUGCCCUUCUGGCAGCCAUUAGAGGUCACAGUGGAGCCUCAAAGUUGAGAAAGGUAAGAACAGAGACCUUGCAUCUUUUCAGUAGCUUGUUCAUCCUUCGCACUAUGUCAUCCCUGUCCUAGAAAUGCUAUAGAUGAAGCUCUGCUUCAAUUAGCAAACCGUAAGUAAAAAAAUAAGCCAGAGUAGACAUGUCAUCAUCAUCAUCAUCAUCAUUUAUUAUUUAUAUCCGUCCCAUCUGGCUGGGUUUCCCCAGCCACUCUGGGCGGCUUCCAACAGAACAUUAAAAUACAAUAGUCUAUUAAAGAUUAAAAGCUUCCCUAAACAGGGCUGCCUUCAGAUGUCUUCUAAAUGUCAGGUAGUUGUUUAUGUCUUUGACUUCUGAUGGGAGGGUGUUCCACAAGGCGGGUGCCACUACCGAGAAGGCCCUCUGCCUGGUUCCCUGUAGCUUUGCUUCUCGCAGUGAGGGAACCACCAGAGGGCCCUCAGCACUGGACCUCAGUGUCCGGGCAGAACGAUGGGGGUGGAGACGCUCCUUCAGGUAUACUGGGCCGAGGCCAUUUAGGGCGUUAAAGCUCAGCACCAACACUUUGAAUUGUGUUCAGAAACGUACUGGGAGCCAUGUAUGUUCCUAGCAGAAUGUAUCACUUAUGUUCACUGACAGAGUAGUACCUCUAGCAGCUGAUAAUAAACAUAUAUUUCCUUAAAAAUCGAUCUAAACGUUUUUGAGGGAUGGGACAUUAGCUCUGUGGUAGAAAACAUGAACGACCUCUAGCUGAGACUGGAUAGCUGCUCUCAGUCAGUGUGCAACACGAGGCUAGAUGUGCAAACCUGGUAAAAAGUAAUCACUUACGUUCCUUUGUUCUGUUCGUAUGAGAUGGUUGUCCUCAGCUGCUGAGAGGAAAUCAUCUACGGUUGGUACCUGAGAGUGGUCUGAGACUUCAGCAGUUCCUGCACUCUGCCUUUGCAGUAUAGGAAAUAGAGCUGCCCAGAUAUGGCAUCUAGCAAUUAUAAACUGAGGAAGAACUCAGUACUUAUGCUUCUGUCAACCAUUGCAUGAAUAUUUAAUUUUUAAUUUGGAUGACUGCAGUUUGAGAGUGAAAUGCAGGUGUAUGCACUUUAAAAAUCUAAUUACAGUGGUGCCUCGCAAGACGAAAUUCGUUCCGCGAGUUUUGUCGUCUUGCGAUUUUUUUCGUCUUGCGAAGCACGGUGUCGGGAAAGUUUUGGAAAAGCUUCAAAAAUCACCAAAGUCUUAAAAAACCUCAAAAAAGGCUACCACACCGCGUUCUAUGAGUUGCUCCUCGAAGUCAAGUCGCAACUGUAUUAACGGUGUUAAGAAAAAGGAAACAAACUUGCAAGGCGUUUCCGUCUUGUGAAGCAAGCCCAUAGGGAAAAUCGUCUUGCGAAGCAGCUCAAAAAACAAAAAACCCUUUCGUCUAGCAAGUUUUUUGUCUUGCGAGGCAUUCGUCUUGCGAGGUACCACUGUAUUCUGGAAGAAACCCUCAUUGAUUUGCGUAGUCCUUUUUCCCUUUUAAAAUAGGAUUCAAAUGAUACUUUUUUGAGAUAAAAAAUAUAAUCAAGCAAAGUUUGAAGGCACAGAGUAAUUAUCACCGUUACUAGUUUCUGAUAAAGCUUCCGGGGAAGGCUAAUAAAUCAUGUUAAUUCCCAACUCCUUGUUGUCAUUUUCAACCUAACUUAGUGGCCAACUGGCAACAUUUUUCCCUUAUGUGCCAAAAUAAAUUCCAGGAUCCCACAGUUCAAGCAAAUAAAUCAGGAUUGAAUUUCUGAGCCUGCUUCAAGGCCAAAUCUUAAUCAUCAGUUCCUUUAAAUGAAGUGAGAGGGGAACAGAUGUUCCUGCGUUGCAGGGAGUUAGACUAGAUGACGCUUGGAAGUCCCUUCCAACUCUACAAUUCUGUGAUUUAAUAGGGAAAUUAGAGCUGUCACAAGGUUUACAUCUAUGGAACAAGGCAAAAUUGUCCAGAAGGGAAGAGAUUAAAACAUUGUUAUGAGUUUGCGCAUGCCAGACCUUCUAACCCAUGGAUACAGCAAGUGUUAAAACAUAAGCCGGGCUAGCUUCCUGUGUUCAGGUGUUGGGCAUUAAGAAAACAAAGAAAAGGUGAUGGGCCAUUAAUAGAGCAAAAGAGACAGGGCUCUGUGACAGAAGACAAAUGGGUAGGAUCCCUCCUCUAGCUCUUAGACAAAGCUGGAGUUUGAGCGCAGGGUUUGCUGUGAAAUGAAAAGCCAUGGCUGAUUUCUGAUUGAAUCCCAGGCUGUGACUGUGGGAGAAGCAAGAAUAAGGUUACCAGAUUUUUUUCAAUGAAUCCGGGGACACUUUUCAACUUCAAUAGAUUUUGUAUGGGAGCUGAUUUGUAAAUCCGGGGACUGUCCCUGGGAAACGGGGACAUCUGGUAAGCUUAAGCAAGAACCUCUUGGGCUGUUGAUGCUCUGAAUCCCUCCAUCAUAGGCUCGGGUUGUAUAUAUCUGUAAAUAAACCAUAUAUCCUAAAGACACCCCCGUCUCCACUGUGCCUCAUUCCCAAAAGGAAACGUGGACCCUGUGUAAGCGCCCGGAACACCUGGAAUCUCACACCGCUUGGAGACUGGGGAGGUUUGUUAGCAAUAUGCACCCAGUAUCAUUGUUCCUUUAAGCCUACUAUAACCUCCCCGCAACUUCAUUUUUCUCCAUGGUAGAUUUCUUCAUCUGCUUCUGAAGAGCUUCAGAGUUUCCAAAAAGCAGAAGCAGCCUUUCAAAACAGAGAGGCCUCUACAACAGAGCAACGGGGGAAUCAGCUGCUGCCACUGCCGCCUCCUCCUCCACCACCACCACCUCAAGUGACAAUGAAAACUCCUAGGUACAUUGCAAGUCCAAGAACAGACAGCCCAGGGGAUGCAAGGCAGGCACUAAUGGAAGCAAUCCGCUCAGGAACUGGGGCGGCGCGUUUGAGAAAGGUAAUCAUCUUUCUAAGGCGGAAUAUGAACAGGAGGAGGCAUGGUUUGGGGCCUGUGGUUGAAUGCAAGAUAGGGAAGCAGGUGUGCUUGUUUGGCACAAGUAGGAAAGGAGUAGAAGUGAAAUAAUUCAGAUUUCUGCGAAAUCAAGAUAGCCUAGGGUCAUAAAGCAGGCUAAAUGACCUAUUACGUGAUUUCUGUGAGUGUUUGUCAUGCAACUUAGUGUGGCUCCUCAGAAAAUCUGGAGCAUCCUGUGUUCAGUCUUAUGGGACAAUAAAAUUAGGCUUUCAUACAGACAGUAUUCUCAUAUCGAUUAGAAGCAACUCUUACAAAUUGCAUACCAUAACUGGUAAGACUUUGGGCCUUCUGUUCUCCUUCUGUCACAGGAAGACUCCCCUUUGUGGUCCAAAUCUUAGGGCCAACUUAAACACUGGUGCCUCCCGUGCAGCUGCACACCAGAUGCUAUUCCCAGUGAUUUUUAGAGUGAUUUGACCCUUUUGCCUUUGCCUUUCAGCUUCCUUUUCCCCAAUCUCCUCAUUUUGGGGAAAGCUUCCUAUUUCAGAGUUUAAUAUGUUCGUGUUGAAUUUUCUUGGUAAUUGGCCAUUUACACGACAUUGUUAUUCCAUAGAAGUAUAGUCACUGCUCUCAGUUGGCUCACACCAGGUCCCAGGAGCCACUUCAGAUUAAGGCCAGGGUCACCGCCCCAGAAAGUGAUCACGGGUGCGUUUGCAAAUGCAGAUGGAAUUUUCCCACCUCAGACCUUACCACAAGCAUGCAAAUAUGUAAACUUAUCUGCUUGCCCUCUAAAGGAAAACAAACCCACAAAAGUUAUAAACGAAAUGUUACAGCUUUCAAGUCAUUUCGUGAGACAGUACAAACCACAGAAAAUCAUUAGUCAUUGGAGAAGAAAUCUGUAGCUUUCAAAGUCUAUUGUAUUUCUGUAAACAACAACGCUGUACAAACCAUGACGUCAAAGGUCACGGGGAAAUAAUGCUGUCGUUGGUGAGGUUGGUUUCUUGUUCAUCAUGGGCCUCUUUGUAUGUUUUCCCUCAUCUGUUAAGGUCAAAUAUGGUGGUCCUGUAUUGGAGACCUCAGAAUUCAAUAAAAGGUGUGGAAUGGACAACAGGGGGAAAACAGUAUUUGCAUUGAUCAAUGAAAUUGUUUAUAUAUUUCAUAUUUUAUUAUUAUACAUCACUUCAGUACACUUCUGGGUGUAUGAAGAGAUAAAUAAACAUAAUAAACUAAACUAAAAAUUCUCUUCCUGCUGUGUUCUUCUAUAAAGGUGCUCCUCACCCAUGGAAAGUUUGAUUGUACAUAGGAUGGUAUUCAACUAAGUUUAUUUCUGAGUAGACCCAUUGAAGUUAAUGAACAUGGCUAAGUUAGGUUCAUUAAUUUCAAUAGGUCUAUUCUGAGUAGAACUUGAAUGAAUACCACCCUUAUUUAUUUACUGCAAUAUUUAAAAUCCUUCAUGUUUAGUUCCCAGAUGGUAAAAGAGUCCAUACUGAACAAUAGAAAGGAGUGUGGAAGGAGAUGGAGUUAUUGAAGAGAGAGAGAAAUAAUUUUAAAUCAGAUUUCCUAAUUAAGUACAUUUGUUGCGCUUCUGCUCAAUAUUUUAGCAAGGAAAAAUGUGAUCAAAUGCGACAGAUAACAAUUUGUGUGUGAAAUUGAGGCCACAUUUAAACUUGCUUCAAAUUGGGGUGUAUGCAGUUUUUAAUAAAUAUAAUGAGGGUGUAAUAAAUUUUUUAUUAUUACUAUUAUUAUUAUUAUUAUUAUUAUUAUUAUUAUUAUUAUUAUUUUGUAUCCCGCUCUCCCUGGCCAAGGAACACAGAGUCUGACAACUAGACAUACAAAGAUAGGAUAACAUAAUAAUGUCAUUUUUGAGACUGAAAAUAUAAAAUACAGUAUAUAUUUAUUUUAUUUCAGGUCCCUCUGCUUGUUUGAAUACUAAAUGCUCCAGUCAUCCGUUUCGUAUGCAGUUUCUCAUGCAUUUCUUACUGGUUUGAAUGGACACCCAUGGCAAAAGGAUUCCAAGAAGUUUACAGGCCAAAAAUAAGCUGCAUUUUCUGUGUUUCUCUCUAUUUUUUAUUUGGUUCACAGGUUGCUACACAGCUUCUGUGCCAAGGAUUUGUGGGUCCCUUGUCCCCAAAUAGUCAAACCGUGCCAAUAACACUAUUCUCAAUGGCAGGUUAAUUAGCUGGCGAACACUUUUUGCUGUGUGUGCUCAGCACCAACAUAUUUUUGCUUGUUCACAGUUAAAAAUGCGUAGCUGUUCUGGACCAUUUAGUUAAUUUCUUUUUUAAAACAAAAGCAGUUUAAAACCUCAGAGUAUACAGACUAUAGAUCUGUUAAAAUGGAAUGGAGGGAUUAUGACAGAAACUCAGUGGUUCAAAUUACCACAUGCUGAAGUCACUGCUUGUUACAAUCAAGCAAGAUUUGACCAAGCUAGUUAUCACUAGAGAUUCAGAGAUCACUAGGGAUCCAUUUGACAGGCUAUUUAAGGGGAUAUAAAGUACAUAAUGGGACACGGGUGGCGCUGUGGUCUAAACCACUGAGCCUUGGACUUGCUGAUCAGAAGGUUAGCGGUUCGAAUCCCCAUGACGGCGUGAGCUCCCGUUGCUCAGUCCCUGCUCCUGCCAACCUAGCAGUUCAAAAGCACGUCAAAGUGCAAGUAGAUAAAUAGGUACCGCUCCAGCAGAAAGGUAAAUGGUGUUUCUGUGCAGUGCUCUGGUUCGCCAUGCUGGCCACAUGACCCGAAAAAACUGUCUGUGGACAAACGCUGGCUCCCUCGGCCAGUAAAGCGAGAUGAGCACCACAACCCCAGAGUCGUCCGCGACUGGACCUAACGGUCAGGGCUCCCUUUACCUUUACCUAAAGUACAUAAUACAGUGGUACCUCUGGUUAUGUACUUAAUUCGUUCUGGAGGUCCGUUCUUAACCUGAAACUGUUCUUAACCUGAAGCACCACUUUAGCUAAUGAGGCCUCCUGCUGCCGCCGCACGAUUUCUGUUCUCAUCCUGAAGCAAAGAACCCGAGGUACUAUUUCUGGGUUAGCGGAGUCUGUAACCUGAAGCGUAUGUAACCCAAGGUACCACUGUACUAACAUCUGCAGAUACGCUGAGCCCCAAGGACAGGUGCCAGCCCAGCAGAGGGCAUGUGGGGCUGCCUUAGUAGGGGAAUUCCUCACAGAGCUGUGCCUGGCACAUUCCCUGCACAGGUUCUGGCAAAUGUUGAAGGCAACAGCGCUCUAUCCUGGCGUUUGACACUUGAUGUGUAUAUUUUUAAGACCCACCUUAUCUUUGUAGUUGUUUUGAACUUUUAUUAGUAUUGUAUUUUGUUGUGUAUCCCACCCUGGGACCUUAGGGUGAAGGGUGGGUAAUUAUUAUUAAUUACAAGAUUAUCAUUACUUGGUUCUUAUUCUUAUCUUGCACAGCUCCCAUUUAUUUUAGUGGGACUUGAAGAGAUAACUUUCCAGUAGAUGUGCCCCACGUCAAAGUGCAAUUAAAAGUGCUAUUAAUACUGCUUCCUGGGAACUACUGGCUAUAAUUUGUUUCCAGAACUGCUGCUAGUGGGUCAGGAUUCCAGCCUCCUUCAAUGGGCUUAUGUUCAUCUCAUAUAUCAAGCCUGAUUUCUCAUCAGUUAAGCCCCAAACAUUUUUAAAUGGCAUGUUUUUAAACAAAUUAAGCUACUUUCAUAGAUGAUGUACAUAUUUUGAAAAUAUUUUCUUAUAAGAAAAUUAGCAUAAAGAAUUAUUAUUGUCUGGGUUUUACACAUUUGUUGUAUGUUGUAAGAGUUUUUAAAAUGCACCUUAAUACAUGUUUUUGGUUUAAUAAUAAUUACAGCACUGGGCGUAGUCCAAAAUGAUUUUUAAAGGCACUGUGUAAUGUUGCUAACCUUUCAAAGUGUACUGUUAGCCAUCUGCAAUCCUGUGGCUACAUAUUGUAUAACGUAAAAUACUAAUUGAAUUUAGUGCCACAAAUAAAAGAAACACAAGUUUUAUGUGUCAUACUUAUCUCAGUUUUGUACAAAUGAGGCUGGCAAGGUAUAGUACUUUCUUUUUUAGAGAAUUAAAGGUGCUGUGAAAGAAGCAGUGUUGAUUGUGGUGUGCCAGUUCCUCUCACUGUCACACCGGGUAAAAAGGUUUCACCGUUUUCUACACUGAUGCAAGACCCUUUUUGAUCAGCGGUGCCAGCAGAAUAAAAUAAACAAGUGUGACAAAAUACUUGCUUGUGAUAUCACCUUUAUAUCUCUUUAAAACUAUACUCUAGCUCCAGUCUUGAUUGGAGCAAUCCUAGAAUUGGAAGGGAUCCUAAGGGUCAUGUAGUUGGAAG